UACUACGUUCUGCUGCAGACGCACGGGGAGAAUGCCUUUUUGCAGAUGUCUUUCUAAAACAGAACAGCACGUUUUUACGACUGAAGGCUCCAGGGAAAAGGAGGAGGAAAGAGUUGCGGAGGUAGGUCAGGCUAGUCUUCUCUCUCUCUCUCUCUCUCUCUCUCUCUCUCUCUCCCCUGCUUCGCUCUUUCCCCGAGAAAGGGUGGUUGGAGUUUAUUAUUUUCCGUGCUUCCAAGUUUAUUUAAUCACAAGGAAGCAUCCUGUCUUCUCUGUGCAGAGGCUAAUUUGGUUAAUUAAAAAAAUGUUUCCAGUCUGCCUGAAGUGCCAUAGCGUGUUUCGGUUUGUUGUUCUCUUUUACAGUCUAUCACAGCCAACAUGUUUUGUUAAUUGCUAUUCAAAGGAGAAGCUGUGAUUCUCUCUCCUGUCUUUUUAGUGCUUCUUAAAUCCUUCCAAAACACACUGGCGUCUUGGCUUGACGUCAACCCAGCAGAUAGUAACAGCAUCGUCAAUUUUUGCAUGUUUUCCCCCCAUGUUGGAUUCAAUACAUUAUUUUUAAUCUUCUUUUUCUUUUCUUUUUUGGCUGCUAAAAUGUGGCAUGGACAUACCUUGUUGUUUUAGUGUCUUACUGUGAGUUUGGGCAUACUGGAUUUUUGUAUCCGACAAAAUUGUCUCUUUCAGCUUUGUUUGAAUCUCCCUUUUUCAUGGGGUUUGAUUCAUAUAUCUGACGGUCGCCUUUAUGCUCCUUUGUGCCUCUACAAACAUGUUGAGUAAAGACUUACCCUGGAAUUUAAUGUUGCAGAUGCUCAGGGCUGUAGUUUUAAAAGCCACUCAAAGCGACUGGUUCCACUGCUCUCAGGGAAGAAGUCUGUCAUUAUGUACGGAAAACAAGAAACUAUCUUAUAACCAUUGUGUCACUGUGAUCCGAAACUCGGGAUGGAAUAUCCUGUGAAUAGCUUUGUGCAACUUUUGUGUGGGUUUUUCUCUUUCUUUUUGCAAAUCAGAUACUAGGAAACAGAUGAGGUACUCAUCUUUGUCUUUUCACAGUUCAACCUGUGUGUGUCUACUCAGAAGUAGGCCCCAAGUAAGUGUGUAUAGGACUGCAGGCUCAGGUGUAUGUUGGCUUAAAAAAAAAUGUUGCAAACAUUCUCUGGAUCAUCAUGGUGAAAAUAAUAUUUUAUACCUUUUGGUGUGACAUAGAAAUUGCAGUGAUGUGCUUGAUCGUCCAUCAGAAUAACCUCUUGCCUCUCAUAGCUGAAUGAGCCCUGAAUGUGGUCAGGAUUAGAGAUGAGCAAAUCUGUCAAUCUACGUUUCCCAUUUUUCCAUUCUUAAGGUCAUUUUUCCACAUUUCUACAUCUGUUUUCUUUUUCUUUUUCUUUUUAAGAAAAAUUCCCUUGUGAAAGUUCACCAUCAAAUUACUCCUGAAGUUUUGUGUUCAAUUCCCCUGAUAAACAUGUUUUUGGAAAGCACCCCCCCCAAAUAACUUAUUUUUGUAUGCUGUCAAUAAUAAUAGAUGCACACAGUCCAUUAUAUGCCUCUUUGUACAGAUUACUUGCUUGGAGAAGUACCCUGAAAAAUUCAGAGGUGCGAUUUUUUUAAAUUAAGAAGAUGGCUGUUUUUCAGUUUGCGUAUUGUUCUGUAAAUUACAAAUCAGGCAGGUUCACUUUUAAAUGUAAAUGGAAUCGAAUUGUUCCCCUUCCUUAGCCAGGAUGUAUACAUUUGCUUUUUUCUUCUUCUGCAUAAUACGUACCUGAAAUCUUCGUGGAAAACUGCUAUAUGGCCUUUCGUGAAUAGUGCGUUGUUCGGUUUCUUUAGUAAAGAGCAGCUUGAUAUCAUCAGUCUUGUAGGAAUUGCUUGGACUGGAGUACAGAUUAUUUAAACAAUCCAUUGAUGGCUGGACUGUGGGUUUCCUUAAAUCACACCAAGGUUAGGGACACUGAACUUUUUGUCACCCUUGGGAUUUCUGAGGCACAAUCGUCUCAUGGAUAUCUGUUAAGAAAUUGCAAACACACACACAAAACAAUGUGUUUAUCAUGUUUGUACACAAACACCCAUUUUCGUCCAAAGACUUCAGAGGCUUAGCAUUUCCCUCAAACUUUGCUGGAAAACGUUGCUAGCUGUACCAAACAUUUCCUUGAAAUUUAACUGAGGAAGAAGCUCAAAAUUCGCCUUGAAUAUCUCUUUAGGGAAAAUCCAGUGAUUGCUUUGUGACAUGCAGGAAGUCCAACUGCCACUGCCACCCCAUGAAUGUUUACUAGUCUUUACGGAACUCUUUUUUGCUUUCCUCCCAAAUUCCUUGCAUCUUUUGCAUGAGAAACUAUCCGGAUUUUGCUUUCACUGUUGCUCUGGGCGAAACGUGGGUGGUAGCUCUAGGUUCUCUGUAUUUUCUGACAAAAUCGGUUCGCUUCAUAGAAAGAUGGUGCGCGAGCCAAACAAGCAAGUCUUUUAGUGUUGCUGUUGACGUUAUUAGUAAUAUUAUUUAUAGUUCUGUCAUUAUAUGUGCUGCUUUCCUGUGCAACACAGGCAAGCAACCUGCAGUGAUCCAAGGAGUUUGCUCCUUGUAAAGGGGAGCUAAAAACAUAGGGGGAGGGCAGAGGAAGAAGCAGGUGUAGCAAGGGUUAAGUGCAGGAACACACAGGGAAUAUACACACAGAGGCUUAAGACGGCGGUUGAAUGGGUUAGUCCCGAUUCCAGUGGUAUUUAUUCCCCAAGAAUAAAGUUUGACAAAACUGUCGAUUUCUGUUUCUCCCAGUUUCUCAUUAUUUCAGUCUUGUGUUAAGUUCACUUUGCCACAUUUCCACAUUGUUUUGCUUUGUUUGUUAAAGACUGUCCUAACGAAAAUUCAUCAGCAUUUUAGAGCAGAUUUCUUCUUCUUUUUUGUAAGCAUUUUUGUUUUCAAGCCAUUCCCCCUAAUAUAAUGCAUUUUAAAUGUUAUUUUUAAUAAUAUGUGUAUUUUCAUCCUUACUUUCCCCUGAUAUACACCUUUUGGGUUGGAGAAGUACACUGCAAAAUUCAGCAAAGUGCAGAUUUCAAAAGAUGGAUCUGUUUUGCUUUGUGUAUUGUAAACUACAUACCGAACCAAAGUUUUCCUCCAGCGUUACCUGAGAGAGCCUCCAUUUCCAAAAUAUAGAUUCCCUUGCAGCCCCCAUAUUAUAUUUUUUCACAUUUCAGGGUAAUAAACAUGUUCAUACAAUUGCUCUGAUUACAUGACAUUCAGUGGCAGUAAUUUUAAGGAUUUUCGGAGCCCUGUGCAUAUUUGCAGAGUUAGUUUCAACAGCUAAGCAAGAAAACAUAACGUUGUAGCCCAAAUAAGUGCACUUGACAACCCUCUACUGCUAGGCAGAAGACCAGCAUUCACCAGAAAUUAGUACAGUUCAGUAGAAAGCAUGCAAAAAAUAAAUUAAAUGAAAUUGAGAACUGGCAUAACAUAGUGUCUAAAGCAUAGUUAUCAAUUCAGAAUCAAGGAAUUGUAGAUUUGGAAAGGACCUCUGUAAGCUUUGGAAAGGCCCGCUGGGAUGCCUAAAUCACAGCUAGGUUGCUGCUUCAAAUGUCACCUCUGCCAUGAGCCCACCAAGGCGCCUUAAGGAAGUGUCUCUCUUGACUCUUCGGCCCAUUUGUAAGUGGACAUUACAAGCUCUCGGAGAUGAUUUCGCAACCCUGGGUCCUUUUUUGCUGCCAUGCCUGGUUUGGUUUAGUGUGUUGUUUGAACUUGGACUCCAUCUGAACUGGACCAAGCUGCCUCUACAAGCUGUGGUCCAAAAAGAAACGAGGUUUGGCUUAGCAUGUCGUGCGAACCAACUCAGUGCAUGUGAGGCCCUAUGAAGUUGCGCUAUGAAGAUAAUAAUAAUAAUAAUAAUAAUAAUAAUAAUAAUAAUAAUAAUAAUUUAUUUAUACCCCGCCCAUCUGGCUGGAUUUCCCCACCCACUUUGGGCGGCUUCCAACAAAAUAUUUAAACGCAGUAAUGCAUCAAACAUUAAAAGCUUCCCUAAACAGGGCUGCCUUCAGAUGUCUUCUAAAAGUCUGGUAGUUGUUUAUCUCUUUGACAUCUGAUGGGAGGGCGUUCCACAAGGCAGGCGCCACUACCGAGAAGGCCUUCUGCCUGCUUCCCUGUAACUUGGCUUUUUUUUGCAGCAAGGGAACCACCAAAAGGUCCUCAGCACUGGACCUCAGUGUCCGGGCAGAACGAUGGGGGUGGAGACGCUCCUUCAGAUAUACUGGACCGAGGCCGUUUAGGGCUUUAAAGGUCAGCACCAACACUGAAUUGUGAAGGUGAUGUAUGGUUGGUGUGAGAAUCAGGGAAGAGAAGAUCUCCCAGGAUGGGAGGCCAGGAGAAGAAAGUGAAGCUCCCAGGUGAGAGCUGGGAGAAUUCACCUCUUUCUGAGUGGGGUAAGAGUUAAGAUUUACCUGUGAGAGAGAUCUUUGUAUUCUUCUUUUUCUCUUCUCUUCUUUUCUGUUUUUUUCUUUUUUCUUUUUGGUAAUGCAUUAUGAAAAGUCUUAAUAAAUUCUUAUAAAAAUAAAAAAGCAGUUGCGCUACAGAAGAACGUCUUCCGGUUGUUAAAUCCCUGCAGCUGGGAUUGAAAUCUGAAUUCAGUUCUCUGAAACUGCCCUUCGUUCAGGUGUCCAGUUAUGUUCCUAGCGAAGCAAGCAUGGAAAUUCAUGUCAUUGCCCCAAUCCUACAAUAGCAUUUAAGUUUGUGAUCAAAGUAGUCAAUCAGAGCUUCUGAAGAAUAGAGCUGUGGUUGUUCGUGAUAUUUUACCCCAUGGAGGGUCUUCAUAUCUCUUCGUUUCAGCCAAAGGCCUGUUGUGGGACCUAAUCACUUUCCCGCUGCGUUCAUGCUAGAGUCAGCAUUCUCUCUCUCUACACACUGAAUGGCUGAAACCACACUGUAGCGAUGGAUUUCACCACAAAACUAUCACCCCCCCCGAAUCCCUUUGUUGUGGGUCUUGUCAAUGGCUCAGACUGGUGCUAAAGGAUGCUUCUUUUAAGUUAUUGCUUUUGUUUUGAUUGCAAAGGCAAUGUGCUCCAGCAAAUAUAGCUCAGUUGGAAGAGCAUGGAAAUUCUUAAUCUCAGGGCAGUGGGUUCGAGUCCCGUGCUGGGCAAAAAGAUUCCUGCAUGGCAGGGGGUUGGACUAGAUAACCCUCACGGUCCCUUCCAGGUCUACAAUGCUGUGAAUCUAUUAUUCUAAAUAUGCCCUCUUCAAGGGCAGUGGUUCAGACGGACAGCCCUGCCUUUUGCCCUCUAGAGCUGAGUGAGGAGAACACAGUUGCGUAGUAUCAAACGAUGUAGAUCUGCUAGAGCAAGGAUUUCCAUUUGCACAGGAGAACUCCCCCACGCCCUGCCGUUGCUCUAUGCUCCCACAUCCCCCCAAAUCUGUUCCAGAGGGUUUGGGGAACUUCCAGAACAGAUUUAGGGGGUACACAGGGUGAGAAGAAAGGGGGAAUAUUCCACUGAGCUGUCAAAAGUCCUUACCCUGGCCUAUAAAAUUCGAGAAAGCGAGCGAUAUAUAGCCGCCCCGGCAGCAUAUCUCUUCUUUCUGGUAUCCAAAAAUGCAAGAAUGGCCUUUACACUCACCAGAAGCUCAGCUCUGCCCUCGCCGGUCCUGGAAGGAGCCUUUAAAAAAGCCCAUACGCUCAGAGACUUUGCGCCUGUACAUUGGGGGAUAUAGGAAGCCCAGAGCACUUGUUCUUUAGAUGUCCCUUUUAUGAAGAGGCACAUAGUGAGACCAUUGAGCCCCUGCUGGUGAGGCUCGCUCACCUCCCAGAAAAACAAAAAUUCUACCUUUUCCUGUUAGGCAAAGAUCAGAAGACGGUCUGGAUGGUCACCAGAUUCUGUGUACAAAUCUGUAGGCGCAGACCAUCCCCCAACUCGAACUAGUUCGUUAAGAAAAUCCCCAAACUUAGUUUUAUGGGUGACUCUGGGUCAGAUCCCUGCGGUAGUUUAUUGUUGUACAUUGUUUUUAAAUUUAUUGUUGUACAUGGUUUUAAUUGUUUGUUUUCCUUCUGUGACUGUACUCCCAAGUGUGUUUUAUAAGCUGGUCUCCGAUCUAUCUUUGUCUGUCUGUCUAUCUAUCUAUCUAUCUAUCUAUCUAUCUAUCUACAUCAUCUAUCUAUCUAUCAUCUAUCUAUCUAUCCUUACCCUGGUGGACCUAAUUUGUUGCCUGCUGCCCCAUAUUUGUUGAAAAAGUGCUCAACUGUGCAUGCAACAUAUCAAGUGAAAUAAGAGGUUGCCCAGUUGAGUGCUCUUGUUCAUGACAUCAGGAGGAACUUCCUGGAGAUAAGAGCUGUUUGACAGUGGAGCGGACUCUCUUGGAAAGUGAUGGACUCUCCUUCACUGGAAGUUUUUAGGCAGAGAUUGGAUGGCCAGCUCUCAUAGAUGGCUUAGUUGAGAUCCCUGCAUUGCAGGGGGUUGGACUAGAUGACCCUUGGGGUCCCUUCCAACUAUGAUUCUACGACUCGGAGAUUAUCCAUUCCACUCUCUUCCAUUCUGUUUGGUUUUCUGUCCACCUGCUUCAACAGACUCCCAGCAUCCUGCUGCCAUUGAACAUGUUCAAGUCCCAUUCGGCUUUUCUGUUUUUUUCCUUCUCUUGGACCUUUUGUCAUAAAGAAUGCUUGUAUUCUGACAAACCUUGUGGUUCCCUCAAACAUGACAGUGGCACCUCCGUUUUCUUUUUUGGCAGCCCCAAUUCGGAGGCACAACAGUCAUAACACAACACCCAAGCUUGUGGUAUUUGUGGGUGUGUUUGUGUCUAAACAGGACGCGGGUGGCGCUGUGGUCUAAACCUCAGAGCCUCUUGGGCUUGCUGAUCAGAAGGUCGGCGGUUCGAAUCCCUGCGACGGGGUGAGCUCCCGUUGCUCUGUCCUAGCUCCUGCCAACCUAGCAGUUCGAAAGCACACCAGUGCAAGCAGAUAAAUAGGUACCGCUGUGGCGGGAAGGUAAAUGGUGUUUCCAUGCAGUGCUCUGGUUUCAGUGUUCCGUUGCAUCAGAAGCAGCUUAGUCAUGCUGGCCACAUGACCUGGAAAAACUGUCUGUGGUCAAACGCCUGCUACCUUGGCCAGUAAAGCGAGAUGAGCACCACAAGCCCAGAGUCGUCUGCGACUGGACUUAACUGUCAGGGGUCCCUUACCUUUUUUAAACAUGUCUGAAUACCCACUUGCUCUCCAUCCGACAUCGGUUUGAGGAUUUCUUAAUUCAUCUUCCUUGACCAAGCGACCUCUAAGCAAGCAACAUGGUUAUGCAAAUCUGCUUGAUUUGAAUAAUGCAUUGGGUGUUGGGGAUUUAUUCUCGGAACAUAAUUUAUUUCCAGUGUUUCAGUUUAGUAUACUAGCUGUGGAAUGUGGAGACAUCUUUUCGGUUAAGUCUCGUUUCCCCACUUUGCAUGGACCCCUCUCAAGAAUAUCAGCAGCCCCUCUGAAGGCACAUCUUGCACUCCGUAGACCUUUGCAAAAAACUAGUGCAAUGGCAUACAGUGGUACCUUGGUUCUCAAACUUGAUCUGUUCCAGAAGUCCAUUCCAAAACCAAAGCGUUCCAAAACCAAGGCGCGCUUCCCCAUAGAAAGCAAUGAAAAAUGGAUUAAUCCGUUCCAGACUUUUAAAAACAACCCCAAAACAGCAAUUUAACAUGAAUUUUACUAUCUAACAAAACCACUGAUGCAUAAAAUGAAAGCAAUAAUCAAUGUACUGUACUAUAAAAUAAAUAAGACAGUAUUGUAGAUGAUAAAAAUUAAAAUUAUUAUUUUUUCUUGGCUGCAUUGAUGAUAGUCAUUGUUUGGAUGGGGGGCUUUUAUCCAUUUCUGCAGUCACACAAUCAAUCAAUCAAUCAAUCAAUCAAUCCGUAGCUGAACUGGGUUCCAUACAGUCACAAAAACAAGUCACAAAAACGAAGUCACAAGCCACAGUCACAAAAACGAAGCCACAAGCCGCAAUCACAAGUCAGUCCCCUAAAACGAAGAACAAGUCACAGUCAAAAAAAAGGAAGAAGCCACACAAACAGAAAUGCAAAAGUUAGCAAAAACAAAAGCUCCAAAUAUUACCUCUGCGUUGCAUGGGUGCUCUGGACUCAACAGCCGACAGACUCAACAGGAAGCGGAACAUGUUCCACUUCCAAGGCAAAGUUCACAAACCGGAAAACACCUACUUCCGGGUUUGCAGCGUUCUGUUUCCAAGAUGUUCAUAAACUUAGCUGUUCUAAAACCAAGGUACCACUGUACUGGGUUUAUAAAACCUCCUAGUUCUGAUUCAGUAUGUGUUCAUUUUACAUUCUGCACAGAAAACCACACUCCAUUUCUAGAUUAAUGAAUCCAGAACAACCACCCACUGUCCUGCUAGUUGCUUUCAUAGUGUGGAUUUUCAGAGCUUCUGAGUUUUUGGUUAUUUUUAUUUAUUUAUAUAGAGAGGGAGAGCCGAAAAGGUUCCCAAGGCCACAGACUUACAGUCUAGAAGUCAUGACACAGAAGGGGGGAGGAACAAGCAGAGAAGAGGGAAAAUGCAAACUGAGGUGCUAGUUCUUUAAAUUAAACAGAAGUUUUUACAACGACUAAUUAAGUAGUUCUUAAUUAGAAGCUUUCUUAUUGUGGCUCCUGUCCCUAUAAUUUCUCCUGACCAGUGGGGGAUAUGGUAUUAUUGAAUUGUCUCUUAAUUAGCCUCCCUGUAUUCCCAGCUUUAGUUAUUGUUGUCUGUUGUUAAUUUUGCUUUUUCACCAUGUAGAGCAAUAAAAAUAAAAGCAGUGAGAGGAAACAGUAAUUAAAGCCCCUGGAACUAAGGAAUUAAGUGGGGCAAUUCAGGGGCAAUUCAUCAAUAAUUUUUGGGCAUGGUGAACAGGAAGCAAUUACAGCCAGGCACCACACGGAAGAAUCUUUUAAUUAAACAUGCAGUAGAGUUUUGCUGGGUGGCACAUACUUCUCUGUGUUAUGUGGUUUUUAAUGUGUGCUCUUAGAAUCUCCUCACGCCAGUCAAAAACUGUGCAUAAAUUUGUACUUUACACUGGAAUUAAAUACAUUUUAUAAGACUAGGCUAUCAAUUUACAUAAAAAUGCAAAUAAUCACCACUUGAAUUAAUCUGAAUUUUGAAUUGUGUUAUUGCUUUGGUUACUUCUGCAGCCCUUUUUGAUCCAGAGCUUUAUUUCCUCAUGAACGACAAGAAUUCCAUGUAAUAGUUGUCAAGUCCUCCUGUGUGUGACACACAUGUUCACAAAUUUCCCAGUUCAUUGAAAAGGUUUCUGCUUUAGGUGUUCUUUUUGUGUGUGUUUUCAACCCUUACUCAGUUCUUUUUAAAAAAUAUUUCAGGUGUUUUUAAGGAUUUGCCUGUAAAAUUAAAAGGGUAGAUGACAUGGGCGUAGCCAGGAUUUUUGUUGGGGGGGGGCAGAACUCAGUGGGGGAGGGCAGGACUUUUGUUGGGGGCAGAACCAACGUGAUUGUUCAGUUAGUUAAGUAACUUAGAAGCCAGAGCGCCAUUUACCUUCCCACCACUGUGGUACCUAUUUAUCUACUUGUGCUGAUGUGCUUUUGAAUUGCUAGGUUGGCAGGAGCUGGGACAGAGCAACAGGAGCUCUCUGGAUUUGAACUGCCUGUAAGUCACCCUGGGAAACAUAUGUGGGAGGCAAUUCACGAAACAAUGUCAGCAUUUGCUUCAGAUAAAAUCAUUUCUAACCCGCUUCCUAGUUCAAAAAUCUCUGAGCCGUGUAUGGUCUAAGACAAACAAGCAAUAUAUCAUUAAAACCAAACUACAACCUAAAACCAAUAGAACAGCAAUAUAAAAAGACAGGAAAGCAUAUGGAAAGAACUAAAACAGAUAUUUGGGGAUCCAGAGAAAGCCCGGGCAAAAAGAUAUGUCAUCAUCGCCAUCAUCAAAACAACAGCUGGAAGGGGAACCCAGCAUUUAUGACAUCAGCAAGUUACUGCAUGACCCCAUAUGAACUUCCAAUGAAAUUCCCAGCGCUAGAAUUUCCACAUUUUCCUGAAACUUGUGAAUCAUAUGAGGAAAGGAGGAGAUGAAAAACUGGAAGUGCUUGGUGUAUGACAAAAGAGUGGAGACUUGUCAGGUUUUUCUUCUUUUGAGAAUUGGUAAUAAGGCUGGGGUAAAGGGGAGGUUUAUUUUGUUGGCUUUUUUUGUCCCACAAGGGAAUGUAGACUUCAGGAUGAAAUGGGGUGACCAUUCUGAGCAAUUGAAGACUCUCCAGAGCUUCUAAAGAACUGGACAGUAUGUUAUAGCCACCAUGGAGAUGUGCUUGAAAAUGGCUAUCACUGGCGAGUUGUCCGGUCUACUGCUAUGAUAUCUAGGUUUCCUCAACUUGCACUGCUAUCACGUUGAGUUUGCCCUGCCAGUGGCCUCCACUGGAAUGGCACACAGGAGCAGGGAAGUCCACAAUGUGAUCAUGUGACAGGAAGCACUCCAAUAUGCUAUGGAAAGGAGAGGGUGUCAAAUCCUGAUUGAACCUUGAGCAGAAGCCCUCAGCAAGUGAGGGGGGGGGCCCUGAUCUCAUUCACAUCCCAUUUGUGACCCCUCAACUGCAGUUGAAGUGGUACAUUCCAAAGUAGUGCUUUGUAAAACUUUGUGCAAAAUUCAAGAACAGGGCUGUGAACCCUUCACAUCCUGGAGAAGAGUGACUAGUGGGGUGCCACAGGGUUCUGUCUUGGGUCCGGUCUUAUUCAACAUCUUUAUCAACGACUUGGAUGAUGGACUCAAGGGCAUCCUGAUCAAAUUUGCAGAUGACACCAAAUUGGGAGGGGUGGCUAACACCCCAGAGGACAGGAUCACACUUCAAAACGACCUUGACAGAUUAGAGAACUGGGCCAAAACAAACAAGAUGAAUCUUAACAGGGAGAAAUGUAAAGUAUUGCACUUGGGCAAAAAAAUGAGAGGCACAAAUACAAGAUGGGUGACACCUGGCUUGAGAGCAGUACAUGUGAAAAGGAUCUAGGAGUCUUGGUUGACCACAAACUUGACAUGAGCCAACAGUGUGACGCGGCAGCUAAAAAGCCAAUGCAAUUCUGGGUUGCAUCAAUAGGAGUAUAGCAUCUAGAUCAAGGGAAGUAAUAGUGCCACUGUAUUCUGCUCUGGUCAGACCUCACCUGGAGUACUGUGUCCAGUUCUGGGCACCACAGUUCAAGAAGGACACUGACAAACUGGAACGUGUCCAGAGGAGGGCAACCAAAAUGGUCAAAGGCCUGGAAACAAUGCCUUAUGAGGAACGGCUAAGGGAGCUGGGCAUGUUUAGCCUGGAGAAGAGGAGGUUAAGGGGUGAUAUGAUAGCCAUGUUCAAAUAUAUAAAGGAUGUCACAUAGAGGAGGGAGAUAGGUUGUUUUCUGCUGCUCCAGAGAAGCGGAUACGGAGCAAUGGAUCCAAACUACAAGAAAGAAGAUUCCACCUAAACAUUAGGAAGAACUUCCUGACAGUAAGGGCUGUUCGACAGUGGAAUUUGCUGCCAAGGAGUGUGGUGGAGUCUCCUUCUUUGGAGGUCUUUAAGCAGAGGCUUGACAACCAUAUGUCAGGAGUGCUCUGAUGGUGUUUCCAGCUUGGCAGGGGGUUGGACUCGAUGGCCCUUGUGGUCUCUUCCAACUCUAUGAUUCUAUGAUUCUAUGAUUCUAACCCCCGCCCCCAAAUCAGAGGGUCAGUUUUGAUAGAGAAUAAAAUACAGUUCAGAGUUUGCAUGGGGUGGUCUAUUAGCUGCGGCACACUGUGUUUCACUUUUUGUUCUUGGUUGUUGAUUUUUGUCUCUUCCUGAUGGCCAGCUGCCACCGGAUGCCAUGUCCCCCCCCCCCUCAUAAUGCCUCUGGAAUGAUGCUAGUGGGAUGUAUUCAGGUAGCCACCCAUAGAGAUCACCAUUUCCUACCCAGAAUGCUCCUUGGAACAACGUUGUGUCAUGACAUAGCUUCCUGCUGGGAGAUAUAUUAAGGAGAAUUCAACAUGGUGGCUGUCAGCAGUCAAGCGACAGAAGUCAUGUUUUGAGUUUUGAGUCCUCCCUCUACAUGCCCCCUUAGCUGAAAGAGUUUUGCCCCCCAUGGUUGUGGGCAGUGAAAUUGGAGGGAACAUUCCAUCAUGGUCCUUUCACAAACACAACUAACCCUUCCAUGGAGAACCUGGUCUAGGUUUUGUUGACUAGGCAUGGAUGAGUUCAGUCCCUGAGACAGUGAGAUCACUUCCAGCCAAGGUCACCCUCUCACAUGAGGAAGAUCACUGAUUAGUCUUUUGAAGUGUUUCUAAGAAAGAUUCCUGCUUCUGGGGAGGGGCCGAACCUGAUGACUCACGCAGGUGUCCUUGAGAUACCAAUGACAUUUGAGAGAAAUAUUAGGCUCUGGCAUCCUAGACAUCUUUGAAUGUCACCGUGUAAUUUGACGUGGAAUGGUAAUAAUAGUGUAAGAACCAAGAACAUGCAGAUUGGUCAAACUGACCCUGAGCUGCAGCUCAACAUGCUGAACACACAGAAACUAUUAAUUCACAUCUCCGUGGGUGUAAUUAUAGGGGAGACUGGUCCCCUCCCAUAUUUCAGAAUGGGUGUGGGGAUAUAAUUAGUCUAUUUCCCCCUCUCCCCUCCUACAUCUUUUCAGCCCACAGUCUCCAUAAAUUCAACGACUUGAGAACAUAGUUAAGAGGUAAAAGGAGUGGGAGGGCAGGGCAGGGAAUCGCUGCCACCCCGUCUGUCUCCAUGGAUUGAACAAAGGUUCAGCUGUGAAUGCAAGACCAUCAACAUCUGGUCCUAUUUGUUCAUAAGUGAAAAUGAAUAUGUCCGUGUGUUUCGUUGUCCAAAAUACUUUAGUACUUUUUUUGGGUGGUGGUAGUUUGUUCCAAAGUAGAAAUGUUCUCUACAGCUAUGGCCUUCAAGAUGUGUUCUGGUCAACAAUGUGGGUUUUCCAGAAUCUUUCCUGGGCAAGUUUCAGUAAUUUACACUGCAAAUGUUCCAUGUGCAUUGGAAAAUUUCCUGGUGCCCUAGAGCAGAACGGGGAAAAUCUCUGGUCUGCAAGCAUAUUUAGGCCUCCCCAUCUGGCUCUCACAAGGUUGCUUUGGCCAAGCCAUUUCUACCUGCCCUGUGCCUGGUGUCAUAUAUGGGGCAGGUGAAGUUGUGACUAGGCCCAAGGGGCAUGUAUAGCUCCGUGCAAGGUGUAGUGCCAGCCCUGAAAAUCACUUGGCCAUUGGAGUACGUGCAGGACCUGAAGGCCAGCCGAUUGCCAAGGCUUGCAUUGCUCUCUUCAUAGCUGUCACCACCAGGUGAUGGACAGGGGUCAACUUUGUUCUCCUGUCAUACUUGGGCCACAGGAUGUCAGAACGAUAAGGAUCUGGCCUGCCAGCUGGAUCCCGUUCCCCACCACUGCCCUAGACAAUUAUCUCAUUUAGCAUUUCAACUUGUAUUUAGUAAACAAAGCUAAGAACAUGGAAACAGCCAAGCCUGCCCAAUGCUGUCUUUCCACUGACUUUCCUCAGAUUCAUCACUGAAACUCUCUAGAAACCAAAGCAGAUUUUUUUCUUCCACAUUUUUUUCAAAAAUAAAUUUGCUAGCGUCUGUUUCUUCACUGUUAUUGCUCAGCUUCCUCUUCUUUGAAACUAGAUUUGGCUACGACUUUACUAUGUCAGAAAGCGAUCCAAGUUCCAGUGGCUUCCUGGCUAUUAUUGUCAGGUUUUGCAUGGAGAGUUUGCAAGGAAAAUCAGGGAGCAUUGUUCAAGGCUGCUGCGCAACGUAUUCCUAAGGCAGCUAGUGGUCUGAAUCCACAGGUCCGCACAGAGAGUUUUCGCAAGAAUGGCAGGGCUUCUGAGACCUCUUCCCCAGCAACCGCCUUCCUGAUUCUAGUUGUAGCCCUCUCUGCUUGCAACCAGCCACCCUUGAAGCUUGGCUAACUUUAGGCAGGCCUGGCCUGAGACAGUACAGGGCAGGGACCCCUUCAACACAGCCAACAUGGGCAAUGGUAAAAGAUGAUGGGAGUUGUAGUCUAAAACAGCUGGAGAGCAGCACAUCGCAGACCUCUGGUAGUAGGGCUGUCCCAAUAUAUUUUGGCACCUGAGGCAAAUCACAAAAUGGUGCUCCCCUCCUUUCCAGGGAAGAAAGGGUGACUGAAGAUAUCGGUCAUGAACAAAGUGGGUGGGAAUUUGCAUUGGGAUUUCUUGCCCCUGUGGAUCCUGCCGCCUGAGCCAGUUGCCUCAUGGGUGGGACAGCCCUGCCUGGUAGAAAGAACUGUGGCUGGCACCUGAAACCCAUGAAAUAAUCAAAAUGUGCCCAGAAGCAGCACAUGGAUCCAAGAACUUCUUAGGAUCUUUUGGUGAGUUUUUUUUAAAGUCUUCAAAUGCAUGCUAGGACAUCUCUGUGGCUGCACCUCUCCUCUCCCUCAUUCCUUUAUUUAAAUUGAUUUAUAUACUGCUGUUUAUAAAACAGAUCACAGCAUAGCUGGCAACGUUUUCCUUUUUUAAAGGGAAAUUCCCUUAUUCUGAAUAGGAUUCCUCACAAGAAAAUGGAAAAGUUGACAGCUAUGGAUCACAGUGUAUUGCAAACUUAAAUAAAGCAAUAAAACAACUGUUUGUGGAAAACAAAAACAAAAAACAACAACCAAGCACAGCAAAACAGCUCUAGGCCAUAGCAUAGAACAGUCAACUCUAAUUUUCAAAGCUCAGCUGGGAUACAUUGACUUUUGCUUGUCUGCGAAAAGCUAGCAGAGAGGAGGCAGUGGGAACCUGCUUUGAGUGAAAGCUCCCAAGCAUUGGGGCUGCAGCAGAGAAGACCCUGCUGCUUGAGGUUGAACUCACCUCCCUAUAAGAUGUAACCCAGAGCAAGGUGGCAAGAUUUCAUGUGGUGGAGGGGGGGCGUUAUAUGGGAGGAGAUGUUCCCCAGAAAUAGGGAACUUUUUGUCUUCCAGAUAUUGUUAGACUCCAACUCCCAUCAGCCCAACCAGCAUACUCAGUGAUGAUGGCAGCUGUAAUGCCAACUUUCCUUCCACCUGCCAUAAGGGUGUCAUACGAUUUUCCUUGUUCCCCAUAAACAACAGCUAACCAAGUAGGGUAGAGAAAAGGAGGGGGAGAUGAGAGCUCACAGAAUGCGUCGUCCUUCUUCUAGGCUCAGAGGUGUUGCUGGCAUGUACACAGAUCAUGAACUGAAAGCCCUAAACGGCCUCGGUCCAGUAUAUCUGAAGGAGCGUCUCCACCCCCAUUAUUCACCCCGAACACUGAGGUCCAGCGCUGAGGGCCUUCUGGUGGAUCCCUCACUGCGAGAAGCCAAGUUACAGGGAACCAGGCAGAGGGCCUUCUCGGUAGUGGCACCCUCCCUGCGGAAGGCCCUCCCGCCAGAUGUCAAAGAGAACAACAACUACCAGACUUUUAGAAGACAUCUGAAGGCAGCCCUGUUUAGGGAAGCUUUUAAUGUUUGAUGCAUUGCUGUAUUUUAAUAUUUUGUUGGAAACCACCCAGAGUGGCUGGGGAAGUCCAGCCAGAUGGGCGGGGUAUAAAUAAUAAUAAUAAUAAUAAUAAUAAUUACCAAGAAUGACAGAAUACCACCCCCCCCCAGUCCUGUGCUGAUGAUAGCUGCACACCCUGUACUUUGCACCAGCAAGCUAACUCCUGUUCCUGCUCAAUUUAAAAACACAGGCACAGUUGAGGCCACUGGCUCAAAUGGCACUUAGUUUCCCGUCUGGCAGUGCCAGCGACCAGGUUUGCUCUUCCCUUUCUAAAUAUAAAGAUUAGCGCUGGGGAUAAGGCUCAGGACCAUGUGGCGGGGUCUGUUCUGCGCUUACAGUAAUUACAUAGGUGUAUAAUUGUCCAGCAGUGUUUUGCGUGCCAUGUUCCCAUUCAGCAGCACGACUGUACAGGUUUGGUCAGUGAGAUAGCUGCGUGGUUUAUUUUCUUUUGGCUGGGAGCCCUGGAGGAUGAAUAGAGGGAGGGGAUAAGAGACUGGGGUUUUUUUAUUUAUAUUUCUAAUGCCAAGAGCCAAUUGGAGACUCCCAACACAUUAGUCAGUGCUCUUUCACUUCCAUUCUUUUUCCCCUCUUCCUUUCUUCCUUGCUUACUUCAGUGGUGCGCCAGGCCUGCCUACACACAGCGUUUAAGAAUUGCAAAGCAAAUCUCACCAAAAACUCUAGUGUCAUUAUAAAGAGAGAAAGAGAGAGAGAGAGAGGAAAGACUCAGUUAUUUCCCCAAAGCCUUGGGGCAUUUUGGACUGUGAUCAUCUGAAGAUAAGAAUAUAAGAAUUGUAAAGUUAGAAGGGCCAUCUGGUCUAACCCCCUGCAAUUCAGGAAUCUCAACUAAAGCAUCCAUGACAGAUGUCCAUCCAACCUCUGUUUAAAAUUCUGCGGUGCAGGAUAGUCCAUCAUCUUCCAAGGCAGUGCAUUCCACUGUCAAACAGCUCUUGCCACCAGAAAGUUCUUCCUAAUGCUUAGUCAGAGUCUCCAUUCUUGUAACGCGAAUCCAUUGUUUCAUGUCCUACCCUCUGGAGCAGGAAAAAAAAAAGUUGUAACAGAAGAACUGCACCGAACUAAGGGUCUAACUCUAUUUUUUUAAAAAAAAUAUUGGAAAUUUUAUUUACAACAUAACACAAACCCCCCACCCCCCAACACAGAAAUCCACCCCCAUCAGACACAACAUAACAAACAACAAGCAUAAUAUACAACAAUACAAACAACCAAAUAAAAGACUUCCUUUAUCCUGUUUCUGGCAUCCUUAUUUAUUUCUUAUAAGCUGUUUCCUUUAUGAAUAAUUAUUAAAAAUUUUCUAAUUAUAACUUAAAUAUCCACAAAGUCUCCUGCAGACAUUAAUCAAAACAAGUCCAGGUAUGAAUUUUAGGACACUGUUUUGUGAAGUAUUCUCUGCAUUUUCCCCAUGCUUUUUGAGAUCAUACUAGACAAGGGUCUAACUCUAGUGCAGUGUUCUGCCUUGCUUAUUCUGCCAGCUGUUUGCAGGACGCUUGCAAGCAGGGAUCUCUGUGUAGCCUUUGGAUAUGGAGGUUCUCUUUAGUUGCCAUUGAUAGAUUUAUUCACAAAUUUGCAAAACUCCAAAAGCCACAGUGCAGUGAUUCCAAAAGAGGACAUCCAUUGGUCCAUCUAACUCAGCAUUGUCUGCUCUGACUGGCAGCUGCUCUUUAGGAUUUCGCUGCCAGCCCUACCUGCAGAUAAUAAUAAUAAUAAUAAUAAUAAUAAUAAUAAUAAUAAUAAUAAUUUUAUUUAUACCCCGCCCUCCCCAGCCAUGACCGGGCUCAGGGCGGCUAACAACCAAUAAUAAAAACAUGUUGAUUAAAAUACAAUUUAAAAAACAAGAUUAAAAUACAACAUUAAAACAUUAGGAUGCAGCCUCUUCACAGGAGGAGAAAGGAAAAAGAAAGAGGGGGAGGGAAUCAAACUGAUUCUAAGCCAAAGGCCAGGCGGAACAACUCUGUCUUACAGGCCCUGCGGAAAGAAAUCAGAUCCCGCAGGGCCUUGGUCUCAUGAGACAGAGCGUUCCACCAGGCCGGUGCCAGUGUUGAAAAGGCCCUGGCUCUGGUUGAGGCUAACCUAACUUCCUUAGGGCCCGGGACCUCUAGGGUGUUGCUGUUUAUGGACCUUAAGGUCCUCCGUGGGGCAUACCGGCAGAGGUGGUCCCAUAGGUAUAAGGGUCCUAGGCCGUGAAGGGCUUUAAAGAUGCCAAAGAUUGAACCUGGAAUCUUCUACAUAUAAACCAGAUGCUCCAUCACUGAGCUAUGGUCCUUCCACAAGAGCAGGGCUGCAUAAAGUGCAUUGCAGUCAUCUGUUCAGCAGGUUUCCAGGGCAUUGAGUAAUGUGGCCAAGCUAUGCCAAGCCAGGAAUGGUCAGAGCAAGUUCUCAAGGGCUUCAGAACUCUGUCUCAGGCUGAAUGCUCAAGAUAUAGCUGGGUAGCUGCUGGGCUUUACGUUUUCGGAAAGGGUGCCAGCAGUCGCUUCCUAGGCGUCGCAUGAUGGCAGCAGUACCUGGCAGACUCUUAAUUCAAUCUGUCUCCAGUCUCCAUCUUGAAACUGAACCUAAUUGCACACUUUAUGGCUGCAACUUCCAGCCAAAGGUUCUAUUCUUUUGUUUUCCACCUCCCUCCGCCGGCACUUUGCAUAUCAUCCACCCUGAAUAAAGAGUUCUAGAGAACGUGAAAGCUUUCUCACCAUUUUAGGUGUUAUGUACUGAGUUGAAUAGGAUUCAGAAUGCAGCAGUCUGAAUGGUUCACAGGAGCCACCCAAUCCAGCUCCAGGUGGAAGUGAAUCCGCAACCUGAUUGGCCUACAGGAGAAUCCCGGAAUUAGCCAAUCACGUGGGGCCCAUUGUGUAAAUAAUGUAUAUAAAGCAGACAUUCUGGGGGAACUUUCAUUCCUCCUCACCACUAUGAGCUGAAUAAAGAGCAGGAAAUCCACUCUCGACUCCGAGUAUACAGUGGUACCUCAGGUUACAUAAGCUUCAGGUUACAUACGCUUCAGGUUACAGACUCCGCUAACCCAGAAAUAGUGCUUCAGGUUAAGAAUUUUACUUCAGGAUGAGAACAGAAAUCGUGCUCCGGCGGCGCAGCGGCAGCAGCAGGCCCCAUUAGCUAAAGUGGUGCUUCAGGUUAAGAACAGUUUCAGGUUAAGAACGGACCUCCGGAACAAAUUAAGUACUUAACCCGAGGUACCACUGUAUUUCAUUGGGAUAUUUUGGCUGGUCCUAAUAAAUGCAUUCUUCAACUGUGGAAUUUUUCUCAUGGACCACUGAAGCAUCCUUUGCUUUUUUUCAUGUUCCAACUAUGGAAUCUGCUUCCACAAGGGGUAGUGAUGCCUAACACAUUGGAUGGCUUUGGAAAGGGGUUAGACAAAUUAAUGGAGGGCAAUGCUAUCAGUGGCUACUAACCACAAUGGCUUUGUGGUUCCUCUUCCACUGUCAGAGGAAGCAUUCCUUUGAAGAUCAGUUCCUGGGAAUCACAGACUUCGCAUCUCAUUGGCCACUGUGGGAACAGAGUUCUGGACUAGACACACCUGAUCCAGCAGAUUCGUCUUAGGGCCUGCUUGAUCAUGAUCUCAAUGGGUGCCCUUGGCUCAUCUGGUAUCUCACACAAAUGUAAAAUAACAAUGAAUUGGCAUGGGUGAGGAUCAUAAGGAACUUUGUACACUUUAAGUGGUUUUCAAGCGAACAACAGUCAUUGGUGGGAACCGUGCAUACAGCCAAAGUGAUCUGCUUUGGGGCUUGUUGUUGUAAGUUGUGCCGGGGUGAUGAACCUUUUUCAGCUUGCUGGCUGCAUCCAUUCAUGGACAGCCUUCUGGGGUUCACAUGUUGUGGCAGGCAGGGCCACCGGUCAUUAUUGCAAUAUACAGCUACUGACUCACACUUGCGUGCACGAAAGAGUUAACCUGAGCCCAGAGCUCAGGUUGCCAGUGGGUGUGGCUUAGCAGGCAUGCGGCCAAUGGCUCCCAGCUGCGAGAAAAGCCAAGUGAACUGAAUAUCUCCAAAAAGGAAAUUGUGCAGCCUGCAUCUUUGCUAACCCAAAUAUCCCAUGAUCUUUUUUGUAAGGAAACCAAGCUCUUUUCUUUUUAAAGUCGUUUGGAAUCUUUUCCCAUUUUUAUUUUACUGCCAGCAGAUGGAGACUUUGUUUGCUAUAACUUCUGGAAACUCUGUGGGUAAAAUCUCCGCUUAUUUGCAAAGCUAAGUGUCUGUGAUUUAUUCUAGCCUAAGUAUUUUCAUGGGAAAUGUUUGUAUAAAGGUGGAUGGAGACAGAUGCAAUAAUCACCAUUGUGCUUAACUCUGCUAAUGGAGAGUAAGCUCUUUCACCCAACCCUCCCUCCCUCCAACAGUUGGCUGAUCGAGGGUGCCACCCAAAUGUACCUGUAGGGUGUGAGAGCUAUGAAUUGUGAUUGGCAUUUCCAGGGAUAUUCGAGGAGAGAGAGAUUUCAACCCUACCUGGGAUAAUAAGCCAAGAGCUACUGUAUUGCGGAAUCUUGCAGGAGUUUCUUGUUCAUGUAGGCAUCUUUUAUUGAUUCAGGAUAACACUGACUCAGCACCCUCUGAAACAAUGCCAGGUGUCCCUGAUCCUAAUCAUUAAAGGAUCAUUCGUUUAAAAUAUGGGGACUCUGGCAGAUGGCUCCCUAACUACCACAUAAAGUUCUUUUCCCUGAGUCUCGGUUAUGUGUUAAAUAACGUGCAUAACCUUUGCACUGAGAAGGAGAAGCUGUGCUCAUAUCCCCUGUCCAAUAGCUUGUGAACCCCUGUCUCUGUGUCUUUGCACUAAACACCUCUAAAGGGCCACCAGUGUAUGAGGAGCUCAAUGUGCAUUGGUGCGCCAUGCAGUCAGGAUCUCCGAGCACAUGAUGCUCCCCAUAAGAGCGCAUGAUGCUCCCCAUAAGAUGUUCAGAGCAAAUGCACAGACGUGGUAGUACAUGGGAUCGGGGGGGGCAGGGCAAACAGUGCUAUCUCCCUCCCCCUAACCACACAGAAAUGCUGCGCAUGAAUUAAUGUGAGAAUGUUAGACAUGCUGCUCACUGGAUUCCACCUCCCCAAGAAGAACUGAGGUUUGGAAUUGGGUGACUAGACUCUCUUUUUUCUAGGCCACAGAUGAGGGUUGUCCACACAGACAGAUGUGUGCAGGAGGCCAUACCUCUUCCCCCCACCCAAGGAAAAAUUGAGAUUAUUUUUGAUAUCAACGGCUCUCCAGAGAAUCAAACGGUGCCUAAUCUGCAUUGUGGGAGGGGCCCUGGGGCCGUUGCAAAAGCCAAACAGGCUGUGCUUUCCCAAGAUUUUGCCUCGAGUUCACAUCAUCAUCAUCCAUUUACUUUAAUUGCUCCAUAAUUAAUUGCAGCAAAACUGUUCCAAGUUUUGCCUGAACGCACGCACGCACAGCUGAGAAGCUGGAACAUCACCAUUGAACCCACGUCCCUUCCUUCCCUGCCUUUAUUGCCACAAAAGAAGUGUUGGCUGCUAAGGGCUUUACCUGGCAUUUAUCACUCUGGCAUCUUCUACGCUUACACAACGAAGAGCGUGGUAGCUGUAGGUGGAACCGAUAUGGGAACUGAAAGGUCUGGUCCAGUGUCGGCUCUAGGAUUUUUUUUGGGGGGGGGUCACAGUUCUUGGGUGGACCCACCUCCUCCUUGCCACUACCACCAAUGCAAAUUCCCUUGCCUGUGCCUUCUGGGCCCAGUCUUCACAACUGCAGAGAGAGAGAGAGAGAGAGAGAGAGAGAGAGAGAGAGCCAAGUAAACAACAACAAUUUAUUUAUAUUCUGCCCAUCUGGCUGGGUUGCCCCAGCCGCUCUGGGAGGCUCACAACAAAAUAUAAAAAACACAAUAAAACAUCAACUGUUAAAUAAUAAUAAUAAUAAUAAUAAUAAUAAUAAUAAUAGUAAUAUAUUUAUACCCCUCCCAUCUGGCUGGGUUUCUCCAACCACUCUGGGCAGCUCCCAACAAAAUAUUAAAAACACGAUAAAACAUCAACUGUUAAUUUAUUUAUUUAUUUAUUUAUACCCCUCCCAUCUGGCUGGGUUUCCCCAGCCACUCUGGGCAGCUUCCAACAGAAUAUUAAAAUACAAUAACCUAUUAAACAUUAAAAGCUUCCCUAAACAGGGCUGCCUUCAGAUGUCUUCUAAAAGUCAGAUAGUUGUUUAUUUCUUUGACAUCUGAUGGGAGGGCGUUCCACAGGGUGGGUGCCACCACCAAGAAGGCCCUCUGCCUGGUUCCCUGUAACCUCACUUCUUGCAGGGAGAGACCUGCCAGAAGGUCCUUAGAGCUGGACUUCAGUGUCUGGGCUGAAUGAUGGGGGUGGAGACGCUCCUUCAGGUAUACUGGGCUGAGGCCGUUUGGGGCUUUACAAGUCAGCAUCAACACUUUGAAUUGUGCUCAGAAACGUACUGGGAGCCAAUGAAGAUCGUUUAGGACCAGUGUUUUAUGGUCUCAGUGGCCACUCCCAGUUAAAAACUUCCCUGAACAAGUAGAGGAUGAUGCUUCACCUCCUCACUUUUCACCUGUAGGUUUGGUCAGAGGAGUGAUCGGGAAUUGCCAGCGUGGCACAGAGUUGUCCUUUGGGUGUUUCCCCUGGUGUUCUCGAAGCCUCUACAUGUUGCCGCCCUCUUGGUCCUGCAGUGGUGAGAGUGCUUACCUUUUUCUCCCUUGACAAGUACACAGAGCUGAAGAAGGUACAGUGGUACCUCAGGUUACAUACACUUCAGAUUAUAUACGCUUCAGGUUACAGACACCGCUAACCCAGAAAUAGUACCUCGGGUUAAGAACUUUGCUUCAGGAUGAGAACAGAAAUUGUGCUCCAGCGGCGUGGCAGCAGCAGGAGGCCCCAUUUGCUAAAAUGGUGCUUCAGGUUAAGAACAGUUUCAGGUUAAGUACGGAGCUCCAGAACAAAUUAAGUACUUAACCCGAGGUACCACUGUAGUGGGAAGAGUGACCACUCAAAAAAUUAUGCAGAUGGAAAAAUGGGGAGAAAGGCACACUAAGUAUACAGGCAGUGUCAGGGACAAUGUAAACAGGCAAGCCCUCCAUUUACAGUCAUACCUCGGGUUAAAUAUGCUUCAGGUUGGGCGUUUUCAGGUUACGCUCCGCGGCGACCUGGAAGUAACAGAACGCGUUACUUCUGGGUUUCGCUGCUCGCGCAUGCGCUCAAAAUGACGUCACGCGCAUGCGCAGAAGUGACAAAUCGCGACCCACACAUGCGCAGACACGGGUUGCAUUCUACUCAGGAUGUGAACGGGGCUCCGGAACGGAUCCCGUUCGCAUCCAGAGGUACCACUGUACACACGGUCAAUAUGCGCACGAAAUCAUGCAUCAUGCAGAACCCAGGAGUGACCCCAAAGCAUCACAAAAAGGGGCAAAAUAGGGCGGGGUGAGAACAGGGUGUGUGGGGAUGAAAUGGGGUGUUUGCAGACUUUUCCAAUGGCGUUUCAAAAAUACGUGAUUUCACAUGCGCAGAGCCUGGGAACGUAACCCCCGCAUAAAUGUGGGGAUUGCCUGUAAAGAAAUACAUAAACUGUCCAAAUCAUAUUAAAACUCUUUUUGGGCAGAAACUCCUCUACUUCAUUAUCUAAGUUGCUAUACCAAAAAAGAGAAGAAGCCAUGAGCAAAGAGAUUAACAUAAGGGCAAGGGGGGGGGUGGAAUGUACAAGAAGAAUUAGUAGCUGCAUAAUUCUUUUUCCCUGCUGAACAUUAUCCAACCUGUGUUGGCAGAAAGAUAUAUACCAUACAAUAGGUAGACUCUGUUUGCUGUCUGCCUCCUUUGAAGUUAAUACCACAAAAAACACCAACCCACGCUCUAAGUAGCUCGUAUAUUCUUGCCCUCAGAAUAGAGCGUCAGACCUUCAAAAUGCAGUGAAUGGCUGUGAAGGGAAAAAUACAUAUGCCUUUUCUUCCUUAGCAAUUCAUCCUCUUCUAGCAUUUCAGCCUCUACCUGUAAUAACUAAGCCAUUCGCGCAUUCACUCCCCGAUCAGAAGGACUUCCAUCGCUUUUUACAUUUUGCAGAAAACCCUCUCGUGCAAACAGUGGUGGCUGCUUCUUAUAAAUAUCAAUCGCGGUGGGUAUUCGUUAGAAAGUGGGAUGUACCAAGGACCACCUGAAGCCUGUUUGGUUCUGUCACCUGGCGUUGCUCUUGUUUGAACAGAUGCACAGAUUCCUGCCCUGCCCAAGACUCUCCCCAAAUAGUUUUCAUAAACAAAGAUCGCGCCAUGCUACCCUAAACGCACCUGUGUCCAAACCAAUUAUGGGUCUCGCCAAAAUAGUAAUCAUAGAAAAAUCUCUCGCUCGGUUAUUGGCAUGUUUUCAUCCCAUUUGGGGAUGGGAUACGCAUGCAAUCGCCUUCCUGCUUUCUGAUGUGGUGAUUUCAACACGCCCAUUUUGCAUUCUGGUUGUUUCCUUUGAAUGUGCCCAUUGUGUGCUGAGAGGCGGUAUUUAUCACCACUUCAGUGGGAACCAGUUGCUCUCGCUGACGACCAUUCCAGACUGGUUGGUUGGUGUGGUUUUUUUAUGUGUGGGCAUAUUCUGCAACCCAGCGAUGCAAUAAUACUGCAAUAGUGGUGGAUUUAUUAUGGAGUGUCCAUACACCAUUCAAUUUUAUUUAUUACUCCAUAACGCUGCCCCAGUGUUAUCACAUUACUAACCCGGAGGGGUAUAUUGAUCUAUAGUGCAACAAAAGUGAGGCAAAACAACAACACCCACCCCCCACUCUCAGAGCAUCUUGUGUUAUAAAAGUGACAGCGUUUCAGCAGGAAGUUAUGGGAUAUGCACCGGUCAGAAGCAAAGCAGUAUAUCUGAAAUAUUUGCAGGUGCAAACCGUAUUGAAAGGAGGAAAAACUGCCUCAAUACCAUCAUUUACCCCAGGGGGCACGCAAGGGUACACAGUACCGGCACCUUUUUUGUUUUGUUUUCUUGCUGUUGUUAAAAAGUGUGGCCCUUACUGUAACGAUGAGUAACCGGCACCUAUUUUUCUAGGAAAAAAGCAGUGAUCAUGAGCACAAAUAAUCAGGAAUGCGCAAGAAAAAGGGCAUCUGGACGGACCCUUAGUGAGGUCGCCUUCAAAAUAUGCAGCGUGCAAAACUGAUGUAGUAAAAGAAAAAAUUGUUCAAAGGUAACAUGAGCCGCAGAAUGGAUCAAAGUCUAUGUGGUUCUUCUGGGGGUGUAGCUUUCAAAUGACAAUGCGUUUCAUUAAACAGGUGUGAUUUAAAAAAAAUUAAAAUCUUGUUAAAUGCCCAGGACAGAGCUUAUCCAGAGGGGAUGUGAGUCAUAAGACCGUGAAACGUUCAGAAAAAGUAUGCUGUUCCCAGGGCCCACCUAUACAGUGGUGCCCCGCAAGACAAAUGCCUCGCAAGACGAAAAACUCACUAGACGAAAGGGUUUUGCGUUUUUUGAGUCGUUCCGCAAGACGAAUUUCCCUAUGGGCUUGCUUCGCAAGACGAAAUGUCUUGUGAGUUCUUGCGAGUUUGUUUCCUUUUUCUUAAAGCCGCUAAGCUGUUAAUAGCCGCUAAGCCGCUAAGCCGCUAAUAGCCGUGCUUCGCAAGACGAAAAAACCGCAAGACGAAGAGACUCGCGGAACGGAUUAAUUUCAUCUUGCGAGGCACCACUGUAAUGUUUGGAUGCCCUGUCCUUACUAUGGAAAAGGUAAAGGACCCCUGGACAGUUAAGUCCAGGCAAAGGCAACUAUGGGGUCGCUUUCAGGUCCCGUGUCAGUGUACUUUGGGCAAUAAAAGAGUUAAUUCCUCGUCUGACAGCACUGUGACAAAGGGCAACUGGGGGGCAGGACCAGAGGAGAAUUCAAGAAUCAGAAGCAAAGAGUAGUCAAGGCUGGACAGCAUCAUGGAAGGCAGGACCAGAGAACUGGACCAAGAAAGAAAAUGCGCUUGAGAGUUCAGGUGGACGUUAUGGCCCAAGCUGGGAAAGAAAGUCCAUUAUACUCCUCCUUUCCUAGGGCUGGAGCCAGGAGCCAGCCAGCUUAGAAGAGGCUGCAAUUGCAAGGUUCCCCACACGGGGCAGUAGGCACUACUUCCUGUCUGAAAGUAGUUCAAUGAGAGACUGUGCUUACGCAGUGGUCAGAAGUUCUUGGCACUCAUAGAGGGACGUCUGAAUCCAGGUGCAUUUCCACCUGAGAUCUUCCCAGUUGGUGCCUGGCUGCUGGAACUGGAAGCUCCAGAGGCAGUUCCCUAGUAGGCCAGAUUAACCCUAACCUAGCCUUGACCAUUUUAGAGAGUCUCCUUCGGGAAAUCUGCUGCUUGGCUGUUGCUCCAGUUUGGUAUGGCGCUGCUGAAAUAUCGGUAGCUCUCUCAGGUGGAUUUGAAGCAAACUAAGCUCUUCACCGGGACGCGGGUGGCGCUGUGGGUUAAACCACAGAGCCUAGGACUUGCCGAUCAGAGGGUCGGCAGUUCGAAUCCCCACAACAGGGUAGGCUCCCGUUGCUCAGUCCCUGCUCCUGCCAACCUAACAGUUUGAAAGGAGGUCAAAGUGCAAGUAGAUAAAUAGGUACUGCUCCGGCGGGAAGGUAAAUGGCGUUUCCGUGCGCUGCUCUGGUUCGCCAGAGGUGGCUUAGUCAUGCUGGCCACAUGACCCGGAAGCUGUACGCCGGCUCCCUCGGCCAAUAAAGCGAGAUGAGCGCCGCAACCCCAGAGACGGCCACGACUGGACCUAAUGGUCAGGGGUCCCUUUACCUUACCUUUAAGCUCUUCACCUGAAACUUAAAUGGGAUAGGAGACGGUUCAAAAUCAUUCAAAAGAAGAGGAGGCGCCGUUGUGCCUGAUGGUUCGGGGGCAGGGAUUGAUCAGUUGGAGGGCAGGGCUCUGGCACAAGGGCUGCCCCCAUCCCCCCUCUUGGACCAGAGAGGCAUAUCUGUCCUCCAUCGCUCUGCUUGCAAAAAAGGAAAACCUUAGCCCCUCCAGCUGAUGACCCUGUACCUGCUAUGCAUACUAAAUCUACUGCCGGGAUAUAAAACUCUUUACACUGAUUAAUUUGAGCUCGCUGAUGGCUCUUAUCCUGGUUUCAGAGUAAUUGUUUCUCUUGUCUGCGGUCUUCCCUCCUUACAUUUCACUGCAUAUUUAUUAGGUUCUCUGCUGAGGCUAUCUGCGGCCACAUUAAACCAAUUUACUCCUUGAAACGUCUGACCUUCGAUCUGCCAGCUGCAUCCUUUCCAAACCAGCAGCGGAGAAAGCGGAGCCUUCUUAACAAUGGGCUGGCCGAGGAUUCUUGUACCUCUGAAUUGUCCCCGGGUCCGCAAAGAAAUCAAGUUAUUGCACCUUAAUCACCGAAAGUCAUUUUUAUGCUAAUAGAAUUUUCUAUUAGGCCCCCUCUGUUUUCCUGGUGACCUGGUGGUGUCAUCUUAGUUAAAAAUACGAAUGCUUAGCCAUGUCUGCUCUGAAAUCGCUGUUGAUCUUAUCAAGGGUGUGCAAGCGAGCAGGGAGUUGGGGUCUCUUGGGACUUUGCACACUGAUGCCCUUUGUGGGCCACACAAAGCUGCAGACGGGAGGGGGAAAUGUCAGUAUAACCAUCCCAGGAUUUAACUUGGCUCCUCCCCCUUUGCAGCCCAUUGGCUCCUCCUCUCUUGUUGUGCCUAUGAGAGCUAGCCAGUAAGGUGUGCAUCAAUUUUUCCACUUCCUGACCUGUGGUGGCUUCCUGGUCAUCUUCAAAGGGGAAAUUUGCUAACCUGCUAGAUUUCCAGCUUCAGUGUUUUACUGAAGGCUGCUACCUUCCCUCCGAGUCUUCUUCAGGCAAACAUCUCAGCUCAAACUCAACCAGCAAAUGACUUAGUCUUCCGUUCAGUUGCUGCCUUUAUGUGGCUUUCCCCGCUAUUAUCUGCCUUGGCUUUCCUAUGAGAUAUCCCCCAGUGCGCCUUCCUAACUCCUGUUCUUGGUGGGGCUAGGUUUUGGGCCCUCCUCGUUUGAGCUGGCUUCACAAUGAAGGGGACCCUGGGCAUAUUACACACUGACAAGACCCCUCCACUUUGUUGAGAUUUCCAUUCCAUCUUAAGGAGCAGACGUGUGGAACUGUUGUAUGUCACAUAUCUGUUUACAUUCCAGCACAGUAUGAUGGGAACUUCCGUUGUGUUUUUGUGCUUUUGCUUUUCCCCGUUCUCUCUGAGAAAACGAGAGAGAGAGACAACAUGUUUCUUUGUCCUGAUUUAUGAUUAAUAAAUCUGUAGUUGUAGUAUGCUUCCACAAGCCUCAUGCCUAUUCUGUGUGCGCAGUCUGAUCUGCUGAUAGUGUGCCCUGGCUCUGAAGCCUGGGUCGCUGAUUUACAUCGGAACAGAGGCCGAUGGGUCUUCGCAGCAGAUGCCUGGAAGGAGACAGCUCAGCUGGGGCCAGCCAGCUGGCCUCCCGGCCCUCUGCAUGUCGACAGAUUUAUCUCGCAGCAAUUCUGGGUUGGACUGAUGGUUGUGUUGGUUGAAAACCUCUGGAGGGCAUUAGGUUGAUACCAGCUUGGACUAUCUGUCUGUCUAUCCCAAGCAGAUGGACAAUCAGAGACUGUGCCUGCAUAUCUGUGCUCCUCCCACUUCAUGCCUCUUCUGGCCCUGGGAGACCAGGGGAGAGGAAAGCUUGUCACAGCAGGAAGAGGGAGACUCCCAUGCCUCUUCACCAGCCUAACCCAUCUCUGCCUCUUGGGCUCCUUCCUCCCUUGCGUGGUGUAGUGGUUAAGAGUGGUAGACUCGUAACCUGGUGAACUGGGUUCGCGUCUCCGCUCCUCCACAUGCAGCUGCUGGGUGACCUUAGGCUAGUCACACUUCUCUGAAGUCUCUCAGCCUCACUCACCUCACAGAGUGUUUGUUGUGGGGGGGGGGAGGGAAAGGAGAAUGUUAGCCGCUUUGAGACUCCUUCGGGUAGUGAUUAAGCAGGGUAUCAAAUCCAAACUCUUCUUCUUCUUCUUCUUCUUCUUCUUCUUCUUCUUCUUCUUCUUCUUCAGCUUCUGCCUCUUGAUUCUGGACUUCUCUCUGCCACCGACUCUGCCCGCUCACAAAGCCCUGUUACCUCUUCAGCUUCUGCCACUUCCUCCUCCCAGUCUUCUCCCUCUGACCACUCAUCGUUGUCCUACCACCACUCCAUGGGCUCUGAGCCUUCUUCCCUUGGUGGUUCCCCACCUGGUUCCUUCCAGCAUUCCUCUGCAUCCAACCAGUCCAUGACACUGGCUGGGGCUGAUGGGUGGGGUGGCCCAAAACUUCUGGAGGGCAUUAGGUUGAUAAAGAUUGCUAUACCAGCUUGGACUCAGUGUCCAUCUAUCCCAGAAGUGUCUGCUCUGACUGGCAGUGGCUCCGUAGGGUCUCAGGUUGUUGUUGUUUAGUUGUUUAGUCGUGUCCGACUCUUCAUGACCCCAUGGACCAGAGCACGCCAGGCACUUCUGUCUUCCACUGCUUCCCGCAGUUUGGUCAAACUCAUGCUGGUAGCUUCGAGAACACUAUCCAACCAUUUCGUCCUCUGUCGUCCCCUUCUCCUUGUGCCCUCCAUCUUUCCCAACAUCAGGGUCUUUUCUAGGGAGUCUUCUCUUCUCAUGAGGUGGCCAAAGUAGUAGAGCCUCAGCUUCAGGAUCUGUCCUUCCAGGGAGCACUCAGGGCUGAUUUCCUUCAGAAUGGAUCGGUUUGAUCUUCUUGCAGUCCAUGGGACUCUCAAGAGUCUCCUCCAGCACCAUAAUUCAAAAGCAUCAAUUCUUCGGCGAUCAGCCUUCUUUAUGGUCCAGCUCUCACUUCCAUACAUCACUACUGGGAAAACCAUAGCUUUAACUGUACGGACCUUUGUUGGUAGAGAAGUCUAUUUCCCAUUGUCUGCUAAGCUGGCCUCUUUGUUUCCCCAAAGAGUGGAGAUGGCAGGGAUAAAAACUCGGGCUUUCUGCAUUCAAAAGGAUGUGCUCCACAGCUGAGCUGUGCCCUUCUUCUUGGGACAUCUUUGGACUUUUCUGAAUCGCCACUCUUGCAUUUGCCUGGGCCUUCCCAGAUGAACCUGAAAGGACUGUCCGCUCUAACACACACAGCCCCAAAUGGCAAAUCGCAGCAGAGGGAAACAUCUGCAAGACCGCAUAAUGUCGUUUCUGGUCUUGCAGCCAUUGCAAAGGUAGAUUUGGUUUCUAUUAAUAAAGGGAUAAUAGAAUGGGGGAAGCCUGGCACCGGGGCGGCCUUUGGCCGGUUACAGCCGCCUUGCAGUUAUAGCAGCAGUUGCUGUGCAAUUAUCUGACCACACCGUAGAGCCACAGCAGAAACAGAGGCCGCCUGGCUUUUUAUUCUUAGUAACGGUAUAACGGAGAAGGUGGGUGGGGGGACCUUCAUUUGAGCUGCCUUCCUGUGGCUGAGGGGAAAGGCAGAGCCAACGGAAGGUCACAUAGACCCCCUUCUGUGUGGCGUGGAAGUGAGUUUAAGGGCUGCGCUUGCGGGCAGAGAAGCAGUGAUCUUGGUUCAAACCCCUUCUUAGCCUUGAGCAAUGUGGGUGGCCUCGGUCAAGUUGUUUUCUUGUGACUUUGGGAGCCAGCGUGGUGCAGUGGUUAAGAGUGGUGGACUCGUAAUCUGGUGAACCGGGUUCGCUUCCCCGCUCCUCCACAUGCAGCUGCUGGGUGACCUUGGGCUAGUCACACUUCUCUGAAGUCUUUCAGCCUCACUCACCUUACAGAGUGUUUGUUGUGAGGGAGGAAGGGAAAGGAGAUUGUUAGCCGCUUUGAGACACCUUAAGGGGAGUGAAAGGCGGGGUAUCAAGUCCAAACUCCUCCUCCCCAUCCUCCUCCUCCUCCUCUUCUUCCCCAUCUGUUAAAAAAAUGGAAUUGGAAUGGUGUGCACCACAAGGAUUAAUGGGAGACUGAAAAUAGUAAGGACAGCCACCACCGCCACGCCACUUACGUGCAUUCCACUCGCACACAACCACGUUUACAGUGGCACAUCAGGUUAAGUACUUAACUCAAUCCGGAGGUCCGUUCUUAACCUGAAACUGUUCUUAACCUGAAGCACCACUUAGCUAAUGGGGCCUCCUGCUGCUGCCACGCCUCCGGAGCACGAUUUCUGUUCUCAUCCUGAAGCAAAGUCCUUAACCCGAGGUACUAUUACUGGGUUAGCGGAGUCUGUAACCUGAAGCGUAUGUAACCUGAAGCGUAUGUAACCCGAGGUACCACUGUACAUGGGUCUGCACGAAAUAAAUAAAUAAAUAGAUUGGCCUUCUCUCGCUCUGGCUGCUGCCUGGACGUGAGUGAAAGAAGGAACAUCGGAACACUGCCCAAGUGAGGGAAGGCACCCUGGGCAUCAGCCCCGAUCGAGGGAAAGCUCGGGACAGGCUGGGCAUCGGCCCCAAAUGACCUCCAAGCAGCAGCCCCAGCAGGGCUGGACUAACCAGUAAGCAAAAGAAGCACGUGCUUAGGGCAUCAGGGGAAGAGGGACACCACAGAAGUUUUCCAUUGCUGGAUUUUUAACAUUGACCGCCACCGAUUGCUCAGCUGAGCAUUCGUUUUCUCAGUUGAAGCAUAUUGAAAAUCCCAACGGGAACAUCUAUGCAACAAGGCAGGCCAGAAAUCUUAUCUCUGCUAAGUCAUCUUCUUCUUCUUUGGCAAUCACUUGUAGCCAAGUAAGAUAGUCUUCCAUAAACACGGUUUUAACAGUGAGUCCAUAAGUGACUGUGGAGGCCAAUUCUGGAUCCAUACAUCCUUCCACAGUGGAGACAUUGGUUUCCAGGCAGGAGUUGAUCAUGGUGUGGAUUUGCCAAGCGUGCCUUCCUCUUAGCACGUUUCUCCCUUGCAUCCUGAGUUCGAGUCUCUUCAAAGCCCAUGACACCUUUGGUAAAGGCUGUUCUCCAUUUGGAGUGCUUGCAGGCCAGUGUUUCCCAGUUGUCGGUAUUUAUACUACAUUUUUUUAGAUUUGCCUUGAGAGAGUCUUCAAACCUCUUUUGUUGACCACCAGCAUUACACUUUCCGUUUUUAGGUUGGGAGUAGAGUAGUUGCUUUGGAAGACGAUCAUUGGGCACAACAUGACCAGUCCAACGAAGUUGAUGUUGAAGAAUCAUCGCUUCAUCAUGGGCGAUCUUUGCUUGAUGUGUUAAUUUUGGAUAAAUUUUGAGGGUCUCUGAUCAAAGACUUUGCGAUUAGAAAAAGUAGGAGAAUCCCCCACCCCAAAAAUACAAAUAAAGAGAGAGUCUACGAAAAGAACAGGAUAGCCUGUACUUCCACCUCCCUCCUGCUUACUCCAUGGGCGGUUUCUGUGGGUGACAUGUGCUGUCCUUGCCUGUUGCUCCAAGUUCACAAACCCACUCUCUCAUCCCAUCCUCCUGAUGCAGGCACCGACGAGAGUCAGGAGAUCUAAUCCGCCCACUGAGAAGUCCCUUUGCCGAGUAUAAUUAUUUCUGUUUCCUGAAAGGAUUAGAGGAUUUAAUUAGUGUCCUGUUUGACGUGCCCAGCACAACGGGAGCGGGGGAACGGACAGCCUUCAGAGCACCAAAAUACACAUUGCAAAAGGCUAAUAAAACGGCAGACAUCCAGCAAGUGUGUGUUACGUUUGCGCAGGAGAGUGUGUGGCUGGUUUGGGGCCUUUCAUUCAGUCCCCCGUGUCUCUAGGUGGGGCUGGGAGUGGCCCCUGCCUGGAACUCCGGACGCCUGAGGCUGCCACAGAGUCCACUUCCUUCAAAUAAUUGGUGUGUGGCGAUGGAGGAAGCAAAGUAUGGUUUAAAAUGAAGUUCACACACCCAGAUAGGUAAAGGCACCUUGGAGAAAGAGACAGACAGACGGGCAGAAAGACAGACAGGGAGAGGUAUUGCAGGACACAUUAGGGAGGAAGGGAAAGUAGCAGAAUUGCAACACAGGAGAAAGGAUAUUGCUUAGAGGUGGUAAAUAGUUUCAAAGGUGGGAGUGCUUGCUUGGUGGGGAUGCAAAAUUGUUUAUAUAUUUUGGACCAGGGUCAUCGGUAUUACCUCCCAAAUUAAACAACCCCUGUUGCCAAACCCAGCCUAAGCCCUGCUUUCCCUAAACAACAACAACAACAAUUUAUUUAUACCCUGCCCAUCUGGUUGGGUUUCCCACGCCACUCUGGGCGGCUUCCAACAGAACACUAAAAUACAAUACUGUAACCUAUUAAACAUUAAAAGCUUCCCUAAACAGGGCUGUCUUCAGAUGUCUUCUAAAAGUUUUCCCUGCAAUUCACAUUAAUUCUCGCAGGUUCCAGAUUCCAACCCUACUAUCCAGCUUAAAGAUUUAAUUCUUUGUCUACUGGUAGCCGCACAUCUAGUGAUAGCGUAUCACUGGAAAUCCCAGGUGAGAACUGGUUCAAUAAUUUUGGGGGUAUAGCUAGUUCAGAACGACUAAACGGGCUUAAGAAGAGGUGCAAAUGGGGUCAUAAAGAAAAAUAUAUUUGAUGAAACCUGGUCUCCCCCCCUUUUUUUUAUCCGUAAGGGAGGAAGAAAGUAAAGUUCUCCCACCAGCCUCACAAACCUGUCUCUGUUUACCUAUGCGCACUGCCAAUGUUUUAAGACCAUGUAAAAUGAUGCAAUAGCUGUUCUUUGUCUUGCUUUGCUAUGACUGUAUUGUAUAAUAAAAAUAUUUUUAAAAAAUUAAAGUGGGAGGGUGGGAGUAUAAGGGAUGUUAAAGGGGCCUUUCUAGAUCAGGCCAAAAGCCUGUAUAGUUCAGCAGCCUGUCUUCUCAGCGGCCAAGCAUAUGGUCUAACGGGAACCCCACAAGCAAGACCCGGGUGUAACAACACUCUCUAUACUCUGUCCGCAGUGGAGGUAGAAUGUAGCCAUUGUGGCUAGUAGCUGUUGAUCGUCGUGUCUCCCAUGAGUUUGUCCAACAAGCCAUCCAAGAUGGUGGCCAUCUUGUGAGAGUGAAUUCUGCAGUUUAGCUAAGAAGGACUACAGUUGUACCUUGGAAGUCAAACGGAAUCCAUUCCGGAAGUCCAUUCGACUUCCAAAACAUUCAAAAAUCCAAGUGCGGCUUCUGAUUGGCUGCAGGAAGCUCCUGCAGCAGCCAAUCGGAAACCAUGGAAGCCCCGUCGGACGUUUGGCUUCCAAAAAUAGUUCACAAACUGGAACAGUCACUUCUGGGUUUGCGACAUUCAGGAGCCAAAACGUUCAGGAACUAAGCUAAGGUUACCAGAUGUCCUCGUUUCCCAGGGACAGUCCCCGGAUUUACAAAUCAGUCCCCUGACAAAAUCCAUCUAUUUAAUAGGAAGUUGAAAAGUGUCCCCAGAUUCAUUGAAAAAAAUCUGGUAAGCUGUUCGACUUCCAAGGUACGACUGUACUUCUUUUGGUCUGUCCUGAAUCUUUGGUCUGUCCUGAAUCAGCUUCACUGGAUGACUUCCAAAUUAUAGUAUUAUUGUGGCGGCAAAGGCAGGGGGAACACGUCCCUCUCUACUUUCUUCACACCCUGCAUAACUUCAAAAGACUUUAAAAUAUGACAUGGUUGAUCCCGAAUUACAUCGCAGGAAACAUCUGAUAGGUACCCAUUGUAUCCAAGCAGUAACCUUCUGCAUGGAAAUCACAAUAGCAACGAAUGUGCCAGGAACGACUGGCUGCCUAUUUUCAGGUACAAAUGUGAUGCUGUUUUAAACGCUCAGAAAAGCGCUGUAUCCGUGCAACAAGAAAGCAGCCUCAGGAGAGAGGAUAGGCAAGUUAUGGGCAGCAAACAAAAUUCAAAUGUAAAAAGUUGGAAGGCUGUAAGCUGAGCCUUGGUAGUCAUAAAACAUUGUAAGUGCCUCAGGGGCAGCUAUCAUUUUUACGAUAGUCUGUGAAGUGUGAAUAUUCUUUGUCUUAUACAGAACUAACAGUCUCAUACCCAGUGUUAUUUGGGAACACUUAAGAAAGAAACAAAAAAAGUCAGUGAGGUGUUGACCAGUGGUUAAAAUCAGUCCUGUUUCAAUAAUAAUAAUAAUAAUAAUAAUAAUAAUAAUAAUAAUAAUUUAUUAUUUAUACCCCGCCCAUCUGGCUGGGUUUCCCCAGCCACUCUGGGUGGCUUCCAACAAAACACUAAAAUACAAUCACUCCACCAUCUUGAUUCAAAAUGGCGCCCAGUUGUAUCCAAGCAUAGAUGAAGAGCUGCUUUGCCUUGUCAGGAACCGUGGUGCAAAAUUUGGAUGCAGUGUCUUAAGAGGUGUCCAAUUGCAUAGCAAACAACUUUCCAAAAUAUAUAGUAGAUGCAUGAAUUAAUAAUAAAAAUAACCACUACUCAUUAUCCAUGCAAGGCAAGUACCUGCUUCUCCCUGAAGCAUUUCCUCAGAGUGUCUGGAGCCAACAUCCUGCCUUUUCUUAUGAGACUAAAAUCUCCUCAGGAGCCUUUCCCCACUGCUAUCUGCAGAUCAUCUCCACUUUUUCGCCGUGAAAUACGACACCUGUCUCAAGCCGCUCCACAUCCCCUCCAUCUUCCUUGAGGAUGACAGGAAAGCGGCCGCUUAACAAAUGGGCUGCGUCUCUGAAUAUCCCCGUUUCCGUUGCGUCGCUAUCAUAUUUUUAAGGCUGACUCUUUCCCUCCGCACUGUCCGCCCCUUGCGCAGAUUGCAAAGAAGCUUUUAUUGUUCGCUGAACAAUUUCUUGAAAUUUCCCAGCUCGUGAUGUCUUUGGGGGGGGCUCCUUUAAUCUUCCCCCUCUAAAGCGCUGCUUAUUUCUUUAGUGCUCUCACAAAAAUGGAAGCACUUUCCCAGUUGUUUAUACAUCACUAUCCAAUAGGCUCCCAGGGACGCGGGUGGCACUGUGGGUUAAACCACAGAGCCUAGGACUUGCCGAUCAGAAGGUCUACAGUUCGAAUCCCCACGACGGGGUGAGCUCCCGUUGCUCGGUCUCUGCUCCUGCCAACCUAGCAAUUCCAAAGCACGUCAAAGUGCAAGUAGAUAAAUAGGUACCGCUCUGGCGGGAAGGUAAACAGUGUUUCCGUGCGCCGCUCUGGUUUGCCAGAAGCGGCUUAGUCAUGCUGACCACAUGACCCAGAAGCUGUACGCCGGCUCCCUCGGCCAAUAAAGCGAGAUGAGCGCCGCAACCCCGGAGUCGGCCACAACUGGACCUAAUGGUCAGGGGUCCCUUUACCUUUUAUCUAAUAGGCUGAGAAUGUACGGGCAUAAGGAGCUGGAUCAGGCCAAUGGCCCAUCUAGUCCAGCAUCCUUCUCUUAGGUUUAAGGUGCUGGUUUUAACCUUUAAAGCCCUAUACGGCCUAGGACCCUCGUACCUACGGGACCACCUCUCCUGGCAUGUCCCACGGAGGACCUUACGAUCUUCAAGCAAAAACAUCUUGGAGAUCCUGGGCCACAGGGAGGUUAGGCUGGCCUCAACCAGAGCCAGGGCUUUCUCAGCCAUGGCCCCAAUCUAGUGCAAUGCUCUGUCACAAGAGACUAGGGUCCUGUGGGACUUGACAUCUUUCCUCAGGGCCUGCAAGACAGAGCUGUUCCACCAGGCCUUUGGCCAAGGCACAGUCUGACCCCCUCCUUCUGUAAUCCUCAAAGAACUCUAGCCCAACUGUUGCCAUUAAUUUGAUUCUGAAUUGAUUUUAGAAUGAAUUGAUUUUUGAAUGCUGUGUUACUUUCACUGUUGUUAGCCGCUCUGAGCCCGGCUUCGGCUGGGGUUGGGCGGGAUAUAAAUAAAAUAUUAUUAUUAUUAUUAUUAUUAUUAUUAUUAGGCCAACCAGAUGUCCAUAGGAAGCCUGAAAGCAGCGCCUGAAGGCAACAGCACUUUUUCUUCCUGGCGUUCCAGCAAUUCAGUAGCUUUGCUGCCUCUAAAAGAGGAAGCGUAGAGCAGGCUUCCUCAUCCUCGCCCUCCAGAUGUUUUGAGACUACAAUUCCCAUUAUCCCUGACCACUGGUCCUGCUAGCUAGGGAUCAUCUGGAGGGCCGAGGUUGAGGAAGCCUGGUGUAGGGCAUAGGCAUCAAGGUUUGUAGCCUCUGAUAGAUGCUCUAUUACUGGGGGGAAAUUCACCUCUGGCAACCAAGGCACCCCUCCGAUUUCAGAUAGUACAUGGGCAGACGAGUCUAAAAAGCCCAGGACACAAAUUUUACCAGAAGCAAUGUAUUUAACAUUAGCUCUGGUAGUGUAUGCAUGAUUCAGACCAAACUAAGCCUCCUGCAGCAAAAUAUACUGUACAUCAGGGCAGGAUGCAUGGUUGCAAUGAAAUAAUGUGUGCAAAAAUGUGUGUAUUGUGAUAAAGUAAUAAAUUAAAAUGCACAAUAUUAGAGAAGGCAGUAAUUUGAAAAAGCAUUUCGUUAGGCCAGAUCGCUUGCAAAAAAUGAUCCUAUCAGGCAAAACUGUAUGCAGAAAUGUGUAUGUCAAGAUAAUUUUUAUCUAAAAUGCUGACGAAUUUUCACGAGGACUUUAUUUUUAUUUUCAUUCAAAUUGCUUUGGAAAUGUGGAGAAGUGAAGUGAAGUCCAGAAAAACUGAGAGAAAUUAAAUGGAUGGAUUUGCCAAUCCCUAUUGAAGUGAGCUGGGUGAAAAUCCCUUCCCUUCGCAAUAGGGAGCAGUGUCUGCGGCAGAACGAAACGAAAACCCAAACCCACCCAUAAAGGUUCAGGGGUUGGGUGGGAAGUUGUUAGAAUGAGAUUUUGCCUUGGGCAACAGGAUAGCAUGAGCCAGCUCUGCAUAAACGGUAAUUGCAGCAAUAGAUUUUGGGGUGUGGGUUAAUUAUAUAAAUCCCCACACCCUGCAAGGGUGCGGCAUUGUCUUUUGACUUGGUCGUGACUCGUUGGUGUUCUUCCUUUUUUUAAAAUUAAAAGUGGUGUGUCACUUCUAAAACUGGUUUCAGACGCUUCCCAAAGAGUCCUGCUACAGCGUUUCAGGGCUGUUAUUUAUGUGGAGUUUGGAAUUCAUGUGUCUACCGUUAAGUCUUCCACCGUGGGCUCUUUCCCUGAAGGGCUACCUUUCUCUAUGCAGGGAGUUUUAACAAAUGCAGAGGCCUUAGAAAUGCAGACCCACUCAACGGAAGCUGUGAAGGCCUGAUAGGACUCUUGCCACGUGAUUUUGUAUAGAUCAGGGGUCAGCACACUUUUUCAGCAGGGAGCCGGUCCACUGUCCCUCAGACCUUGUGGGGGGCCAGACUAUAUUUUUUUUGGGGGGGGGGAGGAAGAAAGAACGAAUUCCUAUGCCCCACAAAUAACCCAGAGAUGCAUUUUAAAUAAAAGCACACAUUCUAUUCAUGUAAAAAAACGCUAAUUCCUGGAGCUGGAUUUAGAAGGAUUUAGAUCCGGCCCCCUGGCCUUAGUUUGCCUAUCCAUGUUGUUGUUGUUGUUUAGUCGUUUAGUCGUGUCCGACUCUUCGUGGCCCCAUGGACCAGAGCACGCCAGGCACUCCUGUCUUCCACUGUCUCCCACAUUUUGGUCAAACUCAUGCUGGUAGCUUCGAGAACACUGUCCAACCAUCUCGUCCUCUGUCGUCCCCUUCUCCUUGUGCCCUCCAUCUUUCCCAACAUCAGGGUCUUUUCCAGGGAGUCUUCUCUCUCAUGAGGUGGCCAAAGUAUUGGAGCCUCAGCUUCAGGAUCUGUCCUUCCAGUGAGCACUCAGGGCUGAUUUCCUUCAGAAUGGAGAGGUUUGAUCUUCUUGCAGUCCAUGGGACUCUCAAGAGUCUCCUCCAGCACCAUAAUUCAAAAGCAUCAAUUCUUCGGCGAUCAGCCUUCUUUUUGGUCCAGCUCUCACUUCCAUCCAUCACUACUGGGAAAACCAUAGCUUUAACUAUACGGACCUUUGUUGGCAAGGUGAUGUCUCUGCUUUUUACCCAUGGUAUAGAUCAAUUACAAGACCUAUUUUCUUGGCCUGGCUUUUUGUGCUUGGGGCUAGGUUGAUAGGAGAACCAGGUAUUAACAUUUGCUUGAUCUCUUUUAUUAAAUCAUUUCACAUCUUAUUACAUGUGUGGUGUUUCAUGGCUGUACCAACUGUAAGCCUCUCUCCAUCUACCACACGUUCAGAUCAGCCUUCCUCUGAGAAGCUCAGAGAGACAUACAUGAGCUCUCUUCUUCCACGACACGGCCCAUAUCACCCCAUCAGUUUCCUGGUCAAGUUGGAUGGCAAAGCCCAGAUCUUACUGGUCCAAGUCCUUGAGCAAGGAAGUCCAGGCCACUGAGCUCAUGCUGUUGGCUCCUGAAACUGGCCUGAGAAUAUUUUUGUAGCAUUUGUUUACAGUGGUACCUCUGGUUGCGAACAGGGUCUGUUCUGGAGGCCUGUUCGCAACAUGAAAAGAGUACAACCUGAAUCGCCGUAUCUGUGCAGGUGCGUGGCGCGAUAUAGCACUUCUGUGCAUGCGGCGAAACCCGGAAGUAACCCUUUUCAGUACUUCUGGGUCGCCACGGGACGCAACCUGAGAAAACGUAACCUGAAGCAAACAUAACAUGAGGUAUGACUAUAUUCUAAUAUUUAGAAUUGUAAACGGCGUUGGAUUCCUUGGUAAAAAGGUGACGUAUUUAUGAAUUCACACGGCACCACAUUAGCUUGAUGAACCUGAACAGAAAUGCCCACAUUUUACAGCAUUCUGGUCCCGUGUCCAGAAAGAUGCUCUUGAGAAAUUUACAAGCGUAACACGAUGAUCAUAAUAAGCAUCCACGUUGAGCCUCAACAUUAAGCCUCCAUUUGACAUUUAGCUGUCAUGGUUAAUGGUAGCUGGUUAGUCUUCCCUCCAUUAAACAGCACAAUCUUUUCCAUAAAGGCAUCUGAGCUUGUAGCCACCUUAGCCAGACAGGGCUUAUCAAUGUGAUGUUGUUGGACUACAACUCCCAGCAAGCAUGGCCAAGGAUGAUGGGAACUGUAGUCCAACAACAUCUGGCUGCCUAUCCCUCCUCCAGGAGUUAAUCCCAUGAAUGGAUUGUUUCUCUUGCAAGGAAGUAUUUCCUUUGUUUUUGCUUCUGAAUUGACUUCCUGCCAGCUUUAUUGGAAGGAAAGACUAGUCGAUCUAGAAGUCAAUCUUGCUUAAAUGGAUAUCAAUGGCGCUCCCCCCUCCUUUUUCUUUUUGGAACUUUGUUCUCUGAGAAACACAUCAAGCCUGAUCUGCUGGGGUUUCAGGAAACUGGCGAUGGCAGUGUCCUCUGCUGGGCUUUAGAGAGGCAUUGAUCAUUUGAUUCCUUUGCUCUUCAUUUGCUUUGAGUCUGUAAUUGCGUUUGGUAGUAGGGGGCUGUUGCUUUUGCGUCGUUUUUACGAUGCAAGCUUUUUGACGGGUCUCGAGAAUGCAAAAUGGAAAACAGGAUGUACAUUUUAAAAACAUAUUUAUUUUUUUUUAAAGGUGAAGUAGUUCUGCAUAAGUGUGCUGCUGUAGUAAAUUAAGUGAGUCAAUCAAUCUCUAAUGCGAUAAAUGACCUUGAGUUCACAUUGACUCUGCUUCAACCGCUGUCUUGCCUUAUGUGAGUAAUCUAGGCAGUCUGGCUGUUCCUCCAAUGUACUCUCUUGCUGUUUAAAGGUGAUUUCUUUGUUAGCUCUGGUUAGUUGUCCUUUAGCCUACCAUCCGGUGCUAUGGACAGUGCAAUGUUUUAAAGAGAAAACAUGUGGGUAUAUUAUUAUUAUUAUUAUUAUUAUUAUUAUUAUUAUUAUUAAAUAGCCACGCGCAAGGUGGGCAUCUGGAAGGGGGGGGAACCUUAACCUUUCUCUCUUUUUUAAAGAAAAUCUUUAUUAAUUUUCACAUAGAGAAAUAAAUAUAUAAUACAAAAGACGAUACAAAUGAAUAAAAACAAUAAAGUAAGAAAAGUUAGAAAAACAAACAAACAAAUACAAUAUAUUACACUUACAUAACAAAUCAGUAUAUGUAACUUCCCAUAAUUCUCAUUAUACUACUUAUGUUAUCUGUAUUCCUUGCACAGAUUCAUAUUAUUUUAUUUUGUAUAUAGAUAUAUAAUCCACUAUUACAUUUUGAAUAAUUCUUGGUUAACCUUUCUCGUGUUGUUGAAAACAAGGGGUGGCAGAGGCACAGCCCCCUAAUUAAAACCACAUCCUUCCCACCCAGAAUUAGAAGCCAAAAUUAAGUUUUAAGGGCUGGGCUUGCUAGAAAGACUUUUCUGCUUAAAAUGUCUGUUUGGCAAUUAUAGCUUGGGGUUGGGGGCAGAAUCAUGACAGACGACCACAUCUUCUUGGACUUAAUGGUGACUCCAAACACUGCUUCUAUUAUCUCAGCAAUUGAGUCUGCAGUUUUCAAAAAAAAAGGCGGGGGAAAGGAAGAGAAAUAAAGCGCUUAAAAUAUUCUUUUGAGAUUUAUGUUCCCAUUAGAAAGCUGGCAGAAUAAAGUGAGAGAAACAUGUAAGGUCAUAACCACAGAGAACCCCAGCUACUGCUAAGGUGUUUGGGAGCACUGCUGUGCAAAUUGUUUGAUUAAUAACCAGGUCCUUGUCAUAAAAUCAUUGGGUGGAGCUGUUUCCCGCCAUCGCUUGUGGCUUGGCUCACUUGCCCGAGUCAUCUAGGUGCUGAAGCAUGGUCAAAAGCAAGCAGGAAUGGGAGUCACUGAAGUUGCUGGGGGCUUUCCAUGACAAGUGGGGGGUGCAAAUGUACCGUGACGGACGCCAGAGCUCACGGAAAUGCUGUUUACCUUCCCGCCGCAGUGGUACCUUUUUAUCUACUCGCACUGGUGUGCUUUCGAACUGAUAGGUUGGCAGGAGCUGGGACAGAGCAACGGGAGCUCACCCCGUUGUGCGGAUUUGAACCGCCAACCUUCUGGUCGGCAAGCUCAAGAGGCUCAGUGGUUUAGACCACAGCGCCACUUGUAUCCCACAUGGUACAAUCCCAUGUGGGAUUGGACCUGCAUGGAGAGUGGUAGAUGGUUGAUGAAGGGACCGUGGGUGGGAGGAAGAGAAAUGUCGGUCUCCCAAGGUGAGAAGCUGGAAAGAGAAAGGAAAGGUACCAGAUGAGAACUGAGAGGGUCUGCUACCUUCUGUGGAUGAUAAGAUCUAGGAGCUACCUUUAAGAGAAGGCUCUGUAUUUUAUUUGUGCUUUUUGUAGCUGUUUUUUAUUUACCAUAUCUGUUAUCCAUAUCUGAUUGUAUUGUGAAAACCAAGGGUCGGCAAACUUUUUCAGCAGGGGACCGGUCCACUGUCCCUCAGACCUUGUGGGGGGCCGGACUAUAUUUUGAAGAAAAAAAUGAACGAAUUCCUAUGCCCCCCAAAUAACCCAGAGAUGCAUUUUAAAUAAAAGGACACAUUCUACUCAUGUAAAAACACGCUGAUUCCCAGACCAUCCACGGGCCGGAUUUAGAAGGCGAUUGGGCUGCAUCCGGCCCCCGGGCCUUAGUUUGCCUACCCAUGGUGAAAACCUUUAAGAAGCAUCCACUCCUCGCCCCUCGCUCUAACUUCUGAGAUUUUAAGGGACAUUACCCACACAGUUUUGACGCUGCUUUCUCAGACAUGAAGGCUGGAAACUCCAUUUUUUAAAAACGGGAAAUUCUCACAGUUCCUUAGGAAGCUGAAUUCUGCCUGACAAUUCUGGACUUUUGCAGUGUUUCUCCAGAACUGCAGCCUAAGCCCAGACCCCAGGAUACAGCCACACCAUCACAUUCCCAAUGGCAUCGUAGCACAACACUAGCUCCCUUGUGCAUUGGAGGGUUUUCGUGUGACAUGUCAGGAAAGAUCGACUAGAUGGACUGCAGACUCUGACUUCACUCCAACCACCUCCACCUCCUCCUCCUUUCAGUGCCCAAAUUAGGCUGAAUGGAUUCAAGCAGACACUGGGGUUCAAGUUUCAUUGCCAUAGAAAAGGCUUUUUCUAGGAGUUUGAGGAACAAACCACCUAGUGAGCUGUCUCUCUCUCUCUUUUUAAAAUUGCAGCUUCAAAUGUUAAGUGCAAUUGUAAAAAUAAAUAAAUAAACAGAGAAGAAGCAACCACAGUCUUUGCCGUGAAUUAAAUGGAGGAGAGGGUGGAAUGGGAUACAGUUUUGUUGAGAGUGGGGUAGGGAAAAUGUAUGUGAAAACCAUCCAAAUGCAUUCUGGAAUCUGCGUUUAACCAGGCCACAGGUUCCUCUCAGAUGCAAAACAGCUUUGGUGGGUCUUGAGGAACGCCAUAGAAUUACCUAGCAUGGUAUCUUGAGAAAUGAAUCUGUUCUCUCAGCUCCUGAACCUCAAAGGGUUGUUGUGGUGAUUAUGUGAGGAGUGUGGAGGACCACGUACGGCACCUUGAGAGAAAAGUGGGAUUUAAAUGCAAUAAAUAAACAAAAUAAUCAAAGAGCUACAUCUUGCAUUUUUUUUAUAUAUCAGUAUGGAUCCUUGAAAGCCUGCCCUUUCAGAUUUCUUUUUUGAUGCCAUUUUGGAGUAAUAAUGCAUUUGUUUAAUUAUUAUUCAGUAUAUAUCCUGCCCUUCCUUACAAAGUAGCUCAGGGUGGCCAACACCCAAGUGUUGAAAGACUUGAAGGAUCUGAAAGUAUCUACAAACAAUUCCAGCGCAGAAAUAGGCUGGGAAAGAGCUCUACUUGCUGAAAAAGUAAAGUUUUCAGUAGGCUGAAAAACGACAAAGAUGGUGUCUGGCUAAUAUUUAAGGGGAGGGAAUUCCAAAAGUUAUGUGGCAUGGCAGUAAAGGCCUAUAAUGUGAAGAAUGAACCUCCUGGUCAUAUUUGCAGGAGAUUUUCACCUGUGGAGCGCAGUGAUCGAUAGGGUUUACAAGGGAUGAAACAAUCUUUUAGGCUUCCUGGUCCAAAACUCUAUAGGGCUUUGGGUGCCGGAAGCAUGAAUGGCAUACCAAAAAUGUGGAAGAGAUGCACAUGAAAACACACAAAUUCACACACUGAUGCAAAAGUGAGACAAACUGGAGACUGGAAAAAUGAGAAAAUGCAAUUGCCAGAUUUGUGCAUAGCUACCCUGAAGUCUUGGGAGGAACGCAAACAAUUUGUCAAAUCUUAGUUUUUCUCUUCCUAGUGGAGAGUAUAUACCAUGGGGCUUGCUAUAAUCACGAGUCUCUGAAAACCUCAGCAGUGAUUAUAAUAUGGAUGUUGCAUUGAACAAAUGUGCUUCUCAGUCUUCAGACUGAAAUUGGCACAAAACUGAUUCUCCUCUGAAAGGCGAUCCUGGGUGGUGAACAUUGUGCUAGAAGUAAAACAAUGUUGAGUAAGUACAGAGCUGUUAGUUUAACAUCAGUGAUAUAUGACAUGGGUUCACCAAAAGUACAUUGCACCAGAUAGACUUUUAUUUUUAAUAUUUUAAGAGAGAGAGAGGGAGGAGGAGGAGGAAACAAAGAAGAAAUUAACUGAUUUAUUCUGGAUGGGAAGUGUGCUUUGAUCAAAAUGUUUGAUUACAGCAACACAGAGUGAGCAGAUUAUUAUUACUAUUACUAUUAUUAUUAUUAUUAUUAUUUAUAUCCUGCCUUAUACCCUCAGGUCUCAGGGCGGUUCACAGGAUAAAAUCAAACUACAAAAUACAUAAAUAAAAACUACAAAAUACAUAAAUAAAAACUACAGCAACCACCCAGUAACACCCCCCAACACAUUUUAAAAGGGCGUAUGAUGUCAAUCAAAUCAAAUAAUGAAAUAGAAAGUCAAAGAUAGAGGUACUACAUACUGGACUAAGAGUGAGUUGAAGGAAAGAAGAUUGGAGUACAUGCGUAGGAGCGAAGUUUUGAGUCAGCAGAGCUUGUUUCUUCCCUGUUUGUAUGUGCAUUUGGUUGAUCCUGCAAGUUACGCAUGUGGAGGAGCUGAGUCUUUAGAAGUAUUGUCAGAGUUGCCAGGCACAGGGACAGAUUUAACGUCUGGGAAAGGAAAGCAAGAAUUUCCUUUCAGAAACGUCAGCUAGACAAAUGGAUCUGAUCUUAGUUCCUAAGGGCUUCUUCACCCAACACGAUACAUUAACAUGUCUCUGAAAGCCUCUUCCUAUGGGUCUCAGAGAGCCCUUGUGCUUAUUUCCUUGGAAACUGGGCUACUUGAUAAAAGGUGGCAGGCAAGUGAGUGGAUCAUGGCGGGCAAGGGGAGCUCAGGCUUUGGCCUGCCAGCAAAUCCCAUUUGCCACCCUUAGGUAAAGGUAAAAGGACCCCUGACCAUUAGGUCCAGUCGUGGCUGAUUCUGGGGUUGCGGCACUCAUCUCGCUUUACUGGCCAAGGGAGCCGGCGUACAGCUUCCGGGUCAUGUGGCCAGCAUGACUAAGCCUCUUCUGGCAAACGAGAGCAGCACAUGGAAAUGCCGUUUACCUGCCCGCCAGAGUGGUACCUAUUUAUCUACUUUCACUUUGACGUGCUUUCGAACUGCUAGGUUGGCAGGAGCAGGGACCGAGCAACAGGAGCUCACCCCAUCAUGGGGAUCCGAACUGCCGACCUUCCGAUCGGCAAGUCCUAGGCUCUGUGGUUUAACCCACAGCGCCACCCGCGUCCCGUGCCGCCCUUGCUUUAUGCCAACUUGACAAGACAGGUUACCCCAAUGUUACAGGUGAGGGAGCUGAGGCAGAAAGAGAGGCUUGCUUCGUGAGUUCAUGGCAGGCAGUUGUAGCUGGCAUCCGUCUGCCUGGGGAGACAAUGGAGGAGUGAGCCUUUGGGGGUGAGGUCAAGCUGUUGGAAGGUUGCAGCACCUGCUGUGGCUGUAGAUGCCGACAUGGGAGAGACAUGUUUUGUUGCAGCUGGGGCAAAUGAAGGCGUCCAGUUGUGCUGCUGCAGAUGCCCAUGACAUUUCUUCUCUCUGCAGUCACUUCUCCUAUAAUUAUUAUUAUUAUUAUUUAUUAUUUAUACCCCGCCCAUCUGGCUGAGUUUCCCCAGCCACUCUGGGCGGCUCCCAAUCAAGUGUUAAAACCAGUACAGCGUUAAAUAUUAAAAACUUCCCUGAACAGGGCUGCCUUCAGAUGUCUUCUGAAUGUCAGGUAGUUGUUUAUCUCUUUGACAUCUGAUGGGAGGGCAUUCCACAGGGCGGUGCCACUACCGAGAAGGCCCUCUGUCUGGUUCCCUGUAGCCUCACUUCUCGCAAUGAGGGAACCGCCAGAAGGCCCUCGGCGCUGGAUCUCAGUGUCUGGGCUGAACGAUGGGGGUGGAGACAUUCCUUCAGGUAUACAGGACCGAGGCCAUUUAAAGGUCAGCACUAACACUUUGAAUUUUGCUCGGAAACGUACUGGGAGCCAAUGCAGAUCUCUAGUCACUGCUAUUGGGUGCACAACUUGACUGCCUGUCUCCAGGCACUGUGGUCUUCUACAAGGGAUUCCCACAGGGCAGGGUUAAUGUUGCCAGCCUUCCUGUCCUGUUUGCAGACAUCUUUGUAAUGCAGAGUUGGUCUGCCAACGGGCCUGGUGCCUGAAGCCAGCUCCCUGUAGAGCACGUCCUUAGAGAUCCUGCCACCUUCUGUUUUGUGGACAUGGCCAAGCCAGCGUAGACAUCUCUGAGACAGGAGUGUGAACCUGCUGGGAAUGUUUGAGACUCAUGGCAGGCAACUUGCUGAAAAUGAGGAUUUCCUGAGUCAUCCCUCAGAUCGCUUAACCACAACGUUGCACCAGCUUGAUCUCCUUUCUAGUAAAUCCCUACCUUGGCUGGAUAAGCAUAUUGAUUUUUUGUGUGUACGUGUGUUGUUUUUAUCCAGUGGCACUCACAGAGCUGAACACAGAAGCCUCAACAGGAGCACAUGAGACAUGUACUCAAAACGUUGCAAUUCAUUUAGUCACUAAGGUGAAAGGCAAGUUCAUUUAUCCUGAAUUCUCGUCCCAUUAAAGGAGGGCAGCUGACAGAGCCCAACACUAUCAGGGCUGCUGAGUUGCAGGUGGAACCUGAGCCCCAGGCAAAGGAAAUCUAUUUUUGCAGGUCUCUAAGGAUUACACGGGAGAGUAACAUUUUCUUCCUUUUCCCUGCUUCUCACCCUGUUCAAGAAUGAGAAUUGUGAAAAGCAAGGGGCAUUUUCGUCUCCUCGCUUGUUCACAUAGCUUCCUUAACUGUGAUACAGUGUCUGGAAUCCUUCAGGACAAAGGCCUCAAAGCAAAAUCCAAGUCUGUUAUAUAGAUUGGCGACAAGCCAGACAUGCCAGGGGUGCAUUUGGGAUGUGAGGCUGAAAUCAGUGUGUAGGUAAAAGGUAAAGGUAAAGGACCCCUGGACGGUUCAGUCCAGUCAAAGGCGACUAUGGGGUUGCAGCGCUCAUCUCGCCUUCAGGCCGAGGGAGCCAGCGUUUGUCCACCGACAGUUUUCCAGGUCAUGUGGCCAGCAGGACCAAACCGCUACUGCUGCACGGAACACCGGGACGGAAAUCAGAGUGCAUGGAAACACUGUUUACCUUCCUGCCGCAGUGGUACCUAUUUAUCUACUUGCACUGGCAUGCUUUCGAACUGCUAGGUUGGCAGGAGCUGGGACAGAGCAACGGAAGCUCACCGCGUUGGCGGGGAUUCAAACUGCCAACCUUCUGAUCAGCAAGCCCAAGAGGCUCAGUGGUUUAGACCACAGCACUAUCCACGUCCCUAGACUAAAGGACACGAUCCACUUUAGGAGGCACUGUGCCUCCAAAUACAGUGGACUCGUAAUCUGGUGAACCGGGUUCGCUUCCCUGCUCCUCCACAUGCAGCUGCUGGGUGACCUUGGGCUAGUCACACUUCUCUGAAGUCUCUCAGCCUCACUCACCUCACAGAGCGUUUGUUUUGGGGGAGGAAGGGAGAGGAGAAUGUUAGCCGCUUUGAGACUCCUUCGGGUAGUGAUAAAGCAGGAUAUCAAAUCCAAACACCUCCUCCUCCUCCUCCUCUUCUUCUUCUUCUUCUUCUUCUUCUUGUUCUUGUUCUUGUUCUUCUUCAUUCUGGAGGUCUGUUCUUAACCUGAAACUGUUCUUAACCUGAGGUACGACUUUAGCUAGUGGGGCCUCCUGCUGCCGCUGCCGCUGCCGCUGCCGCGCGAUUUCUGUUCUCAUCCUGAAGCAAAGUUCUAUUAUUAUUAUUGUUAUUAUUAUUAUUAUUUCUGGGUUAGCAGAGUCUGUAACCUGAAGCGUCUGUAACCCGAGGUACCACUGUAUUGGUUGCUGGAAAUCACUAACGGGGAGAGGAUCUGCUACACUCAGAUCCUGCCUGCAGACUUGCCAUAGGCUUCUGGUUGGCCACUGUCGCCACAUUCCCACCAUAUGUUGAAAGCUGUAUCAUUCCACUUUAAACAACGACAGCUUCCCCCAAAGGAUUGUGGGAGUGCUCAUUUGUUAAGGCUGCUGAGAUGUCAAGGACUGGCUAGAUGAGGAGGAAUAGUGGGAGGCUACAUCCAGGGAAACCCCCAGGGAAGCAUCAGAGCGGGAAGGCUCCGAGUCAGGAGACUGGUGGUGGGAUACAGGUCAGAGGAAGAAGUGUGGGGCAGGUGGGUUGGAGGCUGAGCAAGCAGCAGGUUUGAGUGAGAGUAAGGCAGCUGAGGAGGAGGAGGAGACUGAGGCUGCCACAGAUCUUCAGCCCCUGCCAGUUCCACUCUUCUCCUCUCCCUUCCUCCCUGUCUCCAAAAACGAGGAGGGCAUUACAUGUAGCAGAACAAAAGGCACAGAGAGACCCUCCUUGAAGGGGUCUGCAACUGUUGGGAAGGCAGCCGGCUGGGGAGGAGCCUCAGGAUGAAGUGAGAGGCUCAGGUCCUCAGUAUGGCCUCGGUCCAGUAUACCUGAAGGAGCGUCUCCACCCACAUUGUUCUGCCCGGACACUGAGGUCCAGCACCGAGGGCCUUCUGGCAGUUCCCUCACUGCGAGAAGCCAAGUCACAGGGAAUCAGGCAGAGGGCCUUCUUGGUAGUGGCGCCCACCCUGUGGAACGCCCUCCCAUCAGAUGUCAAAGAGAGGAACAACUACCAGACUUUUAGAAGACAUCUGAAGGCAGCCCUGUUUAGGGAAGCUUUUAAUGUUUAACAGACUACUGUAUUUUAAUACUUUGUUGGAGGCCGCCAAGAGCGGCUGGGGAAACCCAUCCAGAUGGGUGGGGUAUAAAUAAUAAAUUAUUAUUAUUAUUAUUAUUAUUAUUAUUAUUAUUAUUAUUACUGGCAACUGCUUCAUCAGGCUAGUCCUACCCAUUGAGUUCUUUGUUUGUAUUUUGUCUCUUUGAAUAAAGAGUCAAACUACUGCUCAUCUCGGAGUCUCUGUGCUGAACCAGAGUUUGUUAGGUGGCUCCUUGUGGAGCUACUGUUCCCAGAGUCCCCUGGAAAGAGGGACUGACGGUCAAACCACUUUUGGGAGAUGCUCCCUAACUAUAAACGGCUUGGGAAUUUUGGCAUGGUCCCUUGGGGCAAAGCAGCUCCUUUGGUUCGGUUUCUUUUUCCCCCAUUAUUAGUGGCUGUCAGUUACACCCUGUUGGCAGAAACCAAACAAAGCCUUAUCUUGGGUGUAAUAAAGUUCUCAAUCAUUGGGGGAUUAUUGUCCCAGAGCAUUCUGGGGAAUUAAAGAUGGCAAGUGGGAGGAACACUGGGGAGUUUCACACACACACCUAUCCUAAAAACGUGCCACACCUCCUAAAUAGGGUGACCCCGUGUCCUGCUGCCAGUGAGCUACUGGGCCCAGCUCAAAGUGUUAGUACUAGAGUACAGAUCCUAAAUUGCUUGGGACUUAAGUACCUAAAAAGUAUGUUUGUGUAGUUGGCAUCCGUCUAUCUCGGGAGACAAUGGAGGAGUGGGCCUUUGGGGGUGAAGUUGAACUGUUGUGGAGUUACAGCGUCUGCUGUGGCUAUAGAGGCUGACAUGGAAGAGACAUGUUUUGUUGCAGCUGAGGCAAAUGAAGGCGUCUGGUUGUGCUGAUGCAGAUGCACCAUGGAUUUUCUUCUCUCUGUGCUCCUUCCACUGGUCAUUCCUCCUCUGGUCAAUGCAGUGGAAACACGACUUGACAGGCUGUCUCCAGGCACUGCAGUCAUCUGCAAUGGAUUCCCACAUGACAGGGUUAAUGUUACCAGCCUUCAUGUCAUGUUUGCAGACAUCUCUAUAACACAGAGUUGAUCUGCCAACAGGCCUAGUGCCUGAAUCCAGCUCCCCAUAGAGCGUGUCUUUGGGGAUCCUGCCAUCUUUUAUUAUAUAUUAUUAAUAAUAAUAAUUUAUUAUUUAUACCCUGCCCAUCUGGCUGGGUUUCCCCAGCCACUCUGGGCAGCUCCCAACAGAAUAUUAAACAGAAUAAAACAUCAACCAUUGAAAACUUCCCUAAACAGGGCAGUCUUCAGAUGUCUUUUAAAAGUCAGGUAGUUGUUUAUUUCCUUGACAUCUGAUGGGGGGGCGUUCCACAGGGAGGGCACCACCACCAAGAAGGCCCUCUGCCUGGUUCCCUGUAACCUCACUUCUUGCAGGGAGGGAACCGCCAGAAAGCCCUCAGAGCUGGACCUCAGCAUCCAGGCAGAACAAUGGAGGUGGAGGCGCUCCUUCAGGUAUACAGACCCGAGGCCAUUUAGGGCUUUAAAGGUCAGCACCAAAACUUUGAAUUGUGCUCAGAAACGUACUGGGAGCCAAUGUAGAUCUUUCAGGACCAGUGUAAUAUGGUCUCGGCAGCCGCUCCCAGUCACCAGUCUAGCUAUAUACAUGAUUGUGUUUAAAGUUCUGUGAACUAAGAGAGUGCCUUCCCCAAUAUUUCACACCCCACAAUUGGCAGGUGAGGCCUUUUUGUUGGUGCUACUUGGUUGGCUGCCUAACUGCUGUUGACCCAUGACGGGGCCUUUUUAGUGGUGGCUCCCCAUUUGCAGAACAAGGUGUGCCCCUCAUUGUUGAAUUUUUGGAGGAAUCUCAAUACAUUCUUUCUUACCCAGGCAUUUGAGGGCUGGAAAAUACUUUUGCUGGCUGCUGUUUGAGAGAAUACUUAAAACUGUUUUUGGAAUACUUUUUAAAUUUUGCCGUUGUUGUUGUUGUUGUUGUUGUUGUGUUUGCUGUCCUGGGCUUCUUUGGGAGGAAGUGUGGGAUAUAGAUUGAUUAAUUGAAUGAAUAGAUAGAUAAACCUCCCAUCUUAUACUUGUGCAUUUGGUUCUCCUUCGCGCUCAUCAUUUUUUAAAAAAUUCAUUUGCUUCCUAUCGGUCGAACAGUCCAAUUUAUCCUUUCGAGCGUUCGGCCUACCCCACAAAGUGUCCUCGUAUAAACAUAGGCUCUGGCUCUGACAUUGGCCCAGGUUGCCAAGAGUCUUGUUGACAGACAGGAAGACUCACCCAGCUGCGGGUUCGAAAUGAGGGACCUUGGGCCGGAGAAGGGGCGUUCAUCCUGUCCUCAGUUUUUGACAAAGCUCAGCAAAUACUGUGGUCAGCUGGCAGCCGAGGUUAAGGCUGCUCUCACAGAGAAUCCUCAGGGAAACUUUGCUAGCUUUGUCAAAAGGGUGUUUUUUAUUUUAUUUUUGAAGAUUGCCAGGUGUUUCUCCUGACCAGGAACCUCAAAAUUCACCUCAGAAUUUUCCCUUCAGGUAAAAUUCGGCGGCAGCUCAAGCCCCAGAUCCAACAAUAGUGGCCGCAGUGUGGAGAGUUUAUUUACCAUCCUGUUAACUCCGAUGCUGCUCAGAGAUAGAUGAGAUCCACUGGACAGUUCUCAACUAGCAACCUGUUACCUGAGAGCCCCAGGUAAGAAUAUGUGAAACUCCCUCCCCCCAUUUUUUCAGGGUGGGGGUGUUUAAUUUAAAUUGAGCAGUAAAUGUGCAUAAAAAAUGGACACUGGGCAUGUUCAGCAGGCCUCCUGGAGAAUGUGCACACCAUCUACCCAUGAAGAGGGAAUUGUGCACAUUUCCCAGUCAAUGUGCAUAAUCUCCAAGAGAACUUGAAGAAUACGCAUUCUCCGGCCAAUAUGCAUCACUACCAACAGACUUUGGGGUAGGCUUGGGAGUUGUGGGUGGGCAGUGCGCCGGGUGUCACCCACCCUCACUGAGGGCACCCAGGGUGGCCCGCCCCCCCUUCCUAUGCCCCGAGCUAAGGAGAUAAGUAGGCAUACAACCUUUACAAGACACCUGAAGGCAGUCCUGUAUAGGGAAGCUUUUUAAAAAAUGUUUAAUGUUUUAUUAUGCUUUUAUAUAUGUUGUAAGCCACCCAGAGUGCCUGGGGCAACACAGCCAGAUGGGUGGGGUAUAAAUAUCAUCAUCAUCAUCAUCAUGGAAUAGGCCGUCCCUAUUUUCAUCAGAGAAAUGUUGCGGGGUAUGUGUGUGUCUGAAAAGCAGCCUUACUCUGCUUCUGUGCUGGGCCCGGGGGUAACCCGUGAAACGCAGUCCAGGACCAGUCCAGAAUCCGAAGGUUCUGCUGGGAGUCAGUCCAACAGGGCCAAGGCAAGAGACAAGGCAGGAAGCCAGGCAAGGACAGGUACAGGAUCUCAGGCAGGGUCUGGCAUACAGCAAUGUUAUUCCCGCAACCUGGGGCAGGGUCCGACAGCCUUUUAUCUUUGUCGGGGUAACGGCUGGUCCUGAUACCCCGGCGACUCACCUCCCUGUUUCGCCCGAAGGCGAGCACUCCUCCUGCGAGUACUCAGGUCUCUUAUUCUCUCAGACCUCAGUCUCUGCAGCUUGGGAGACGUCGGUGUGUUACUAGACCUCAGCCUCCCCUGACCCGACCAGUAGUGGAGCAGCUGUAAGUGAUGGCCCAGCUGAAGGCAACGAGGUCAUCCCCGCAUCUGGAGCCAGGGCAGGCUUAGGCCCCUGACUCGGCCCAGCUGGUGCUUGUUGCAGGGGAACCUGUGCAGACUGGGACUCUUCAGAAUCAGGCCCCAGACUUGGUUCAGAUGAUGCCUGAGGCAAAGGAUCUGGUGCAGACUGAGACUCCUCUGGUUCCAAGUCCGAGCCCAAGUCCCAGGCCAUCACACCAUCCAUGAAUGUAGUCUUUGGAGUGGGGCAAGCAUAGGAUUGAAUGCAAAGUCUCACCCAGAUUCAUCAAUCGGAUCACAAGGGGGCAAAACUGAGGAGGCUGCUUUGGUGAUAUUGAGGGGGUGGGGGACUGAGGAGCCCCGUUGUCUUUGUAGUUACUAAAGAAAAUGAGAAAAUAAAGGAGCAACCCGCCCUAAAUGAUAUGCUUUCUGCUGCCCCAAACCUUUCAAAAAAAUUGUGUGCCAUCUCCCUUUCCACACUCCCACCCCCACACCAGUUUAUGGGGCCUUCUUUUACUCCUCCUCCCCACCUUACAAUUGUUGUUGUUUAGUCGUUUAGUUGUGUCCGACUCUUCGUGACCCCCUGGACCAGAGCAUGCCAGGCACUCCUGUCUUUCACUGCCUCCCGCAGUUUGGCCAAACUCAUGCGGGUAGCUUCGAGAACACUAUGCAACCAUCUCGUCCUCUGUUGUCCCCUUCUCCUUGUGCCCUCCAUCUUUCCCAACAUCAGGGUCUUUUCCAGAGAGUCUUCCCUUUUCAUGAUGUGGCCAAAGUAUUGGAGCCUCAGCUUCAGGAUCUGUCCUUCCAGUGAGCACUCAGGGCUGAUUUCCUUCAGAAUGGAGAGGUUUGAUCUUCUUGCAGUCCAUGGGACUCUCAAGAGUCUCCUCCAACAGCACCACCUUACAAUAUGAGCCAGUCUCCUCAGGGAACUUUAAUUCAGAAUGGAGCAGGGGGAAUUGGAAGCAAUAAAAUCUGGAACUAGCCACAGGGCUGGGCGAUGGGAUGAAGAGCAAAGGAAGCAAAAAGCUGGACUUGAGGAGGAGUAUGUGGGGGAGAGAGAGAGAGAGAGAAAGAGAAGGGGAAAUUGUGGGCUGGACCUCUGGAAAAUUUUCUUGCAUGGUAAGGUCAAUAAAACUUCCCUUCCAAGGGAAGUGGUGUGUGUUCCCUGCAGCUGGAGUGGUUCAGGCGCAUCCUUGGAAAAACACGGUGCGGGGAGGAGGGCAAUGUUUGAAUUUGCAGGGAACAAUCCUGUCUUGGCAGGGGACGCACUGGAUGUGCUAACAGGUCCAUUCCUUAUUAUAUAUGUGUGUGUGUUUAUCAUUAAAUAUCUAUAAUUAAGAAACCCUCUUUCACACUCUUGCCUGGAGACUCUGUCCAGGGCUUGCCUGUACCUGCUUUUAAUCCAACCGUAAACUUGCUCAGACGCUCAGUGGCUUCCUCGUUUGCAUUGUUUCCUGUGCCCCACACCCAGCCCUGAUAGAAAGAUAACUCCCCUUACACACACACACACACACACACACACACACACACACAGGUCCCACCCUCCUCUCGGUGACUCAGUCCUUCAGGCUGAGAGCUGCAGCCAUGUGGGCACAUAUGUUUCUGAUUUAAUGUGCCAACACGCCAACCUCAGCUUCCCCUUCGUUCCUCCCUGAGGGCUCUGCGUUGUGAUUUCUCUCCCCCCCCCAUUUGUAUAUAUAUAAUUUGCUUUUGAAAAACACGCCUACGGCCCUUCCCCAUCCUUUUUCUCCUCACCUUCUCCCCCCCCCCAUUCCACUCGUCUCCCUUUCUGUGUUUUUUUCUUUUCUCUUCCUGUGGCGAGUGGCCUAUUUUAGGGUUUUCUUGACAAAUCCUGACAGCUUCUGAGGACAGGACACUGUCCAGGUUCGUCCGGCCUGAGGCGCUCUCUGGGCAGCUUUGAGCCAAACCAGUUUUCUGUGGGUAAGCCAGUCUCAUAUUCUGCAGAAUUUUCAGUCAGGAAGGAAACCCACCCAUUGAGUCUGCUGUCAAACAGGGUUUUAUAUAUGUAUAUUUAUAUCCUCUUUGGGGACAGGGCAAGAGAGAAUUGGCCUGACAGAAUGAAAUAAAGAUCUGCUUAGUUGAAGCACCUUUCCCAGGAGACAGGUUUAAAGCAGACUUCUCUGACCUGAUGCCCUUCAGAUGUCCUGAAUGCCUUGCAGACUGCAACUCACACAAGCCCCAGCCAGUUUGGCCAGUGGUCAGGGAUGAUGGGAAUUGUGGUCCAAAACAACUGAAGCCUGGGCUAAGACUUCAGUGCCUUUUCAGGUUUAGGGGAAAAGGGACUGAGGCUGUGGUCCUGUUUCCACAUACCUGGACUUAGUGAGACUUAUAUCUGAGUAGAUAUGUACAGUCAUACGUCGUGUUGAAGUAGCUUUGGGAUGAGUAUUUUUGGGUUGCGCACUGCGGUGACCCAGAAGUAAUGGAGCAUGUUACUUCCGGGUUUCGCCACUCGCGCAUGCACAGACGGUCAAAAUGACAUCACGCGCAUGCAUGGAAGCGGCGGAUCGCGACCCGCGCAUGCGCAGAUGUGCAGACGUUGGUUGCGUUCGCUUCUGGGUGUGAACGGGGUCCGGAAUGGAUCCCGUUCGUAUCCAGAGGUACCACUGUAUAGGAUUGGGGAGCAACUUGGUUGAAUUCACUUUUGAGGCAAACCUAAUUUGCACUUUCUGAAGCAAUGCAUAAAUGGAAAAUACAGCCAUCCUUUGAAAUUUGCGCUGCUCCGAAUUUUGCUGAAUUUUCACAAGGAUUUUUUUUUUUUAACAAAAAGAUAGCAAACUGAUGUGUAAAUGCAGAGAACCAAACUUAAGUUCGGAAAAAAUGAGAAACUGAAAGAAACCCAGGGCUGGAUUAACCAUUAAGCAAAAUAAGCACAUGCUUAGGGCAUCAAGGAAAGGGGGACACCAUAGAAAUUUCCCAUUGCUGGAUUUUUAAUGUUAACGGUCACAAAUUGCGAAGCUGAACAUUCAUUUUCUCAGCUAAAGUAUAUUAAGAAUCCCAACAGAACAACUAUGCAACAAGGCAGGCUGUGUGCCUCAUCUCUACUAAGUAUUGACGCAGAUUUGUUUUGAGGAUCUGAUCAAAGACUUUGCAAUUAGAAAAAGUAAGAGAAUUCCCCCCCCCCCCAGAUAUAAACAAAGUGGAAGUAUAUACAAAUAAACAUCAUUUUCCAUCUUCCUGUAGGUUUUGUUUCAUUUCAAAAAAUAAAUUUUUAUUUUAAGGUUGUUUAUACAGUGGUACCUCGGGUUAAGAACUUAAUUUGUUCUGGAGGUCCGUUCUUAACCUGAAACUGUUCUUAACCUGAGGUACCACUUUACCUAAUGGGGCCUCCUGCUGCCGCCGCAACGCCACCACAUGAUUUCUGUUCUCAUCCUGAAGCAAAGUUCUUAACCCGAGGUACUAUUUCUGGGUUAGUGGAGUCUGUAACCUGAAGCGUCUGUAACCUGAAGCAUCUGUAACCCGAGGUACCACUGUAUUUUGAAUUAGAUAUAUAUGGGGGCACCAAAAUCCUUUAAGCACUUGGGGCCUCUAAAUGUCUUAAUCCGGCCCUGCAGAAACCAAAAUGGGUGGAUUCAUCCAUCCCUGAUCUACAGAUAUAAAAUAGGAAGAGAUAUUCUCAUUGUUGUCUACAACUGCCCACUGAGUGUACAAUCAGCGGCAAACCUGAGUUUGCAAUGUGCGGAACAGACCUCUGUGUUCUCACCUUCAGUGGUGAAAUGCCCACCCCUCCUUGCACCAUGCCAGGCAGGCAGAGCCGCCAGCUUGGGAAGGGCAGCCUCAAAGUCUGAGGGCCAUGGAGACUGAUGCCAAGAGAGCCUGAAAUCCCAGCUGCGCUCUGUGUUUGCCAAAUGAGAAAACGCUGGGCGCUCUGCCAUGCUAGAGAGAGCCGCAGCCUGAUCCCUGGAAGUUAGCAGCCAGGAAGGUGGAAGCUGGCAACCAGCCUCCCACGCACCGAGUUCUGUCCAUAGAGGCUGGAAAUUCUGCCGCGGACGUGUUUCCAGGUGAAAUCUGAGGAAGGAAGAAAGACAUCAGUGGAAAAACCUGGCCCUGGAGGCCUCCAGGAUGCCAAGGGCCUUUGGAGACAACAAGCGUGAGCCUUUAGAAAAGAAGAUCUCCGGGCUCGCAGGGAAAUGUUGCUAUUCAAACUGGGUAGAACGCGAGAUAAUUUAAUCCCAAAAUAUAUGACGAGGGCAGCAUAUGCCCUGAAAGUAAGUUAUUACAUGAGCACUGUUCCACAGCAUUUGAUAUUUUCAUUUACAUACAGUGGUACCUCGGGUUACAGACACUUCAGGUUACAUACGCUUCAGGUUACAGACUCCGCUAGCCCAGAAAUAGUACCUCGGGUUAAGAACUUUGCUUCAGGAUGAGAACAGAAAUUGUGCUCCGGCGGUGCAGCAGCAGCGGGAGGCCCCAUUAGCUAAAGUGGUGCUUCAGGUUAAGAACGGACCUCCGGAACGAAUUAAGUACUUAACCUGAGGUACCACUGUACAUUCAUUCGAAAUAAGAUGGGUUUAUGAAGCAAUUCUAUAUCCUCCCACCACACUGAUGAAAAACUCAACGAAACAGUAGUCUAUAUCCAGAAUCACUGUUCAGUGUUGGACAUCAUAUUUGCUGAAUACACAAAGCUUCACAGCUUGUCUCUCAUCGUACAAAGUCUGGUACCUCGCUUCAUUUAAAGAUUUUCAGAGACUUUGAGACUAAAGAUUUCAUUUUGGACUUGUUAUGGUUUGAAGGAUUCUAUAAAAGGUUGCUUAUUGCAUAUGUACAUGGUCAUCGUGUUGCCUAGACGUUGCUGACGUUCUCUUUGCAACACAGGGGUUUGUUUGGUUACUGAAAGUAAGUGGGGAAAACACCACCACCUUUUGCACACAGGUGCAAAAACCACUACCGCCUGGUGUACAAGAGUGAAUAAAGAUGUGAGGUCCAUGUGCUCACCCCUUGGCUGUUGUUCUAAAGCCAUUGCACCAACCUGCCAGGACAGGGGCUGCCUGUCCCAUUUUGUGACUAAAUUUUGACCUUGGAGGACUCAACCAAUGUUUAUGUGAACCAGCCUGCCUAUGAGCUUAUUUCUGUGCCCCUAUAAUGCCUGCUUGGCUUGAACAGCUUGCAAGGAAAGAAAUCAGACUGUUGCAAAGACAUUCUAACACUCUGGGACUCUUUGAAGGAUAUUGUCAGGGAACUGCCAUCAGCUCAGAGGUGAGAGGUGGAAGGGCAGUUGUGUUACAAGCAGCCUCCGAAGAUCUUGCGAAGCAGUUCUUCCUCUGGCAAGGAGGGAAGCCCCACCUCCAGUGGGGAGGAGGUGCAGGGGUCAGAAGAUGCUAGGGAGAGCCUCGACACUGAGCCUGAGCAAAGCGGAGGGGAGGCGAGUCCCCCUUUGCCAGCGCCCGCUCUGCGCAGUAGUCUUCGGUGCAGAGAGGUGAGGAGAAGGUUGGGGGUCACAUGGCUGUUAUGCUGGGGAAGGUAUAAGGACUGACUGCCCACUCCCAGAUUCUGCUAGCGACUGAGCAGACAUGGACUUGCGAUGCUCUGCACUGUAAAUAGUUGUACAGAUAAUAAAGCUUGGGAAAGACAGGUUGGAGUCUUGCCUGUUUGCUCUCGAGCAACCGCACCAGCACCUGACAGAUAUGGACCAUAUAAUGUCUGUCCCCCGUUAUCUAGGGUAAUGAGGAGCUGAAACAAUAUGAUGUGUGAUUUGGUGACAUGCAAAAUGCAUGUAUUGACUUGAAGUUAAUAAAGAGCAAUGGAGGACAUAACCUAGGACGGAAAUGACACACAAACCACAUUAGUUAGUAAGAUUAGUUAUCUUCUUUUUGCUGGCUGCAUCCAAGUAGACACACAACCCAUGAAGUGUUGUACCAAACCCAGAUUCCCUUCCCAUACAGCCACAUGAAUUUGUAUUUAUUUGCAUGCCCAGAAGUAGCAUUGAGUUUUUGGUACUAUAUUUAAGCCUGGCUUGAAUAAAGUUCAGCAGGGAGCACUCUGACUAUAGGUGGGCUGUGUGCCUUUUCUGUCUGAUUUCCAGGAGCUGCAACUUGUUGGUGCUCUCCUUUUUUAAAGGUCCUUUCAACUAGGACUGAACAGCUCUUCAAAAGGAGGACCAUCAUCUGUAAAGUAAGAGACACAGCCAGCUUAGCAUGGUGUUAGACCUCUUUUCUAGCCACCGUGCUAAAUCAUUUUUGUCUGCUUCCUCCUUCCCUCUCUUACUUCUUCCUUGCGCCUCUUCCUGCAUUUCCCCCAACUCUCUGUCUUCCCAUCUUCCUCCCCUUUCUUUGUUAGGAAAAGAAGCAAAUAAAAUGAGAGUUGAGCCAUUGGUACGACCUCCCUUACGUAGAAGCAAGGACUGUAAUGGGUCACGAUGCAACAGCUGAAGACUCCUGCCCUGGGAGACUCUCCCAUAUUACAGAAUUGUAGAGUUGGAAGGCACCCCGAAAAUCAGUUAUUCCAACCCCCUGCAAUGUAGGAAUCUCGCUAAAGCAUCUAGCCAACCUCUGCUUAAAAACCUCCAAGGAAGGAGAGCCCAAUACUUCUGGAGAUGUCAUACGCCCUCCCAUCAGGUGUCAAAGAGAAAAAUAACUACCAAACUUUUAGAAGACAUCUGAAGGCAGCCCUGUUUAGGGAAGCUUUUAAUGUUUAAUAGGUUAUUGUAUUUUAGUGUUUUGUUGGAAACCGCCCAGAGUGGCUGGGGAAACCCAGCCAGAUGGGCGGGGUAUAAAUAAUAAAUAAUAAAUAAUAAUAAUAUAUCAUCAUCAUCAUCGUCAUCAUACAGUGCUACAAAUACUCGUUUUGUUCUGCCUUGCCCCCCACCCUCUGCAGCUCAGAGCUGUCUCUGCCAGCUUGCAUGGGGGGAAACUGAGGCAACAAAUGAAAGUCAGAUGACAAGCCAUUAGCAAGUAUGGAAGGCAAGGGCCUCAAUUAUCUAUUAACCAACACAGAGCGUGACACAAAGGCAGGAAGGAGUGAUUUAAGCUCUAGCAGGAAAUCUUUUCUUCAGGACGUCUUCUGUAGUUGGACGGAUUAGCGUAAUCUUGUGUAUGGAUCUUAAUCCGCUCCUUACUGCCUUGCACAAAUCAACAUGGAAAAGGGAACCAUCUUUUUGUUGUUGUUGCUGCUGCUGGGUUGGUGCUGUUUGAGAUGGCAAGAGAAAGGCAGAGGUUGGGAGCUGGGAGCUUCACCCAUGCCGUGGGCCUUGUUGCUGGUGUCUGGGAAGCAGUGAAACCUUCCUCAUUACUGUUGUGUGGAAUUGUAGUGUGUGGGGGUACUUUUUGGGUGUGUGUGUGUGUUUCAACAGCAGAUUUCACGUUUGCCUCUUGCGUUAGUGAGCAUGGUCCCAGAAUCAUACAGUCUGUAUAAGAGAUUCUGGGUUUUGUUUGUGUGUUGUUUGGUUACAUUUUUAUACAGUGGUACGUUGGGUUACAAACACCUUGGGUUACAAACACUUCAGGUUACCAACUCCGCUAACCCAGAAGUCGUACUAGUAGCACCAGGAUGAGAACAGAAAUCAUGCGGUGGCGGUGCGGCGGCAGCAGGAGGCCCCAUUAGCUAAAGUGGUACCUCAGGUUAAGAACGUUUUCAGGUUAAGAACGGACCUCUGGAAUGAAUUAAGUUCUUAACCUGAGGUAAGCCUCCCAGAGUGGCUGGGGAAACCCCGCCAAAUGGGCUUGAUAUUAAUAAUAAAAUCAUCAUCAUAAGAGAUCAUUUAGUUCAACUGCCUGCUGAUGAAAUAAAUAGAGUACUAUCUGCGUCCUUUUCAGGGGUGAACGAAAGCUAACCAACACCCAGGGUGGGGCAAACCGCCGACUGCGCAUGCAUUGCACCGCUACGUAUGAUGCAUGCAUGGUGUCGCUACAUACAGCGCAUGCGUGCAGCACCGUGCACACGUUGUACGUAGUGGUUUGCCGCUGCCGCCACCCGAGCACUGUACGGACGGUGGUAAGAUCCUCCACUUUUGGCUGCGGUGGCGGCAGAGGGAUCCCAAACUGUCCAUAUGUCGUUUGGGCGGCGCUGACGGCAAACCACUAUGUACAGCGCAUGUGCAGCGUUGCUACGUACAGUGCGUGCAUUGUACAUAGCGGUUUGCUGGCGGCGGCUCUUGAACGCCGUACGGACAGUGGCGGGACCCUCUGCUCAUCUAGUCUAUCGCCCUGCUCUCACAGGGGAAUCUGAAUGCCACCCCAGACUGCAACAGUCCCGAUAGGUGGGAUAUUAUGUUCUUUGUUUUUGUCUACAUGUAUAGGAUUCUACAUGCACAGCCCGUAUUUGAAUGUCCAGACUGUGUGUGGAGCCAUCAGAAGUGGGGUCAGCACCCUUGUUGCCAUGGAGGGCAGUGUCUCUCUUGUCCCCUGUGCCAGGAGUGGGUUCUCUUCUUGGCCAGAUUUCAAAAGCGCCCUGUGGGUCAUCAGUUCAGCCUCCUGCAAGAGUUGAUCUGCCCCUCUUCUGGCAUCCCAGGAAGAGACUAGAGUAGGAGUCAGCAAACUUUUUCAGCAGGGGGCCUGUCCACUGUCCCUCAGAUCUUGUGGGGGGGCCGGACUAUAUUUUGAAGGGAAAAAAUGAACGAAUUCUUAUGCCCCACAAAUAACCCAGAGAUGCAUUUUAAAUAAAAGGACACAUUCUAUUCAUGUAAAAACAGGCUGAUUCCUGGACCAUCUGCAGGCCAGAUUUAGAAGGCGAUUGGACCGGAUCCGGCCCCCGGGCCUUAGGUUGCCUACCCAUGGACUAGAGAUAGAAGGGGUGGCACAGAGAGAGAGAGGGGACCCCUGAGAGAUUGCUCCAAAGGGAACAUGGGUCUUGAGUUAGGACAAUGGUUGCCUCCACACACUCAGCAUGGUUACAAUGGGGACAGGGAGUAUCGGCCAAUCUUAGAUGGUAAAGGAAAAAACCAAACAAAGCCAGCCUUUCACUUCCACUGAACAGGCCCACAGUGCCGCAGAGAUUGCUUCCUGAAAUUUCUGCUUCCUAAGGCCCGGGAACCUGAUGCCACAUUGAGUGAUUAUCCUGGAACUGCACACUAGAAGGAUUAAGGAGGCUGUAACACAAACCCUUAUUUGUGUGGUCACUAUUUAGGGCGGUGCUGAAUAUUCAAGUUGAAACUGGAUAUCUCAGCAGAGUUGAAUCCUCCCUCCGAAAAAUACUUCGAUUGUGUGAAUGUUCACCUCCCCCGCUCUCUUUUGAAUAAAAGUGCUGUUUGGCAUCAUUUCAUCCCCUGGCUCCUGCACCUUCCUAAACUAGUCACAUGGGUGAUUUCGACGGAUUCAACGUGCAUGGGUUGGGGAGCACAUGUUGUAACAACCUCGCUGGAAGCUAAGCAGGUCUUGGGUUUGAUCACUUCCUGGAUGAAGUUCCGGAGUUGCUGGGUCAGGGAGUGGCUCCCCCAUGUGGUGAACCACUGAACAGCAGGCAGCACCUCCUUGUGAAUUACCCUCAGGCCCUAAACUGGUUCUUCCCUCCGACUGAAGUUCCCAUUUGAAGUCUGCAAACGCAUCCUCUUUGUUGGUCUUCAAAAUAUGGCAACCCUAAUCUAUCUAUCUAUCUUUUAAAAAAUAUAUAUUUAAUUUAAUUUUUACAUGAAAUUUCCAAAAAACAUACAACAUAUUUUCUCAUCUUAUUCAGUGUUUUGGACUUCCAUCAACCACAUCUGAAGAUUUUUCAGUCUUUUUCAGUCGAUCUGCAUUUCAUUAAUUUCACUAUUACUUUUAAUAGCCCUUCGCUAAAAAUUCUCUUCAUACUUUUCUCUGCAAUAUUUCAUGUAGUCCUCCUUGCAAAACUUCUUGCAAUCCUACUAGCGUAAUCUGUUGAUUACAAUUGCUUUUCAAAUAGUUCACAUAUUUACUCCGGUCCUCUGAGAAUCUCUGAUCCCCCAGGUUUAGAAUCCUUCCUGUCAUCUUGUCUAAUUCUGCAUAGUCCAUUAAUUUCAUCUGCCAUUCCUCUUUCGCCGGUAAUUCUUCUUGUUUCCAUUUCUUGUUUCAGUUUCUGUGCCAGUAUUCUUGCUGCUGUAUCUAUCAUCUAUCUAUCUAUCUAUCUAUCUAUCUAAUCUAUCUAUCUUAUCUAUCGGCCCAAACAUAUGCAAAUAUCCCACCCUACUCCUGUCUGCAAGAUGGAAAAACACAAAUCAAUUGGGGUCAGAAACCGACAGUGAUUGGGAGACCCGGCCAUCGUCCUUUUUCCCCCCAAAGGAGCUGCGGCUUCUCUCCGGUGCGACCUGCUACGCUCUUGCUCUCUCAACCACAUACACAGUUGUUUUCUUAAACAGCUCUCCUGUUUGCUGACGCUGCAUUUUCAAUCGCAGCUGUGGACUGGCCUGAGUGGUUUGUGGCAAAGGGGAAUGACUCAGCAGAGGAAAGGGGGGAGGAGGAGGAGGAGGAGGAGAAGACACAGGGAGCAUUGUCAUUGCUGGAGUCUUGGUUCCCGCCCCCCUUCGAAUGAGAGAGUCGGAGGAGGAGGACGGGAACCCUAAUAGCCAAGAUGGUGGCUUUUGUAGGUGGCUGCUGCCAGAUAGAAUUUCUGUUUUCACCAGCCUGGAAAAGAGCAGAGUCCUCUUCCCCUUGCCCAGAUUUAAAAUGCCUUCUUUUUUUAAAUAGAAAAAGCUGUCCCUUAGCUCCAUUUUCAUUUGUUUCUGGCCCCCAGAAAGCAGGGGGGAAAUAUUGCAGACAUUGCAUGCACCAUUUCUGUCUUUCUGAUCUGCCUGCUUGAAUCGAGGAGGUACUUCAGCUUGUACUCUUGCCUUGCUGUGUGGUUGGCAGCUGUGGACUCUACCCUAUUGGUUUCAAGCCUUUGGUUGGUACAUUUCCUUUGCCUGCAGUGGUAUUCUGUACCAGAGGGUUGAGCAUAGCAUAGACUUGAGACCUGCUGGCCAAUUCCUUGAUGAUUUGAAGGAAAUCAACAAGGGUUUCUGAUCUCCCCUGGCUUGCUUUACUAAUGCCAACAAUCUGGAUUUGUAAACAGCCGAUGAAGCUAAACUUUGGAAGAUGCAGGACAGGCGAAAGGAAGAACUAAACUCAUUCCCACAAGAGGCAGUGAUGGACACCAACCUCUAGAGGGGUUUAAAAGAGGAUUGGACAAAUUCAUGGAUGAGGCCUGUAGACGGCUUCUAGCCAUGAUGGAGCCACUGCUCUUUCUCUCCAUAGUUGGAGACAAUACGUAAUGGUUUGGAAAACCAGUUUCUGGAAACCACUGGCAAGGAGAGUGCUGUUGUGCUUGAAUCCUGCUUGCAGGUUUCCCAUGGGCAUCUAGUCAUCCACUGUGAGAACAGAAUGCUGUGCUAGACGGGCCAUUGGCCUGAACAGCAGGCACUUCUUAUGUUCUUAUAUGUUCUUAUUUCCUGCCCACUCUGGUUGCAUUGUUGAAAUGAAGAAAGCAGGGAGUGUGUGGGUUGGUGGGGGUGUCCACCACGAGUGGAUUUUCACAUAUGGGAGUACUGUGAUUCUGCUGGGCCCGGGGGUAACCUGUGAAACGCGGUCCAGGACCGGUCCAGAAACCAAAGGUUCCACUGGGAGUCAGUCUGACAGAGCCAAGGCAGGACACGAGGCAGGAAACCAGGCAAGGACAGGUACAGGAUCUCAGGCAGGAUCUUGCAUACAGCAAUGUUGCUCCCGCAACCUGGGGCGGGGUCCGACAGCCUUUUAUCUUUGUCGGGGUAACGGUCGGUCCUGAUCCCCCAGCGACUCACCUCCCUGUUUCGCCUGAAGGUGAGCACUCCUCCUGCGAGUACUCAGGUCUCUCCUUCUCUCAGACCUUAGUCUCUGCAGCUCGGGAGAUAUCGGUGGGUUACUAGACCCAGGGGCCGCCUCAGCCUCCCCUGACCAAACCGGUAGUGGAGCAGCUGUAAGUGAUGGCCCAGCUGAAGGCAACGAGGUAAUCCCCGCAUCUGGAGCCAGGGCAGGCUCAGGCCCCUGACUCGGCCCAGCUGGUGCUUGUUGCAGAGGAACCUGUGCAGACUGGGGCUCUUCAGGAUCAGGCCCCAGACUUGGUUCAGAUGAUGCCUGAGGCAAAGGAUCUGGUGCAGAUUGAGUCUCCUCUGGUUCUGAGUCUGAGCCCAAGUCCCAGGCCAUCAUAGUGAUGUCCUUUUGGUUCUGGAACUCAGAACAAGUUCCUGGGCUCAGAAUUGUUUGAUUCGACAUGGAAGCUUGUUGCGUGGAUAUCUAUAAAGGUAAAGGGUAAAGGGACCCCUGACCAUUAGGUCCAGUCAUGGCCGACUCUGGGGUUGCGGCGCUCAUCUCCCUUUAUUGGCCGAGGGAGCCGGAGUACAGCUUCCGGGUCAUGUGGCUAGCAUGACUAAGCAGCUUCUGGUGAACCAGAGCAGCGCACGGAAACGCCAUUUACCCGCCUGCCAGAGUGGUACCUAUUUAUCUACUUGCACUUUGACAUUCUUUUGAACUGCUAUGUUGGCAGGAGCAGGAACCGAGGAACGGGAGCUCACCCCAUCGUGGGGAUUCGAACCGCCGACCUUCUGAUCAGCAAGCCCUAGGCUCUGUGCUUUAACCCACAGUGCCACCCGCAUCCCUGUGGAUAUCUAUAGCAUGAGCCAAAGCUAGCAGUGAGCAAGUGGAAGCACCUAUGCGAUCGCUAGCGCCUGCCUCUUUCCCCAAUCCUCACCAGCACCAGUAAGUGCUGGGAAUGGCAAUUCUGAAGCCUGUUUGCUCAGAUGCAACUGAAUGAGCCAACUCUUCCUGGGUAGCCGUUGCCGGUCACUGUGGACACUUCUGAGCUAGAUGGAUCAAAGGUGUGACUCGCUAUUAGGCAGCUUCAUAUGUUCCCUAUUCUCCCCUACUCUUAAAACAAAAUAUAUUGGAGUGUAAGGUGAAGCAUGCCUCCCAUGUUAAUUCUGCAAGCCGUGUGGAAUUGGUGAUAAGCUCUUGGUGGGUGCAAUGCGGGAAGGCGUGGAGCCCGAGAGAGAGAGGGCCAGUUGAUUGAUGUCAUUGCCUUGGUACACAAAAUAUAUUUCGUUGCUGUGGAGCUCUUGGAGGAGAAGCCACUGGAUGAGGAGGGUGGGAGAGGAAAUCUCAUCUCAGGAAAUCCACUCCGCCGAUUUGUAUUUAAUUGCCGUCCCCCUCGAUAAGGAACGGUCCCAGAACCCAACAGCUGUCAGCACCCACACGGCCAGAGAGUUAAAAUUAUGGGCAAAGAGGAGGCCAGGAUGUUUAAAUAUGGAAGAGGGACGGCUUGGACCGAAACUUGAGCAAAUCGAACCUGCUUGUUAUGAUCAUGCUAUUACAUGGAAAUGUGCAAUUAUGUCCGAAAAUUGCAUGUUUCUGCUGGUGGGUCAGGCAGUCGCCGUUUUACUCAUUUCCUCCACAAAGGGGUAGAAUGGAAAUCGCCAGAUGCCAACUGCUGAGGGGAGGGAAAGCACCCCUCCCCUUCUAAGACAUUUUGACUUGAUGUAAGGUCAUUUGGAACUCCAUUACGGGGCCCUUGUCAAGGACAGAAAAUCCCAGGUUCCUGGUGGCCGUGCACUUAGAAUAUUGAUGCUGGUUCCUAGAGAUGUGGCGGUGACUUCAGGAAAGCUAAACUGUCUUCUUCCAGCUCUACUUUCUAAGCCUUCAUUGGACAUUUCUAGUGCUCUCCAGCUUACCUUAUGCUGCUUGUUGUGUUUGGGUUUUGGUACUGACAUUAUGGAAGACUUUCCCAAGGUGCCUGGCGGUGCCCUUAGAGUUUCCCAGAUACUUACUCCAGAUACUUCAAGAUCAUAACCCAUUACAAGUUUGUUUCUGGGUUUGAUUCAAUUUUUAAUUUCAAAGUUUUAAGCCAAUGUAUCUGAACAGCCGAGGACGCGGGUGGCGCUGUGGGUUAAACCACAGAGCCUAGGGCUUGCUGAUCAGAAGGUCGGCGGUUCAAAUCCCCGCGACUGGGUGAGCUCCUGUUGCUCGGUCCCUGCUCCUGCCAACCUAGCAGUUCGAAAGCAUGUCAAAGUGCAAGUAGAUAAAUAGGUACCACUCCGGCAGGAAAGUAAACAGUGUUUCUGUGCACUGCUCUGGUUUGCCAGAAGCGGCUUAGUCAUGCUGGCCACAUGACCCAGAAGUUGUCUGUGGACAAACGCCGGCUCCCUCGGCCUAUAGAGCGAGAUGAGCGCCGCAACCUCAGAGUCGUCUGCGACUGGACUUAACAGUCAGGGGUCCCUUUAUCUAUUUGAACAGCACCCUACUCCCAUAGGAAUCUGCCUAGUUGUUGAAAUGAUCUAAGAUCCGACUCUGGGUGCAUUGCACAUAUCUUCCGAAGGGAAACCAGUGGCAGGGUCUUCUAAGUAAUGGCACCUUGCCUGCAGAGCUGUUUCUUCUUUCCAUUUGUUGAUGCCUAAUUCAUUGACUUUCAGGUUCCGGGUGAAGGCUGAGGCUGCCAUCCCAGCUCCUUUCACCUGGGAGUAAGCCCUGCUGGAUUCAGGAGGAUUUACAUCUGAGUAGACCAAGUUAGGGUUGUUUCCCCAUGCGUUGGGUUCGUGGCAGAAAAUCGGCUUCGCUUAGAAAAAGUCACAGGCGGAAUCUGUAGCAUUUCCAGACCAGGGUGGGGUUUUUAAGGCACACAACACCACUCGCUGAAGCGAAGCGCUGGGUUGGUCUAGUUCGCAAGCAGGAGACUGCUAGGGAACCUCAGUUCUCUUAGUGUGGACCUUUCUGCAGCCAAAACAGCACCACCAAGGCAGACAAAGAGCUAUCAGCAGGCUUGGGGAGACACUAGAUCAGUGGUUCUCAACCUGUGGGUCCCCAGAUGUUGUUGGACUACAACUCCCAUCAUCCCUGAGCUAGGGGUGAUGGGAGUUGUAGUUCAACAACAUCUGGGGACCCACAGGUUGAGAAAGGCUGCACUAGAUGAAGAUGGAGCACACUCCUUGGGCACAGAAUGCUGUCUGAGGGGGAAAGCGGAACACCAUGGGUGAGGUGGGAAUGGAAGGGAGUAUCUGGGAAAGGGGCCAGGGCUGAAUGGCUGCAGCCCUGAACAAGAACACUCCAGAGGGCAACCCCAUUUUUACACAUAUUUCCCCCCCUCUCCCUUUACUUGCUCUCCUUUAAAAAAAUAAAUAAAUACCGGCUGCACUAUUGCUUCUCUGUGGUAGGCAAUUUUUCACAGCAGAGGAGCUGAAGUUGAAAAGAGGGGUGGAGUAGGGACAGGACAAACCCCGAGAUAAAUCUCGAAGCACUGCAGAUUACAAAGCAAAGCCUCUUUCAGAGGCCGGGGUGGGUUUGGCUGCGGUUUCGCAAAUAUAGUCUCCAGGGUGUGUCCAGGGGAGGUUUGCAAUAACAAACUUGGCCUGAGCCCCACAUGCCAAAAGGAGAGACAAUGGCAGGUUUCCCCCUCCGGCUGUGAUCUUGUGGUGUUGUGUGGUUGGUUGGGGGUGUGUGUGUGUGCGUUGGAGGAGUGGCGGGGGGGGACGAAAGAGAGAGCAGAGGGAGGGUUGUUGAUUGCUGGUGCUCAUAAGGCGGUUCAGGAGAUUUAUGAGCCAAAGCCUGCCUCGCUUGGAAUGCUUCGUGGCUCGGGGGAGUGGGCGUCUCGGCGGAUUAAUGGAUUCUGGUUUUUACCUUGCAAGCUUGAAUUUCAAACCCCAGCCCUGUACAGACUGGCUUGAAGUUUAUUUUCAGCCAGUGAUGGCUGCCGUUUUUAUAUGCAGAACGGAGAAGGCUGCUCCCAACCAAAGCUCUUUCAGGUCAUACACACUCUCUCCAUGUACAGAGUCCGUUGCUGAACCACUACAAAGACCGGGCUCUCGUUCAACAAUUUUUGACCCCUUCCUGCACAAGUGUCUCCCAUAAGCCCUGUGCGUAGGGCGUGCCUUUCCUCAUCACUCCUCAAAAAGCGAGCACCGUUUUGCAUAAAAAUGCACAUGUGCUAACUUAUUUGCAAAUUAAGAAACAAUUGCAGUCACAGGGCCGUCUUAAGCAUAUCUGGCGCCGUGGUGCAAAGCUCCCUCUGGCGGCCCCCUCUCCCCGUUUCCCAGCAUUUCUUUUUAGGGAGGAUGGUGCUGCCGGCAGGGCUGGAGGAGGCGGGCAGUGGCUGGAGGGCGGCUCCUCCGGCGGGGAAGAGGCAGAGGCUGGACGCAGGGCCUCACGGUUCAGCUGGCCACUUUGUGCCACGGUGGCCAUGGCAGACGGAGGCUCCGGGUGCAGCGCUGCUUCGGCGUGGCAUGGCAGAGGUGGGUGAGGGCGGCGAGCUGAUGCCGGGAGGUGCCGCGUCCAGCCUCCGCCUCUUCCCUGGCACCCUCCAGAACUUGGCGCCCUGGCGCCCCGCACCACUAGCCUCUAUGGGUAAGAUGCCCCUGUGCAGUCAUUUAAAUUAGACAUGCGUCUCGUCAUAGCUGGGAAGAUUGGGACCAGGUGAAAGCCUGCUAUCCAGUUGCUACUAACUGGGAUGUGGAGCUUCAAAGCUCCCUCCUGCUCUCCCUUGUUUAGAUUCUUCAUGUUCAAACUGAACCAAGCCGCCUUUCAAAUAGAGGACGGUGCUCUGUAACAAGGCCACUCUACCCACGAGGAAGCUUUGCCAGACAGGCUGUACCUCUUCUAGCAGGAGCAAAGUCCCAUCUUUUAGGACACGCCAUUUGGUUGUAAAGAAGAAAUGCAUGUGGCAUCAACUUAAAGUGUAGGACAGGGGCAGGCAAUAUAGUGCCCUCCAAAUGUAAUAAUAAUAAUAAUAAUAAUAAUAAUAAUAAUAAUAAUAAUACUUAUACCUUGCCCAUGUGGCCAGGCCUCCGCAGCCACUCUGGGUGGUUUCCAACAGAAUAUUAAAACAUGAUAAAAUAUCAAACAUUAAAAACUUCCCUAAACAGGGCUGCCUUCAGAUGUCUUCUAAAUGUCAGGUAGUUGUUUAUCUCUUUGACAUCUGAUGGGAGGGCAUUCCACAGGGCGGGUGCCACUACCAAGAAGGCCCUCUGCCUGGUUCCCUGUAGCUUCACUUCUCGCAGCGAGAGAACUGCCAGAAGGCCCUCGGCGCUGGACCUCAGUGUCCAGGCAGAACGAUGGGGGUGGAGACGCUCCUUCAGGUAUAUGGGCCACAACUUCCAUCAGCCUUGGCCAAUGUGGCUGAUGGUAAUGAAUUAAGAGAGUUGUGGUCCACAACAUUUGAAGGGCACCAGGUGUCUCCUGCUGGUGUAGAUGAUUAUCAGGUUCUACAGAGCGUUGUCCAUGUGUAAGGUGGUUUGCACGAUUUAAGAGAACAGGUCCCUACCCCAAAGCAGAGGUGGAUUUCAGGGAGCAUGGCAGGUUCCCCCAUACUGGGCACUGAGCCGCGCCACACUUCAGCGUAACUAUGAUGUACUGAACACGUACAACAGAAGGCGAGAGGUGGCGGGGGGGACAUUUUGACCUUGCAUAGGGUGCUGCUGAAAUUUGAAUUACCAAAGUCUGCCCCUGCCUAAGAGUCAUGCAGUCUAUAAAUCAAGAUGCGUGCGGCAACUGAGGAGGAAGAGAGAAAUGUGGACACAGCAGUAUGCACUUAUUGCAGUUGCCUGUACAGUGGUACCUUGGUUGUCAAACUUAAUCCAUUCCAGGACUCCUGGAAAGAUUCAAAAACCAAGGCGUGGCUUCCGAUUGGCUGCAGGAGCUUCCUGCACUCAAUCGGAAGCCAUGGAAGCCACGUCGGAUGUUUGGCUUCCCAAAAAUGUUUGCAAACCGGAACACUCACUUCCGGGUUUGUGGCGUUCGGAAGCCAAAACAUCCGAGUACCAAGGCGUUUGACAUCCAAGGUACGACUGUACUUAGGACCCUCCAGCGUGCUUUGUAUUGUGCAGUCACAACAAUUUGCGCUCAUGAUGAUAUCGGGGCAGUCAUACGCAAUCCUGCUUCUGAUACUGUUUGUACCUGGAAAGGUUUCCAGGUGGAUGUGCUGCUUUGGUGCGCAUCCUGCAACAUACAAAAUGAAUAUGAACAAAAGGAAGACAAAACAAUCCUCUGGAUCCCACCCCUUUGGGGUGUUAACGGCCCAUCAGUGGGUACCAGCACACUUGAUUAUACUUAAUUCAGGCUUUUAUAUGUGACGAGUCCAGUUGUCGGAAGAUACAAAAACGGAAAAGGAAAGAUUAUUAAUGGAUAAACAUGCAGACACAUAUCCUUCCAAACCCCCAUGCCAUGUUAUUGUUUGUUGCAUGUUGACACUAAAGCUUUAAUUGUGAGCAAGCUGUGGCUGAUGAGGGCUGUGGUUCAAAACAUCUGAAGACAACCAGGCCUGUGAAGACUGGGACUGAAACAGUUUGGGAGCAGAUUAUUUGAAGGAACGCCUGCACCCAUAUAAACCGCCCCCCCGGCCCAAGACUGGCCUCUGAAUCCCCACUUGUAGACCUGCUGUCAACAUUCAUCAAAAUAGUGUGUACUAGAGAUGCGGUCUUUUCAUUGGUGGCCCCAUAUCCCUGGAGCUCUUCCUAGAAGAAGUUCUAAUGGCUCCUUCCUCAUUAGUUUUCAUAUGUAACAUAAAAACCAAAUUGUUCAACUCUCCAUUCAGUGAAAAGUAUUGCGAGUUGGGUUUUAAGCUGCGGCUUUUAGCUUUUGUCACUGGGGUGUAUUAUUUGGUUUUUAAAAAUAAAUAAAAUUGUUGCAGGGUUUUAAUUCUCUGCCGUAAGCCAUCUUGGGUGGUAGCAAGCCCCCAAAGGCAUCACUUAAUUGCACUCUUAGCAAGGAGCACGCCCGGCAGAACAAAACAGGACUGACUUCUGAGUAGCCUUGGAUAGGACUGCCCAGUUAAUAAAUAAAACAGAAAGGGGCUAGGAAGAGAAAUGGCCGGCUUGUUGUUAGGUGUCACCUUCAUCCCUCUCUCUCUCGCUCUGUCUCGGCUUCUGCCAGCUUCACCCUGAAGGGCAUGAGAUUUUGAAGGUCACUGCAGAGCCGGCUGUUGCAUCCUGUCCAGCAGUGCAGAGCAACACAGCUGUCGAAUUGUCAGGCUGGCCAAAGGGCGGCUGGGAGAGGCCUUUUCUCCAGACUUAUGUCAAUGUUGUUUAGAGGGAUAGUUGGGAUAAUUAGCAAAUGAUCUGAGGGGUGGGGUGGGAGUCUGUGUGGAGAGUGCAGUUCUUUUGCUGCAGGUAAACAGGCCUAGCCCUCUAGGUGCCUGGGUGGAAGACACUGAACUGCGCAGAGAUAGAGGCAGAGCAUUAGGGUUGGGGGAUAAAUUCGAUUCGGUUUGCAUUGAAAAGAGAGCCUAACUAAGCCUCUUUCCGAAACAAAAUGUGAAACGAAAUGCAGCCAACUAAUUUGCCCUUCUCUAAAUUUGGCAGUGCAGUUCUCCAGCCAAGCAAUGUGUACAUAAAAUGCAUAUGCUGGGGUAAAGCAUGCAUGCAAAUGCAUGCUCGUAAUGUACGCUGUGGGUUAAACCACAGAGCCUAGGGCUUGCCGAUCGGAAAGUCGGCGGUUCGAAUCCCCGCGACAGGGUGAGCUCCCGUUGCUCGGUCCCUGCUCCUGCCAACCUAGCAGUUCAAAAGCAUGCAGUGCAAGCAGAUAAACAGGUACCACUCUGGCGGGAAGGUAAACGGCGUUUCCGUGCGCUGCUCUAGUUCGCCAGAAGCGGCUUAGUCAUGCUGGCCACAUGACCCGGAAGCUGGACGCCGGCUCCCUCAGCCAAUAAAGCGAGAUGAGCACCGCAACCCCAGAGUCGGCCACGACUGGACCUAAUGGUCAGGGGUACCUUUACCUUUACCUGUGCACUUAACAUCACGUGUUGUUUGGCUCUAAGAAUGAGAAAACCUUCUUUUCCUUUCCGGUCUUGUGGAUGGCUUAUGCUUCCUUACUCAGAAACGUAGCAAAACAAAGAAACAAAAGGCAGCCAAGCAACGACCAGAGGCACCAGCAAACAUACAUGUUGGACACGUGUGAAAGAGAUUUGGAGACCUCUCUGCCCUGCCACUGCUGGAAACCUAGAACCGACUUCGAUGGCUGGUGCAUCUUAAACAACUCUUCUACCUUGAAAAGUCCAGGGGAGCUUGUCUCAGGGUACGGAGGGAAAGGAAUGUGUUCUGAUUGCAGAGCAGUCUGAUGUUUACGGCGUGGGCUUCCUCAAGCGUGCCACUUCCCUCCCGCCCACAGAAGAUCAAUCAGCAGCUGAGACCUUGAGGUUAUCUCUCUGCACCAUGCCCACUGCCCACACUCCCAGCCAGCCAGCCUCUCUUGCUUGGCAAUUACUGUGUGGGAGAAGGACGGCCGGCCUUCGGAGAUGGGAUGGAAGCAGCAACCGAGAGCAGCUGCUCUUGCAAGCCAACCUUCCUCAAUUAAUUUAAUUUAUUAGGAUUUAUACACCGCCCUUCAUCGUUAAGAUCUCAGGGCGGUUCACAGAAUAAAAUACAGGAUAAAAACGAGCAAACAAUUAAAAGCAAAACAGCAGCUUUUGGCUUGGCUGGUUAUUGGGGUUUUUCUGGUGGUGUUAAAUCCGUGUUUUCUGUAUUAUUUAAGUUUUAUUUUAAACCAUUAACUCGAGACACCUUAAACCUUGGGAAAUCACCUAAUAAAUGCCCUUCGUGAUACUUCCUUGGUUGUAUUCAGCACAAAAGACAUCCUUAUGUGCAGAAACCUGUUUUUAAGGGCACCCCUUUUCCCACCUGGGCUAUGUUGUUCUCACAGGCAGACCUGCGCGUGGGCUUUGCUGUGUCAGAUUGUGGGAUAGGAGCUCACACGGCUGAGGGCUUCUACAUGCGAAGGGUUUUCCUGCACAAAGAAAGCUACAAUGCCAGGGAGAAAGGUUUCUGGCCUAGCCCGUUCCUCAACAGCUAAUUUUCUGGGAGCAGAGAACUUCCUUCCACCUGUACAGAGGGGAGCAGUCUGUACAAUUUGCAAGUGGUAACAGCUCGCCUCAAAAGCAGCAACAGUGCUGAAAAUACAUCUUUUGAGGGAAAGUUUAUGUUUCUAAUUGCUGGUUAAUGUAGAAAUGAAUUGGAACACAGGGCAAAAGCUUGUGAAAGUGGGAUUCAUCCAUCCCUACUUAUCGCUCACUUCCCAAUAGAAAAUAUUCCCGAUACAAAGGUUAGCACUGACUCCUUCCAUGGCUGACCCUGUUUAGAUCUUAAGAGAAAAUGUGUGCUCUUCAGCACAGUUGCAGUGCAUCUUUAGCCUGUAGGAAUGGGAAAAACCACCCAUUUUGGUUUCUCUCAGUUUCUCAUUUUCCCAGUCUUGGGAUGUUAUGUGCAAUACAGUGGUACCUCGGGUUAAGUACUUAAUUCGUUCUGGAGGUCCAUUCUUAACCUGAAACUGUUCUUAACCUGAAGCACCACUUUAGCUAAUGGGGUCUCCUGCUGCCGCCACUCCGCCGGAGCACAAUUUCUGUUCUCAUCCUGAAGCAAAGUUCUUAACCUGAAGCACUAUUUCUGGGUUAGCGGAGUCUGUAACCUGAAGCAUAUUUAACCUGAAGUGUAUGUAACCUGAGGUACCACCGUAUUGCCUAAUAUACACAUUUUUGCAAACCAAUUCCCCCUCAUACACAGCAAUGGAAACUUCUAUGUCAUUUUCACCAAUACACCUCAGGCUUAUCCUUAAAGGCAAACGGUGUAUACCAAAACACUUUGGGUGAAAAUGCAGGAUUGCCAAAGGGUGUCUCCCCACCCCCACCCCAGAUGGCUGCCUGCCUUUUAAUUUUAAUUUUUUUUAAAAAAAAAAAUGCCUAGCCUGCAAAGCUGAAUGUGCACAUGUUAAAUGCACAUAAGUUAAAGGUAAAGGGUACCUUAUUAUCCUGACCACCAUCAUACACACUAUCAGCAAAUUCUUUCUCGGAACGUGGCUCCGUAUGUAGGCAAAAUGGUGCCGCCAAUUCACAAAAAAAGCCCUAGAUUUUAUAUGGGAGGCUAAUAAAUAAAUUGCUGCUGCUGCUGUUGUUAUAUUGUGCAAUGCCUCUGAAAGCAAGUGCACAGAGGAGUAGUCAGCUUGCCCCUGUCGCAGGACACAGGCAGGCAGACAACACGCUCUGUGCUGCCCCAACCUCUUGGGGCAACUUUGCUGUGCUGCAAUGCUCAGGUGUGUUGCAGGGCCCCUGCCCGACCCUCUGCAUCCGAGCAAGAGUUGCGCCUAUAACCCCGAAUUUGGAACGAAGAUUGUGCUUCACUCACGCAGUGAAGCUGCACCCUCUGUGCUUGAAAAACCCAUGCGGCACAAAACAAGUAUUUCAGGGGAUGGAAGGAUGUGGGAGACACUGCGACCAAGGAGGAGUGCAGCGGCAGGGAUAAUUAAAUGAAGGUGGAGGCCGAAGGCACAGGAGAAUAAUGGGAGGCGGCUCCAUUUGUCGGGAACAGUCUAAAUAAAGACCGAGAGCAGACAGAGGAGGGGAGGGAGGGAAGAGUGCAAGGCAGGGUGUGGGAUGAGAUCACGGAGGGCCUUGAAGGACAGAACAAGGAAUUCAAUGCCUAGCGCACGGCGAGACGCGAUGUGUCUGGGGCACCUGGGAGCAGCCAACGAUGUUAAUCGUGAUUCCCUUAAUGUGCUUUCUGAAGGAGCAAAGAUGGGGCGGCGAGAAGGACCGCAGGAGUAGUGAGAUGAUAGAUGGGCAUCUGGGGUGGGGAAGCAGAGACAGGAAGGGCAGGGAGGCACCUUUGUGGGAAGGUGGCGGGGGAUGCUUUGUGCUGGGGACGGGAAACAAAAAUUCAGUGUCAACGUAAGCUGGAAUCUAUAGCCUGGGUAAUCAUGGCAAUAUUGAUGGGGUGGGGUGUGGCAAUCACACAGGGUCCCCAGACUAUUGAUCCCUGUGCCACCACUUUAUUUCUCGCUGCCACCAGCCAGGCCCUACCUGGUAAAAUACUGAGUCCAGUCAGGGUUAAAUUGAAACAUAAACUUUUGUUUAUUUAUUGCAGUUUAACAAGCGUGUGGUUUCAUAAGCAGUAUCAGUCAAUUACAUUCAUGGGGGUGCCUAUCCAGACCUAUAACUUCCGCUCCCUGCUCUCACUCACUAAACCACCUCUCAGAUAUUUACUUGUCUACCUAGCCCCUAACUGUUCCUGACUCAGCCUAUUUUGCUACACCAACUCAACCUACCCACAGACUCUAUCCCAAUUCACUCCCACUCCAGCCUACCACCCAACGAACUCCUCACUUCACCCCUCCCAGAGCUGGUUUUAUAGUCCCUCUGACUCCACCCCCUGGAUUCUGACUGGGCAGCCUGUUUAACUAUUUCACCUCCAGCACUCUCUCAUAUGUUAACGUCACAUGGGGAAAUAGUAAAUUCUGGAGAAACCUUCCAGGGGCCACGUAGCAGGGUGGGCAGGACCAGGAGCAAAACUGGGUGGGCCAAUGAAUUGACUGGAUUCGUGGGCAUCCGGCUCUUGCAUUGAAAACAGUGAGGUUGAUGAAUCCCAGGAUCAGAGCAUCAUUCUCUGAGGUGGUCCUGUUUUGGCACGCCCAGCACAGGAAAAUUUGCACAACCCCCUCUCUGUUGGCCUUUAAGAACACUCUAAAUGGCCCUUCCAUUUCAGAACUGUUUUGUCUGUUGCUUUUAUCCUGAUGUUUUGCAUUGUUUUUACCACUAUUUUAAAUUUUCAAAUGUGAGCGCUGUGUUGGGCUGAUCGGUUGCUAGCAAUCCUUCUUGGGAGGUUAUAAAGCGAUCUAGAAAUCCCUUAAAAGAUGGCGGUGAUGGUGAUCAAUUGCCUGUAUCGAAAGGCAGAUUGAGUCCCAGGUUUUGAAAGAUUUUUCUUUCUGGGGAUUUUGUGUCUCUGCUGUCUUCAAGGAUAAAUACGAAUGCACUAAUUCAUUUUGUAUCUGUGUGUGUGUUUCAUCCUAGGGCUCUAAGUGAGAAUAUGGCCAAUGGCAUUGAAGACCUUAUAGGGAUCCCAUUCCCAAACCACAGCAGCGAAGUCCUUUGCGGCUUAAAUGAGCAGCGGCACAAUGGCCUCCUCUGCGAUGUCAUCCUCAUUGUCCAGGACCAAGAAUACAGGACCCACAAGUCUGUCCUGGCUGCCUGCAGCCAAUAUUUUAAGAAACUCUUCACUACUGGCACUUUAGCAGACCAGCCCUAUGUUUACGAGAUUGACUUUGUUAAGCCUGAAGCACUUUCGGCAAUCCUCGAGUUUGCCUAUACCUCUACCCUCACCAUCACCACCUCAAACCUCAAGCACAUCCUCAACGCAGCCAGGAUGCUGGAGAUCCAGUGUGUCAUCAAUGUCUGCCUAGAAAUCAUGGAGCCCAGUUUGGAGGAGGGAGACGAGAGGGAGGAGGAGGAGGAGGAAGAAGAGGACGAUGAGGAAGAAGAGGAGGACGAGGAAGAAGAGGACGUGGGAGACUUCGCAAACCAGAACCUACCAGAUGUCCAAGAUGUCGGCUGUCACCAAAGUCCUUCCAAAUCUGACCUCGCAGAGGAAGCUUACUCGGAGAGACCAAGCGGGUUUUCUAACCAUUUUCAGGCUAACAACUCCAAUGGCUCCUUGGGCGUGAUAAGAGACUUCUCCAUUGAGUCCCUCCUAAGAGAGAACUUGUACCCUAAAUCUAGCAUCCCAGAACGGAGGCCGGCUCUGUCUCCCUUUGUUCCUGACCUCUUCCCGCAUUUGUGGAACGGAGACUUUGGCGCCUUUUCCCAGGUGGAGGAGCAGCAGGUGGACAAUGGCCCGUUGGAUCUGGUCAUCCGGAAGAGGAAGAUCAAGGAGGAGGAGAAGGAGGAACCUUCUCCUGCCCCGUUCCCCAACGACCUCUUCAAGGACAUGUUUGCCAACAACCCGGUGACCCAUUUGGGGCACAUCAAGGCGGAGAAUGAUUACGGAGCCUACCUGAACUUCCUCAGCGCUGCCCAUUUUGGGGGAGUCUUUCCUCGGUGGCCGGAAGAGAGGAAGAUCAAGCCCAAGGCUUCCCAGCAGUGCCCCAUCUGCAACAAAAUAAUCAUGGGAGCCGGGAAGCUGCCGCGGCACAUGAGGACCCACACGGGGGAAAAGCCAUAUAUGUGCAAUAUCUGUGAAGUCCGAUUUACCAGGUCUGCACACGUUAAAAAAAUACUAGACAACCCAGCAGUUAUAAGAUUUUUUCCUAUGCGGUAUAUAAUGAGUGCAUGCUUUAUCCUGUUCUGUUUACAAAGACUUCAGGCUGUCAUAUGUACCGUAUUUUUUGCUCUAUAAGACUCACUUUUUCCCUCCCAAAAAGUAAGAGGAAAUGUGUGUGCGUCUUAUGGAGCGAAUACAGGCUGCACAGCUAUCCCAGAAGCCAGAACAGCAAGAGGGAUCACUGUGCAGCGAUCCCUCUUGCUGUUCUGGCUUCUGAGAUUCAGAAUAUUAUUUUUUCUUGUUUUCCUCCUCCAAAAACUAGGUGCGUCUUAUGGUCUGGUGUGUCUUAUAGAGCGAAAAAUACGGUAGUUAUUUCCUCCCCCACCCCAUCUUAAUCCUCACAGCAACCCUGACAGGUAGGUUGGGAAAAGAUUCAGUAGGUGCCAUGCGCAACUGGGGUCCUGAACCAUGAUCUCCCGGGUCUUAGUCCAAUGCCUUGGCCCAAGGAUGGAGAAAAUGUAGACCCACAGGUGUCACUGGGCUCCCACUGCCAUCAACCCCAAUUAAAAGGUUGAAAGGUCAGGGAUGAUGGAAGCUGAAGUUAAACAGCUUCUGGAGAAAAAUAUGUUUCUCAUCUUUGCAUAAAGAAUUCCUCAGUGCAAAGAAAUCAGUUCGAAUAGGAGUCUCCUAAAAACUCUCAGAGCACUUAACAAACACUCUGUACUCCUAACAAACCACAGUUUACAGGAUUCUGUUGGGGAAACCGUGGUUGUUUAAAGUGAUAUAAUAGUGCUUUAAAUGGAUGGUGCAGGUGUGGCCCAAGUCUGUUUUUAAUAGCGUCACUUGUACACUAUGGGAACUUGGGUAAUGGCAAAGUUGGGCGUCUGCUUAGGGCUCACACCUCAGCAGGAGCCCACCAGUCCUUGGGAUAGCUCAGUCGGUAGAGCACAGGACUCGUAAUCUCAGGGUUGUGGGUUCAAGCUCCAGGUUGAGCAAAAGAUUCCUGCACUGCAGGGCGUUGGACUAAAUACUACUACUACUACUACUAAUAAUAAUAAUUUAUUAUUUAUACCCCACCCAUCUGGCUGGGCUUCCCCAGCCACUCUGGGUGGCUUCCAACAGAAUAUUAAAAUACAGUAAUCAAUUAAACAUUAAAAGCUUCCCUAAACAGGGCUGCCUUCAGAUGUCUUCUAAAAGUCUGGUAGUUGUUUUUCUCUUUGACAUCUGGUGGGGGGUGUUCCACAGGACGGGUGCCACUACUGAGAAGGCCCUCUGCCUGGUUCCCUGUAACUUGGCUUCUCGCAGUGAGGGAACCGCCAGAAGGCCCUCGGCGCUGGACCUCAGUGUCUGGGCAGAACGAUGGGGGUGGAGACGCUCCUUCAGAUGACCCUCAGGGUCCCUUCCAGCUCUACGAUGAUUCUAUGAUUCUUUGACAAGAGCCCUCCCUCUUGCUGCAGUGAGGAGGUAGACUUGGUGAGGAAGGACAGGCAUGAGGGAAUGAGUUGCCUGAGAGCCCUCUAGGACUGGGAGCUGAUGCCGUCUGAGUGCCUUUAUUAACAGGCUAAGUCAACCUCAUGCCGGCUGGCGAUGAGAAAGGGGAGGCAGUGAAGAAAGUCAGAGACGCCCCCAGAAAGCUGCUGCCUGGAAUCAGUGUCUCCGUCUCCCAGUUGUAAUCUCCAAUAUCAUGUUCUGGUUGAGAGUAUUAUUAUGCUAAAAGACCGUGCUCAUUAACCAUUAAUUAUCAUCUGCGAGAACAGGCCUGGGAAUUGAUUUGCCUCUGCAGUCCAAUUUAAUUCGCCAGGAGGAUUUUUGAAAGGGUUCUUCUGCAGAAGAAGGUUCGGCCUGUAGAAGCUGCUGAAAGCCCCUGGUGCUGGGGGCAGGGGCAAACCCCAGUCUCACGCUCCCCUAAGGAUAUGUGUGGGAACCAAUGAGAUCAGGCAAGGGAGUGUUUUUUCCCCAGAGAGUUGCAUCAAUCUGGUGCCAAGUACAAGAAACAGCAUCUAAAGCUGCUGUUGAGAAUUUUCUUUUAUAGAAAUGAUCACCUCCAUAACAUAGCAUGACAUUAACAUUCCCACCAAUAGAAACAUAUUUACAUUUUAUCUAAUGCUAGCUAGCUAGCUGGAGAUAUUGUGUAUAAAAGGUAAAGGUAAAGGGACCCCUGACCAUUAGGUCCAGUCGUGGCCGACUCUGGAGUUGCGGCGCUCUUCUCGCUUUAUUGGCCGAGGGAGCCAGCGUACAGCUUCCGGGUCAUGUGGCCAGCAUGACUAAGCCACUUCUGGCAAAUCAGAGCAGCGCAUGGAAACGCCAUUUACCUCCCCGCCGGAGCAGUACCUAUUUAUCUACUUGCACUUUGACGUGCUUUCAAACUGCUAGGUUGGCAGGAGCAGGGACCGAACAAUGGGAGCUCACCCCGUCGCAGGGAUUCAAACCACCGACCUUCUGAUUGGCAAGCCCUAGGCUCUGUGGUUUAACCCACAGCGCCACCCGUGUCCCUCUCAUAUUGUGUAUAUAUUGCAGUUAAUGUGUGAGUUGAAUGGAGAGGGUGCAUAGGACAAUGUGCCUCUUUAGCACUCACAUGGUCAGAUUUCGGUUCAGUAAGCUGAAAUAUAUACAAGCCUUUUGGCUGUUCCUGCUUCACUCCCUCCUUCUGCAGCCAACUCCCAACCAUGGCUUCCUAUCCUGGCUUGUUAUAUUAACCAUAGUUUCCUAGUUUGGGUGUAACAGGGAACAGUGGUUCACAGAAGACAUCCUGGUUUGUUUGCUCACUUUGGCAAGGGGUGCAAGCAUAUGUGACCCACUCAGAUGUUGGGCAUGGUUGCCACUCGAGUGUGUGAAAGAUGCACAAACCCCACAUCUCUCAACGUUGCUUUCGGGAUUACUCACAUUCAGUGUGAGCAUUUGGCCUUGAGUUUAUCUGGUGCGGUGUAGCCAAUCUGCACACCAGCAGCUAAGUAGACAUAGGGGACAUGAAUGUGGCAACCAUGGCGGAAAAGACUUGGGAAACCUCUUGUAGCAGCCUUAUAGCAAUCUGGUUGUGUGCAUUUGGCACUGUGCCUGGGGCGUGGCUUUUGGCACCCCAUCGCCAAGGCCCCCAGCAAUCAGCAGUUGCCACUUCACAUCAAAAACCAAUUUCAACAGCACUCGCUUGUGGCCAACUCUGCCAGUUUGGAAACAAAUCGCUGCACGGGCUUUCCCCUUUCCCAUCACACAUGCAGUUAGUUUUAUGACUGUGCUCCGAUGCUUGUUUAUUUCACUCUAAAGUCAGGUUGGCGAGUUCUGUUGGCAGGAAGGGCCGUAGCUCAGUAGAAGAGUAUCUGCUUUGCAUGUAGAAUAAUAAUAAUAAUAAUAAUUUAUUUGUACCCCGCCCAUCUGGCUGGGUUUCCCCAGCCACUCUGGGCAGCUUCCAACAAAGAUUAAAAAUACAUUAAAAUGUCACACAAUAAAACCUUCCCUGAACAGGAAUGCCUUCAGAUGUCUUCUAAAUGUCAGGUAGUUGUUUAUCUCUUGGACAUCUGAUGGGAGGGCGUUCCACGGGGCGGGCGCCACCACCGAGAAGACCCUCUACCUGGUUCCCUGUAGCUUUGCUUCUUGUAGUGAGGGAACCGGCAGAAGGUCCUCGGUGCUGGACCUCAACGUCCAGGCUGAACGAUGGAGGUAGAGAUGCUGGUUCUGGUUCAAUUCCUGGCACCCCCAGGCAGGACAGGGGAAGAUUUCUGCCUGAAAUCCUGGACUUUCACAGCCGUUCAGCAUAGGCAGGCCUGAACUAGAUGAACUGAUGUUCUGACUGAGUGAAAGACAGCUUCCUAUUUUUGCGAUCGCUGAAGUUUCUCCAGAGGCAUUGCCCCUCCUUUGUUGCUGCCUUCAAACAAAAUUAGGGAAAGAAAGAAGCUGCGCUUCUGUCACUGCUCGUGAAGACCCUCAACCCCAAGGAACAGCUGAAGAAUUUCUCUUGCCCUUGGAAAAAAUGGUGAAAUGGUACCCUGCCCCCCACCCACCACUAUAAAGGUAAAGGGACCCUUGACCAUUAGGUCCAGUCGUGGCCGACUCUGGGGUUGCAGCACUCAUCUCGCUUUAUUGGCCAAGGGAGCUGGUGUACAGCUUCCGGGUCAUGUGGCCAGCAUGACUAAGCCACUUCUGGCGAACCAGAGCAGUGCACGGAAACACCGUUUACCUUCCCGCCAGGGCGGUACCUAUUUAUCUACUUGCACUUUGACGUGCUUUCGAACUGCUAGGUUGGCAGGAGCAGGGACCGAGCAACAGGAGCUCACCCCGUCGUGGGGAUUCGAACCGCCGACCUUCUGAUCGGCAAGUCCUAGGCCCUGUAGUUUAACCCACAGCGCCUAUAAUAAUAGAAUAGAAUAGAAUAGAAUAGAAUAGAAUAGAAUAGAAUAGAAUAGUGGAGCCACCACUAUAUUGUUCCACAAAUAGGGUAGAGAAUUUCAAGAGGCCAUUGGUACCCAGCAAUCAUUCACUGUAGCUGCUCUAUUUUCCAGGCAGCAGUCUGGGGGCUGGAAGUAUAUUCUAGCAUGCAAAUAGACCCCUAUUACAGUACCUUCUCUGUUGCUACCACCUGACAUUUCCAUUGCAAAAACAAGGGUCUGGUUCUCCUGUUAAAGAUGGCAAGGCUCUUUUAUACAGCAGCCCUCACCUAGCAAGUAAGGAUUUCCUAAGAAGUGCAGGGCAUUAUAUACAAAACUCAAAGAGACACGUGCACAUUCAGAUCAGAGAAUCAGAGUUGUAGAGUUGGAAGGGGGUCAUCUGGUCCAACCACUGCAGAUGACUAGAUGACUCAAUGAGAUCCAAGAAAGGCGAGUCCACCAGCUCUUGUGGGAGUCUGCUCCAUUGUUGAACAGCUCUUACUCCCAGAAAGUUCUUCCUGGAGUUUAGUUGGAAUCUCCUUUCUUGUAACUUGAAGCCAUUGGUUCAAGUCCUACACUCCAGAGCAGCAGAAAACAUACUUAUUCCAUCUUCCAUAUGACAGUCCCUUAGGUAUUUGAAGAUGGCUAUCAUGUCUCCUCUUCUCCAGGCUCCUUCAACCAUUCCUCAUCAGGUUUGGUUUCCAGACCCUUGAUCAUCUUGGUUGCCCUCCUCUGCACAUGUUCCAUCUUAUCAAUAUCCUUCUUGAACUGUGUCACCCCGAACUGGACACAGGUUUCUAAAUGCAGUCUGGCCAAGGCAAAAUAGAGUGGUACAGUGGACGCUCGUGUUGCAAACAUGAUCCAUGCGGGGUGCACAUUCGCAACCUGCAGCGUUCGCAACCCACAGCGGCGCGUCUGCGCACGCGCGGGUCGCAAUUCGGUGCUUCUGCGCAUGCACAAAGCACGAUUUAGCGCUUCUGCGCAUGCGCAACCCCCGAAACCUGGAAGUAACCUGUUCUGGUACUUCCAGGUUUUGGUGGGUCCGUAACCCAAAAAAACGCAACCUGAAGCGUCUGUAACCCGAGGUAUGACUGUACUAUGGCUUCCCGUGGUCUGAUGUGGAAUCUUUCUCACGAGCAUGCACACACUUAACUUUAGGGAGGAAGUAUAUUCACAAGAAGAGCACUAGCAGAUCAUAUCAAAGGUUCACCAUCCCAUUUCCCCCAGUAGCCAACUUGAUGCCUAUUUAGGAAGACCACCAGCAACAGGGUGGCUUUAACUUCCACCCUUAGCAAGGCGCAAGGCGAAGUCUGCCUUUUCGUGCCGGUGAGCACAUUUGGAAUUUUGAGGAAGCGCUGUGGGCAUCAGUCACAAUUCACAUUUAAAGUAACACUGCUCCUAUACUGGGAGGUUCAUUUUCCUUAUGAACAAAAAUGUUUUGACGCUUUCCAAUUACAGUCUGGCAGGGCUUCCUGGGAUCCACUAAGAUGGCUUUGUGGCCUUAGAAGUUGGCUCCAAAAUCAGACAGAGAACCUAUGUCUCUCCAGAUAAUCAGUGAUCUCCAAUUCCCAUCAGCUCCAACCAGCAUGAACCCUGGUGAUGGAUGAUGGGGGGUUGGCAGUUCAGCAAUCUCCAGAGCGCUACGGGUUCCCCAGUCCAUGGUGGCACCAGGUUUGUGCCAAGUGCCCUGGCGUUGCAAAAACAAAUGCUAAGAUCGUAGCAGUAGUUUAAAGUGCCACUGCAGUUUUGUGUGGAUUUUUAAAUUUUUAUUUUAAGGACUGCAUCAUGCCAAGCCAUGAUUCAUGCAUCCUUGGACUGGUAUCAACAUGCAAGUUGAUGACGGGACCAUUUGCAAAUCCAUUGUGCACAGAGGGAGGCAAUUGCUCUUUCCUGACCUGCCCAGGUUGCAUCACACUGUUUGCAAACCCUCUGAAGGGCGGGUUCCAAGAGCACAAGCUGUGACCUUGCAUGCCGGUACAGCUCACCUUGGAAUGAAUGGAUGGGGCUGAGCUGUGGGACAUGGUGGAAUUAUUGGGCUUAUUAGUUUACAGCUUACUAGUUCACAGCAGCUAGACUGGUGACUGGGAGUGGCCGCCGAGACCAUAUAACACCGGUCUUGAAAGACCUACACUGGCUCCCAGUACGUUUCCGAGCACAAUUCAAAGUGUUGGUGCUGACCUUUAAAGCCCUAAACAGCCUCGGUCCAUUAUACCUGAAGUAGCGUCUCCACCCCCAUUGUUCUGCCCAGACACUGAGGUCCAGCUCCGAGGGCCUUCUGGCGGUUCCCUCGCCGUGAGAAGCCAAGUUACAGGGAACCAGGCAGAGGGCCUUCUCAGUAGUGGCACCCGCCCUGUGGAACAUCCUCCUACCAGAUGUCAAAGAGAAAAACAACUAUCAGACUUUUAGAAGACAUCUGAAGGCAGCCCUGUUUAGGGAAGCUUUUAAUGUUUGAUGCAUUACUGUAUUUUAAUAUUUUGUUGGAAGCAGCCCAGAGUGGCUGGGGAAGCCCAGCCAGAUGGGCGGGGUAUAAAUUAUUAUUAUUAUUAUUAUUAUUAUUAUUAUUAUCCCAUCAGUGGACGUGGUGCUUUCUCACAUAGACAAAAGGGGCAUGCCCCCUACAUGGAGGAGCUUACGGUGUAAAAGUUGAGGGUGAUGGAGAAUGGAUUGCAGGGGGAGAGGGAACAAGGGGUUCACAGUCCUUGGUGCUUCACCUCAAAAAAUACAUUGCAUUGCUGGGAAACAUACAUAAGGGAUAGCCAGCAUUGCGUCAUCGAGAUGUUUUGGCCAAAGCCCAGGAAUGAUGAGCUUUGUAGUCCCACCCAGAGGGCACGAGAUCGGCUACGCACUUUCGUCAGAAUAAGUCCUAUUGAAUUAGAUGCCUCUUACGUCUGAGCAGAGAAGCGAACAAUUGCUCUGUUAAAUGAAUGAAGGGUUGGAAAACUAGAAGGACAGAUCAAAGGGCUUGAGGUCUUUUAGUGUAGAAGAAGAAAUGAUUCAGCGGGGAGUCGGUGAAGGUUGAGGUGUCACAAAACGGUGAUGAGAAAGCUAUGGGUAGACAGAAGCUUUUCUCCCUCGCUCAUAAUGCUAGAACUCAGGGAGAGCCGAUGAAACUGAAUCUUGGAAGAUUUAGGAUGGGUAAAUGGAGGACUUCUUCAUACAAACACAUACCAUAUUUUUCGCUCUAUAAGACGCUUCAGACCAUAAGAUGCACCUAGUUUUUGGAGGAGGAAAAGAAGAAAAAAAUUCUGAAUCCCAGAAGCCAGAACAGCAAGAGGGAUCACUGCGCAGUUUCUGGGAUAGCCGCGCAAAGCCUUUGAUCUUCCACCAGAAACAUGCCUUUCAUCUUUUUAAAGACACAUAAGUCAGUGACCGUCACCACUUCCAUGCUUCAAUUACCGUAUUUUUCACUCUAUAAGACUCACUUUUUCCCUCCUAAAAAGUAAGGGGAAAUGUGUGUGCGUCUUAUGGAGCGAAUGCAGGCUGCACAGCUAUCCCAGAAGCCAGAACAGCAAGAGGGAUCGCUGCUUUCGCUGUGCAGCGAUCCCUCUUGCUAUUCUGGCUUCUGGGAUAGCAACAUGAAGCCUCUUCAGGGCAGCGGGAAGAACACUCCUGCCCUGAAGAGGCUUUGCGCGGCUAUCCCAGAAACUGUGCAGUGAUCCCUCUUGCUGUUCUGGCUUCUGAGAUUCAGAAUUUUUUUUUCUUGUUUUCCUCCACCAAAAACUAGGUGCAUCUUGUGGUCUGGUGUGUCUUAUAGAGCGAAAAAUACGGUGUGUGUGUAUAUAUGAGUGCUGCCAAGCCAAAUAUUGGCAUGUUUAAGGAAAGGGCCAUAGCUUAGUGGCAGAGAACGUUCCUUGGAUGCAGAAGGCCUCAGAUCCAACCCCCAUCAUCUCCAAGUAGAGCUGGAGAAACUCCAUUUCGGAAACCCUGGAGAGCCAGUCAGCAUGGGAGCCAUGGGAUGACACUUUGCCCAGGGCUCCCUCAGUCCUGGAGAGCCACUGCCAGUCAGCAUGGGAGCCAUGGGAUGAGACUUUGCCCAGGGCUCCCUCAACCCUGAAGUCAGCCCUGAAUUACAGAGAUGCUGGAGGCUGAGUUCUGCAUCUAAGGCAUGUUCACUGAGUUAUGGCCCCUUCCCAAAAUAGGACCUCCCCCUGCCGUCAGCACUAUGCAUUUAAAGCAGCAUCGUGCCCCUUUGAAAGAUGCUGGGGCUUCCCCCACAGAAUCUUGGGAACAACAGAUCUCCCAUUUCCAUGGUGGCUUAACCAUCAGUCCUUCUUUCCAGGGAACUCUGGGAAUUGUAGCUCUCUGAGGAGGACCAGUGUCUCCUAACAACUCUCAGCACCCUUAACUACAUUUAAAACAGAAUGAAAGAUGCGGAUUUGAGAUGUGGAUUUGUGCUGCCACCUGCUGGCUCCAGGAACUUGCUGCUCGCUCAGUUCUUUGUGUGCUAAGCUUUCUGCACAGAGAGGUCCAGUUGCGGCAUCUAAGAUGGUUUCCAGGAAUCAUUGUUUGACUUGUGUCUGCAUCUACUGUGGCAAAAAGUUGGAGGUUCCUCAGCCUUUUAGUUCUUCUGUUUGAUGUGGCCUCUCUUCAGUUGCCUCGAUCCAGUUCUUGGAAGUAAAGUCCCCAAAUCCCAACUAGAUUAGCCCAUUUUAGAAUCAUAGAAUUGUCAUCUAGUCCAACCCCCUUCAAUGCAGGGAUCCUGCCCACAGCUGUCCCUGGGUGGGCUUGAACCACCAUCCUGUUGGUUAACAGCCAGACUCAUCAAAAGAACUGUGCGUGCGAAUUUGACAAUGUAGCCCAUGUCUUUACGCCGAGUACUGUUGGGUUUUUUUUGCAAUUGAAUAAAUUAAGAAAGUGGGACACGGGUGGCGCUGUGGGUUAAACCACAGAGCCUAGGACUUGCUGAUCAGAAAGUCGGCGGUUCGAAUCCCCGCGACAGGGUGAGCUCCCGUUGCUCGGUCCCAGCUCCUGCCAACCUGGUUGUUGACAUUUUUAGGAGCAGAAUGUUUAACUGGCAGUGGCCUAGAAGUGCUUUCCUCAUAUUUAUAUUAUUUUAUGAUGUUCAUGUGGUGUGGUGUAGUGGUUAAGAGCGGUAGUCUCGUAAUCUGGGGAACCGGGUUUGCAUCUCCGCUCCUCCACAUGCAGCUGCUGGGUGAUCUUGGGCCAGUCACACUUCUCUGAAGUCUCUCAGCCCCACUCACCUCACAGAGUGUUUGUUGUGGGGGAGGAAGGGAAAGGAGAAUGUAAUGUUAGCCGCUUUGAGACUCCUGAAGGGGAGUGAAAGGCGGGAUAUCAAAUCCAAACUCCUCCUCCUCCUCCUCCUCCUCCUCCUCCUCCUCCUCUUCUUCUUCUUCUUCUUCUUCUUCUUCUUCUUCUUCUUCUUCUUCUUCCUCCUCCUCCUCCUCCUCCUCCUCCUCCUCCUCCUCCUCCUUAUGGAGUAUUAAAAAGCAAUGUUUAUACAAUCCUUAACUGUUCUUUUCAAAGUUGUGUUUCUCUUGUGGUUCUUUUCCUUUAGCUACAGUCCAUCAACACUGAAUGGCCCACAGAGUCUCCAUCUGAUUCACAGAAUCAUAGAAUUGUCGAGUUCUUCCUGAUGUUGAGUCAGAGUCUCAUUUUUUGUAACGUGAAGCCAUUGGUCAUACUUUUCAGAGCAGGAGAAAACAAGCUUCCUUUAUCUUCCAUGUUCCAUAGCCCUUUAGAUAUUUGAUUAUGGUUAUCAUAUCUCCUCUCGUUCUCCUAUUUUUCCAGGCUAAACAUAUCCAGCUCCCUCAACCAUUCCUCAUAAGGCUUGGUUUCCAGAACAUUCCUGUGUUCCUAAACUAGCCUCCCCCCCCCCAAUCUUGUGACUCCAGAUGGUACUGGAUUCCCAACUCCCAUCCAUCUCAGCUGACCUGGCCAGCCAUCAGUGAUGUUGCGAACUGUAGUCUGAGGGCCACAGAUUCAGAGAGGACCUAAUAAUAGUAUAAUAGUAAUAGUAAUAGUAGUAGUUAAUAAUAAUAAUAAUAAUAAUAAUAAUAAUAAUAAUAAUAAUAAUUUAUACCCUGCCCAUCUGGCUGGGCUUCCCCAGCCACUCUGGGCUGCUUCCAACAAAAUAUUAAAAUACAGUAAUGCAUCAAACACUAAAAGCUUCCCUAAACAGGGCUGCCUUCAGAUGUCUUCUAAAAGUCUGGUAGUUGUUUUUCUCUUUGACAUCUGGUGGGAGGGCAUUCCACAGGGCAGGUGCCAUUACUGAAAAGGCCCUCUGCCUGGUUCCCUGUAACUUGGCUUCUCGCAGUGAGGGAACUGCCAGAAGGCCCUCGGAGCUGGACCUCAGUGUCCGGGCAGAACGAUGGGGGUGGAGACGCUCCUUCAGGUAUACUGGGCCGAGGCCGUUUAGGGCUUUAAAGGUCGGCACCAACACUUUGAAUUGUGCUUGGAAAUGUACUGGGAGCCAAUGUAGGUCUUUCAAGACCGGUGUUACAUGAUCUUGGAGGAGCUGCCCCGAACUGAUAAUGUUGCUUCUCCUUUUUGCAGGCAAGACAAGCUGAAGAUCCACAUGCGGAAGCACACGGGAGAAAGGCCCUACCUCUGCAUCCACUGCAACGCCAAAUUCGUCCACAACUACGACCUGAAGAACCACAUGCGCAUCCACACGGGCAUCCGCCCUUACCAGUGCAAGUUCUGCUACAAGAGCUUCACCCGCUCGGACCACCUGCACCGCCACAUCAAGCGCCAGAGCUGCCGGAUCUCCCGGCCCAGGAGGGGGCGCAAGCCGGCCACCUGGAGAGCGGCCAGCUUGUUGUUUGCGCAGAACGGCCAGCCGGACGACAAGAGCUUCCUGGUGCCUCCGGCCCUUGAGGAGAUGAGCAGCCAUCUUGGCAGUGCGGCCAUGUGCCUUCCGGGCCCCAGCCCUAAGCAUUUUAUGGACGGGGCCAAGAACGCUCUGAAUUUGCAAGAGCUGGAGAGCCAGUUUGAGGAAACCCAAAUGAAGCUGUUUGGGCGGACGCACCUGGAUGUGGAGAGGAACGGAGGCCUCUUUGCCUUCGCGCUGGGCCACAACGAGAGCCUCUCUGCCCGGCCGUAUUUCUCCCUUCCCGACCCCUGGGGGACGGGGUUCAAUGGACUGGCGGGACUCAACCACCUUGCUCCCAUUUCCGAAGCGAGCAACUAAGUGCCACCUUCUAUCCAAUGGAUGGUUUUGGUAGGUCGACUGUUGGCUGAGGAGCUAAAUUUCAGCUAGGAAGCCAAAUCAUGUGCAAUACUGACUCUUUACUUCUUUCUCUCCCAUACAGUACAUGUGAUUGGUUAACUCUGGUCACAUGGGAAGUACAGUGGUACCUUGGUUCUCAAACUUAAUCCGUUCCGGAAGUCCAUUCCAAAACCAAAGCGUUCCAAAACCAAGGUGCACUUUCCCAUAGAAAGUAAUGCAAAACGGAUUAAUCCAUUCCAGACUUUUACAAACAACCCCUAAAACAGCAAUUUAACAUGAUUUUUACUAUCUAAUGAGACCAUUGAUCCAUAAAAUGAAAGCAAUAAUCAAUGUAACGGUAAAAGGGCCCCUGACCAUUAGGUCCAGUCGUGGCUGACUCUGGGGUUGCAGCGCUCAUCUCACUUUACUGGCCGAGGGAGCCAGCAUACAGCUUCCGGGUCAUGUGGCCAGCAUGACUAAGCCGCUUCUGGCGAACCAGAGCAAUGCACGGAAGCGCCGUUUACCUUCCUGCCAGAGCGGUGCCUAUUUAUCUACUUGCACUUUGACGUGCUUUCGAACUGCCAGGUUGGCAGGAGCAGGGACCGAGCAACGGGAGCUCACCCCGUCACGGGGAUUUGAACCGCCGACCUUCUGAUCGGCAGGUCCUAGGCUCUGUGGUUUAACCCACAGCGCCACCCACAUCCCUUCUCCCUCUGACUACUCAUCAUCAACCCACCGCCAGACCUCAGGCUCUGAGCCUUCUUCCCUUGGGGGUUACCCAGCUGGUACCCCCCCCCCAUUCCUCUGCAUCCAACCAGUCCAGGAUAGGGGCUAGGGGUUGGUUGUUAAAAGGUAAAGGUACCCCUGACCAUUAGGUCCAGUCGUGGACGACUCUGGGGUUGCGGUGCUCAUCUCGCUCUAUAGGCCAAGGGAGCUGGCUUUUGUCCACAGACAGUCAUGGGGAGCUCACCCCGUCACGGGGAUUUGAACCGCCAACCUUCUGAUUGGCAAGUCCUAGGCUCUGUGGUUUAACCCACAGCGCCACCCGCAUCCCUUAAUAAUCAAUGUACAGUACUACAAAAUAAGUAAGUCAGUAUUGUAGAUGAUAAAAAUUAAAAUUAUUAUUUCUUUCUUACCUGCACUGAUGAUAGUAAUUCUUUAGAUAUGGGGCUUUUAUCCAUUCCAUAGUCACACAAUCAGUCAAUGAGUAGCUGAACUAGGUUCCACACAGUCACAAAAACAAAUUAACCGAAAAAGCCUCAAAAACAAAAACACAGAAUAAAUAGCAAAAACAAAAGCACCAGACUUAAUCCAUUUCAGAAGUCCGUUUGACUUCUGAAAUGUUCGAAAACCAAGGUGAAGCUUCUGAUUGGUGCAGGUGCCCCGGAAGCAAUAGCCGACAACCACAUCAGAUGUUCGGCUUCCAAAAAAUGUUCAAAAACCGGAACACUUACAUCUGGGUUUUUGGCGUUUGGGAACCAAGGCAUUUGAGAACCAAGGUACCACUGGAUCUUAUUACAUUUGCCAUUUUGUUUUGUGUGUCAGUGACUUGACUGCAAUGGCUGCAUGUCCAUGAACACUGAAGAAGAGGCAGCGUUAGAUAACUGUCUCUCCAACGCAACAGAGGAGAGGAGUGCUAGAUCUUAGGACACAGCCAGUCUGUUAUGGGAAGAAACAUUGGGGUCCUGAGCUGUUUAGGGCUUUAAAGCACCAGCACUGGAAGCACACAGGCGGCCAAUGCUAAUUCUUUCAGAAUAGGUGUAAUAUGUAUCAGUUGAAAUUCCAGCAGGCAGUUUCUGCACUCAUUGAAGCUUCCAGGUUGUCUGUAAGGGCAGCCCCACAAACUGUGCAUUACAGUAGUCUAGCUGGGAGGUUACCAGAGAGCAUGGUAAGGUGACCCCCCAUUUUUAUGUGCAACCUUCCUUCCAAGAAUAAUGAAAGAAAAACCAUAGGACCAUGACUUUAAAGAAUGGACUACUGAAAGCAAAUUUCCCAGUACCUGAAAUUUCUUUUCUUUUUCUCUCCGUAGGCCCCCUUCAGCACUGCUUGGCUCCCUCUGGUGAAGGGACCUUUCAAGGAUCAAAGACUUUUUUUUCUUACUGGAAGACUGUUGAAAAUUAAAUCACCCCCCCCCAAAAAAAAACUGCCUGCGUUUGUUUAAAACCCACCAAAAGUCUUCUCUUAUUUGCACCAAUGUGGGGAAGGAGAAGAGAACUUUUCGAGAACCGCGUCAGACUAUUUUUGUUUCUAAAUGUACAGACGUCUUUCUGAGCUACUGUUUUGCAGAUUAUGGCUUCCUUCAGGUUUUGAGGGGUUAUUUGAGUGUGGGGAGGGCUUGCGGGGUGGGGUGGGUGUCCUACGAUUUGGAGUCCUUGUAAAAUAUCCAAAGAUUCUGAGUACUGUAUAAUCUACAAGAACUUGAAGCAAAAGGGACAUGCUUUUGUUAUGUUUCCUGUUUGUUGGGACGGGGUAUUGUCAGGAGGGUGGAAGAUCCUUUGGAAAUUUUCUAUUUAUAACUAUUUUUAUGUGACUGCUUUAUGUAAAAAGAAGAAUGGGGGUGGGAUACCAUGUCAAACAGAUUUGCCUUAGAUAAUCAAGGGACAAUCAUCCUUAACUCUUGUGGACGCUCUAGAUUCUUGUUUUAAAAGACCGGAAAAGAUACUUUUAUGUAUUUAUUAAGCAGUAUUAGUUGAUUUUCUUUUUCUUAAAUUAUUGGCAACAUGCAGGGUUUUAAAAAAAUGCACAUCAGUAAAACACGGGGAAGGAAAAGGCUGAUUCACACAUUACAGGACAGCAAACCUGGGUUUGUCGCCAGGUGUACACUCAGCAGGUGACAUAACCGUGGCCGUUCAUGGCUUUCUGACAAAUGUACUUCGAUAAUGCACGUGUUUGUAAGCGUAUGUCCUUAAGACAUCUUCAGGGUACACCGAAGAAACGUAAUGUGUGAAAAGAUGCUAGCAGGUGUUCCAAAAUUUAACCCAGCCUUCCCCCAACCUGGUGCCCUUCAAACGUUUUGAACUACAACACUUAGUUCAAGCCCACCUAUGUACAUUUAGUGCCAUUCUGUUUGACUCACGGGACCCCCAGACUGGGCUGCUUCCAAAAGCCUUUUCCAUGUGACUUUGCACCUUAUUAGACUUCUUGAUUGUUAAAGGGAACAAUGGACGCUGAUUGUGUUGCUGUUGUUAACAAGUUAAGGCUGAUUGCCCCUGGAUGAUCUCAUUUGGGUUAUAUGUUAGCUGGCUUGUGGCUGGGCUCAUUUUCUGGUGGAAGGGACAUUUACAGACCAUAAUGCUCUCGCAGCUUCUUGACAUUUCACUGCAAUGCAGGCCCCCUGGCAUCCCAUAAUUGCAGCUGCCUGCUUCGAGGGGGCGAAUACCCCAUUGUGGGCUGCCCUGCCCUUGACUAAUUGUUCCCUGUGAUCAAGUACGUGUAGAAUUUUCCACAGCAUCUGGAACCUAGAUUCUGACAACCUUCCACUUUCCUUUGUUUUAUUUCUCUUUGUUUUUGUUUUUAUAAAUAAUGCAUCCUUCUAGACCCUAUGAUUUUGGAGAUACAUUUGAAGUCAUGCGACAUGGACAGCUGCUCACUUUGGUGCAACGAGCUCUGGUUGGUGCCCUGGUGAGAGAUCUGCUCUACAAAAGGAUUUCAGCACCACACACACAUAAAGGGAUGGUUGCCCCUCCACUGAACAGGAAAUCUUGCUUCCACAGAAGCUCUCUCUCUCUCUGUGUCGGCAUCACAGCAUAGGUUCUGGACUAUAGCAGCUUCUGAAACUUUGGAGAUAGGUUUGAAGCUCAGUUAUGCAUCUGCUGCAUUGCUGACCUUCAUCAUCUACCCAUGCGCCUUGUGUUUCAAUUCCCCCGAAGUUAUCCACAUGUCCGCCAUGCAGGUGGAAGCAACUGUGGGCUUUUCUGCCUCCUCUUUCCACUCCAACUGCAGGCAAAAACAGCUGCUGCCAGAGAGGUCUGUGAAAAUAGUAGACACAGAUGCUCUCUCUCUGGUAAGGAGAAGGUAGAUGCAGCUAGCAGGUGCAAAUACUCUUCUUCUUGUGGGAACUGGGGAAUGGUGUGACCCAGAAGGAAUCCCUCCAGCUUCACAUCAAGUCCUCCUAGAUCAGGGAUGAAAAACCAGUGGCUUACCAGUUGUUGGACUUGAACAGCCCAAGGAAAACAUGGUCAGGGAUGAUGUCCAGCAAGAUCUGGAGGGCCACAGGUCCACCACUUCUUUCCUAGAAGAUGUCGGCACAGGGAGAAUGGUGUGCUUUAAAUGUCUUCCCACAUUUAGAGGGUAAUACCUGAAAUUGCCCAUCAUAUCUGCUAGUGCUAAAGCAGGAAAUUGCCACGCAGACAUUCCCAAUACGCAUCUCCAACAUUAUUCUGGUCCAGAAUAAAACUAGCGUAUAACUGAGCAGGGUUUUGUGCAGAAGAUAUUUGCAUGAAUUACAACUGAUUUGUUCCAUUUAUCAGAAUUGGAGGGGAGGGUCUCUCACUCAUGCAGAAUAUUAUCCUGUAAUUCAUUCCUCACAAUGUGCAGGAUGAAUAUUCUGAUGCACCCGCUUCCCCAGGAAGUUCAUUCUGAUCAAGGGUAUCGCUGGAGACAAUGCAAAAUCUGACAGGCCACAGUCUAGCAUAGCUGAGCUGCCCAAAGCCCAUAGGAAUCAAUAUUAAAAGUGGGUUGAGCUCCUGAGCACGGGCUGAUUCCCAAGUGACGAAUGGACCAUCACAGGCAUGUCUGAAUGGACCACCACAGAUGCAAAACCACAGGCUUGCACUUCCAACACACAGGUCUUCCAGUGGUGUCAGUUCACACCUUCAGCUGCCAAUCACAAAGUGCACAGUAAUCAUGUUUGAGAGAGAAGGAAGUGGUGGGAAACACUUGAGUAAACCAAUCGAAGAACAGAUUGCAAUAAAAUGCCCCAGUCAAAUACUCUGCUAUAGGCCCCAAAGCUUUGAUGCCUGCAUUCAUCCACUCUUCCCAAAGGAAUCUUUGCAGGCAUUGCUUUGUACAGGUGUCCAGUCCACAGCGACCACCUUUGUUUCAGUAGAUGAGGAGAACUGCACGGGGCAGCCCAUGGAAGCAGAGAGGGGCAAUGGAGAUUUGUGUGUGUGUUAACUGAAAUUUCAGAAGACGGUUUAAAAAUCGUCAGCGGACAGGGAUUCAGGGCCCACCUUAGCCCUUCCCUGUGACUUGAGAAACCUGAAUCAAUUGUGCAGAACAGUAGGUGGGGUGAAAACUGCGGUAUAAGUGAUGCAAAGUUUUAAAAAAAUGAUGUAGCAUUGCUCAGUUUGCAUAAUUUAUGCAAGCCACAAAACCCAGCUUUUGUAUUGCUCAGGAGCAGACUAUUAUUAUUAUUAUUAUUAUUAUUAUUAUUAUUAUUAAGCAUUAAGUACACAUGGCCCCAACUAUUUUGAUCUUUCCAUUACCCUUUCUGCUUCCACAUGACUGGAUCUCAUUACACACCGAUAACGCUUGACAUGGGGAAUGAAGUGGAAGUCCCAAACCAUGGCAUUCCCCCUGCUUCAAAUGUUACCCAUGUGGUCCUGGACAUGGGGCAGAGGCAGUCAUUCUGCAAGCCUUCCUUUUAGUCAAGUGGUUGUUCUGCACAGGUGUUUCAAGAUACCUUGAGGAUGAGCUUGCAUGAGCAUCUCUGGCCAGGGCAGUAAGCAGUCCAUGUGAACAUGUCGAGCAAAUGUUUUACUUGCACUAAUUGCUGUAGAGCAGAAUGUGAUCAGACUCCUUCCAUUUGAUUUAUUUGGGGGCAGGGAAGAAAUUGCAAAUCCCAUCCACUGACAAGGAGCCGGUCCUGUAAACAUACCUAUUGCACAUUUUUGCAACCCGUGGACAAAAUAAAAUAUUAUCUCAAAUCAACCAGUGUCCUAAA